AGUCGCAGGGGGAGGGAGCAAGGCUGCGGGGGUUGCCAGAGCCCUCCUCUCCGCCCCCGAUCGCAGCCAGCCCUUUCUAGCCCCCGGCCAGCCUUGCUUGCGCUUGGGGAAGACCGACUUGGAGUUAGAUUUUUAUGCAUAUUUGUUUUCUCUUACCUCCCGCGCCGCCGCCGCCGCCACCGUACCAUCCGGCCCGAUUCCCUUUCUGCUCGCUUUCGUUUUAAAAGACUUGAGAAGACGCGGAGGGGGUGUGGGUGAAACCCCAAAAAGGAACGAAGGAAGAAAAGAAAGCAAGCAGAGGGAAAAUGGUGCAUGAUCGCGAAGGGGAGAGGGGCGAUUUUCUCUCGUUUUGGGGGAUCGAAGAGCUGCUGGUUCCCAAGAGGGCGCCCACCGACCGGGGCUAAGGAGUUCGCCUCUUCCCUCCCGUUCGCAUUAUAAACACUGGUCGGUGGUGGCAUCCUGGCUCCUUCCCUGGAGGGACGGCUUCCCAAGAUUUGAAAUUCGUUGCUUCUCGGUUGGAAAAGGCUCGGAGGAUGUUGGUGUGGAGUUGAAAAAAUAAAUAAAUCCACAACCCGGUUCCCCGCUUUCCACGCUUUUGCUUCCAGCUUUGGCGUAGAAGAAGCGUUUGAACUCCUUCUUUUGUUUGGGAAGUUUUCUGCCCCCUUUCCCCCCCUUCAUUCGCCCUGCGUUUGCUGAACCCGAGGGGGGGCGAGAGAAAGAGAGAAGAAAAAGGACUCGGGAAGCCACCAUGGCGUCUGUUUUUACCAAUGGACCCUGCAACCCAAGCGAAGCCGAAGUGGUUCACCUCUCCAGGAGCUUGGAAGUGGGCACCGUGAUGACUUUGUUUUACUCCAAAAAGUCCCAAAGGCCAGAAAGGAAAACGUUCCAGGUGAAGCUGGAGACCAGGCAGAUCAUUUGGAGCAGGGGAUCGGACAAAAUCGAAGGCGCAAGUAAGUUGUCUGGCGUAUGAACACACACACACACACACACACACACACACACACACACACACUUUAGGGAGCAGCGUCUGAGUGGAAUGUGAUGAGCAUUUUCAUCCAUUUUUUUGACGCUUUAUAGUACUUCGAGUGUUGAGGCUGGAGUCCUGGGGGGGGGGAACUGGGGAAGAAGCUCCAUUUGCCACAACUGGACUUACUUGCAAGUAAAUUACUUGCAAGGCAUAGCUCCUGCUUGAAUGAACUCUCCCUCUAAUGUAGGGGAUGCAGCUGAUUGUCUUAAUAAAUUAACAGAUGCAUGCAUAUUACUCCACCCCUGCCCUCAUGUAAUGCUUUCUUUGGUUUUGCAAAUCCACAAAUGUUUAGCACACAAAUGGGCUUUUAAAAAAUCUGGUCACCUAGGGAAAUCCUUACUCACUAUGGCGAUGACUGGCUAGUGGUGAUUUACAUGCCUAAUUUUUGUAGGAGUCAUUUGUUCUAGGGCAGCUACGGUGAACCUGCGACCUUCUUGUCGGACUCCCAACUCCCAUCAGCCCCAGCCAGCAUAGUCAAUAGUCAGGGAUGAUGGGAGUUGCAGUCCAACAACAUCUGGGGCCCCAACAGCUGGAGGGUCACAGCUUCCCCAUCUUGGUCCUAGAAUAACGUAGGCUUGGGUUAUUUUAUGAGUUGUUUUGUGCAAGAACCGUCCCAGAGCAACUUGCUCCAUGGUGGCUUAUACAAAGAAAAAUCCAACAACAUUUACAGUGGUAAUAUAUAUUAAAAGUGACCAACAAUUAUACUGCCUUAAAAAGAAAAGAAAAAAUUCUUCCCAUUCACCAAAAGGAUAACCACCUCCAAACCCAAGAGAUUGCCCAUGAAAAUAGCAGCAAGUACCGCGACAAUGUUAGCACCCAAAAACCUGGUAGAACAAAAAUGCCUUUGACUGAGGAUGUAAAUGUUGCUGAGUUUUCCUGAGGUGACCAUUCCACAAUGGGAGUCUGCCACUGAAAAGGCCCUGUCUCUCUUCUCCCAGAGAAUGGCCUCUGAUAACUUUUUUGGGGCUCAUUAUUGUAGAAACAGCCGUCAGUGAGCUUUUGGGGUCCUAAUAAUAAGAAUAAGAAUACAGUGGUACCUCAGGUUACAUACGCUUCAGGUUACAUACGCUUCAGGUUACGGACUCCGCUAACCCAGAAAUAUUACCUUGGGUUAAGAACUUUGCUUCAGGAUAAGAACAGAAAUCGUCCGGCGGCUGCGCGGCAGCAGCGGUAGGCCCCAUUAGCUACAGUGGUGCUUCAGGUUAAGAACAGUUUCAGGUUAAGAACGGACCUCCGGAAUGAAUUAAGUACGUAACCAGAGGUACCACUGUAAUAAUAAUAAUAAUAAUAAUAAUAAUAAUAAUUUAUUUAUUUAUUUAUACCCCACCCACCUGGCUGGGUUUUCCCAGACAUUCUGGGCGGCUUCCAGCAAAAUAUUAAAACACAAUAGUCCUUCAGAUAUUAAAAGCUUCCCUAAAUAGGGUUGCCUUCAGAUGUCUUCUAAAAGUCCCAAGCCAUGAAAAACUUUAUAUGUCAAAACCAGCACUUUAAAUUGGACUUGGGAGCAAUUUAGCAACCAGUGCAGCCACACCAUAAUGGGUGUGAUCUAAUCUGAGUGCCUAGUUCAUAUUCAUAAUCUGGCUGCUGAAUUCUGCUGUGUUCUUCCUCUGGCACAAAGGUUACUGGCCGAUCUUGGGCCAGUAAGUAUAUCUCAGCCCAGUUUAGCCCAUGGGAUUAUUCUGAGGAUAUGAAAAUACUUCUCUUCCUAUAACACAUAAUUUAUGGCAUUCCCUGCUCCACAAUGCGGAGAUGUUUGUGGGCUUCACUUUGUAGGAGACCAGGAGCCUCAUGCCCAGUGGAAUUAUAAAACACAGGGGGGAAAAUCAGUUUAGAAAUCAGUGGUAAAUCCAGGGGAGAUUUGAAUGGUUCUGUCUGCCAUCUUGAUUUUUAAAAGCAUCCAAUUGUAUCCCAAAUAUGGACAAUAUCCUGCUCCUCGAUCUCAGGAACCAUCAUGCAAAAUUUCUUAAGAGGUGUCCAAAUGCAUAGAGAACAGCCUUUCUAAAAUAUACUGCAGAGUAGACAAACUCAUGGUUUAUCAGUGGUGGUUAUCUAUAAUGGGUAAAUAGAACCUCUGGGUUCAGGGGCAGUGAACGCUGAAUACCACAUUUUUUGGGGGGCGGGGUGUCCUGCUCAGGAUCACAUAACCUUGGUCCUUAAAGAUCCGUACUUCAUACCGCCAAGCCUUAUUCAAGAUUCUGACAUACAAAGCCCUGAAUGGUUAGGACUGAGUUAUCCGAAGGAGUGCCUCCCUGUCUGUAUUGUCCUGGCUGUGAUUUUGAGAGCUACUGCUUGUCAUAGCAUUGCCAAGUGAAAUCUAUGGGACAGAGCCUUCUCGGUGAUGGCACCCUGGUGAUGGAACAGCUUUAUUGAUGUAUAGCUGCCACCAACUUUAGUUAUUUUUCAUCACUAUCUGAAAACUUUUCUGUCAAGUCUUUGGGGACGUAAUCCUCUAAAGCAGUGGUUCUCAACCUGUGGGUCCCCAGAUGUUGUUGGACUACAACUCCCAUCAUCCUUGAGCUCUGGCCUUGCUAGUUAGGGGUGAUGGGAGUUGUAGUUCAACAACAUCUAGGGACCCACAGGUUGAGAAAGACUGCUCUAAAGGUUCUGGUGUGUACUGAGCGGAGGAGGUGAAUGUUGCGUGGUCUGAACUGUGCAACAUUGCUUCUGUUUUAAUGCGUUGGUUGAUUUUAUGAAGUGCUGUAUUUUUAUGGUUGCUACCCACCCAGAGAUCACUUGGUGAUAAAGGGCAGGAUAUAAAUUUUACAAAUAAAUUAAAUACAUAAAUGGUGAUGGGUGGUUAUUAUCUUCAUACUCUGCUUGCUGACUUUUGAGAAAGAUCUGGUUAACUACACUGAGAAACAGGAAGAUGGGUGAGACCUUUAGUCGGAUUCAGCAGGGUACUUGUAUGAUAGAAAAAAUGUAGGGGUGUGUAUGUUUGUGUAAGGGGGGAAUCAAUUAUGCUUUCCUGAUGAUUAAUAAAUAGAUAAGGCCCUAGUCAUACAUUUGUAAGGUGCCGUGAUUUAACUGGUCCAACCAUUGCUGUUGUAAAAGGUAAUGCAGGUGUUUAGGUUUUACUGAAAGCAAGCUUACUCGGCCUGAUGGUGAAUUUUGUAUCACCCUCAAAGGGUAGUACAAGUGUUUGGCAUGCAUAUAAUUCCAAUAUCCCCUUAGCUCAAACUAUGGUGCACAGAUUUGUAUAGACACUUGCCAAUGCAAGAAUAACUUUUUUUAAAAAUGCAUUGUGUUGUAAGCAUUCCCCUCCUUCCUGAUGACAUAAGUAGUCAUGAUCCCCUAACCAUUCCACAAUUUUCCCACUUGCCCUGUUGAUACAUCAGAGCUGCAAGAGGAAAAGAUAUUUCCUGUUUUUCUCAAGUGAUUGAUAUAUAUAUAUAAAUUUCAUGGCAACUGGUUUUUGACUUGCACAUUCUCAAGUUUGAAUAUUCUCUUGAAAGCUUUUUAUAAUUAUUUUUUGGGGGGAGAUUCUAAAAUUUAAAUUGUAACACCUUUUUUAAAAAGUAAAGGGGAAAGUGCAGCUUUUGAAGCAAUGUAAAGCUUCUGAAAGCUUUGAGUGCACGUUCGAACUGUGUAAUUCCUGCAGGCAGGAAACAGUUAAUUGCCUGGUUCUCUGUGGUGAGUAAUAUUUGUAUCCAGGUGACAAGACAAGGAAGAUUUUUUAAAAUGGACGGUAUUUUUUCUGCAGUGACUGCACGAUAAAUGAGUAAGGUAUGCACAAGCAGAUUGGCUAGUAUAAAUUUCAAUGCAUCAGUAACUUUUUUUGGAUUUAUUUUCAAGGCUGAGUUCCUCUGUCAGAUACACUGUCUGUAUAUUUUCAAACUUAAUUCAUAGAUCUUCCUCAGUGAACUUCCAUUCAUUCUUAGGUGCUUAAAGACUGCAGUAUCCCAUGUAAUACAAAUAUUAUUUUCUGUGAACCUGCCUUUUUUAUCAGUACCUUCUGCUGCCAUGUUCUCUGGAAUGUAGAGAGAUAGUUGACAACUCUUCAGUUUAAUUUGUUCCCCGUUUGUCCCUGCAGGGAGGUCCUUCAUACAUGAAAUGUGGAGGUCUGGGGUUCUUGAAUCUCAUGCCAGAUAAAAUCUAGGUAGUGAGCAAUUGAGAUAGCAACACUCUCUUUUCCGUCUUUCCUUGAGCUAGAUAUCACUCAGCAAAAAGUCUUGUUGCACCUUCAAGACAGAUAGAUACACUGUGGCAUAACAUUUAUUUAUUGCGGUGUGUGUAGAAAUAGAAACAGAAAGACACCUAAAUGUAAGGAUACAGUUUAUGACAUUUCAUUCUUUUGGACCUCACUGUUUACAUCCCUCCCACUUUGUACUUGUGCAUGUUUGUUUGAGUGAGUGAGAGAGAUUAAAAAUAUAUAUACAUAAUCUUCACCAACUAAAGACAACAGUUCAUGCAUCUGAGUCAGUGGGCUCUGCCACAAUAAAUUUGCUGAUUUUUAAAAUGCUUUUUUCCUCUUGCUCUUUUUUUGUUUCUGAAGUAGACUAUCACAGCUACCCUUCCUGGAAAUGACAAAAUAAGAAAUGCUAAUCUCUAGAGAUUAACUAUUAGUCACCAAUUUAUCAGCCUUGCAAGCAAAUGUUUUUUUUUUCCUCUGCAGGAUGCUGGAUUGAUUAGCUGUAAUCCUUUUGUAAAACCUGCGAGUUGGGCCUUUAAUCAUUCUAAUUUAAUAUCUCUAUCCAAGCUUCAUGUGCAUUAAUUUGGGGGUGGGGGUAGGGAGCAGGCAACAGGCCAGAUUUCCAGAGGAAGAGAUUUAAAAUGGGAUGUGUCCUUUGCGCCUCUUCAUUAUUGUCAUGGAGGUUUUUUUGUAGGCUUCAGUGUGGGGAGUAAUUUUCCUUCUUUGCAGCAUUGAGCUGUGAUUGACGGGGUCCUAUUUCUCUUUCUCACAGUUGUUUUGCUUUCAAUUCCAUGAGCGGAUGGAAUUCCUCCAUGAGGAGGAAAGAUGACAAUGAAAUGGUUGGUUUAGCAUUAUUUCUGAAUCCAGGACCAUGGUUUCUUUUGCCCAAACCACUGAUCACUAGCUGUUUUGAAGCCACGGCUUGCUGUUGGCUUAGUGAGCAUAAUUUUUUGGGUGGAACAAACCGUGUUCAGACAUAACUACAGUGGUACCUCGGGUUACAUACGCUUCAGGUUACAGAUUCUGCUAACCGAGAAAUAGUACCUCGGGUUAAGAACUUUGCUUCAGGAUGAGAACAGAAAUCGUACAACGACGGCACGGCAGCAGUGGGAGGCCCCAUUAGCUAAAGUGGUACCUCAGGUUAAGAACAGUUUCAGGUUCAGAACGGACCUCCAGAACGAAUUAAGUUCUUAACCCGAGAUACCACUGUGUGGUUUAAUGGACAAUGUUUUCUGGCUUAGUGCUAUGUGUGAAAGUGGCCAAAAAUGCUUGAAUAAAGGCGAAGAAGCAUUGUAUGUCAGCACUGUAGAGCAGUACAAAUGCUAUCCACCUAUCCAAUGGCUGUGCAUAGCACUUUGUCAUGGGGAACUUUUCAAGAUGUGUGUCAGAUUAAUGAUUUCCCUUGCAAAGAAUUGCUUGCUUGCUGAGGUGAGGAAUAUCCAUGAGGGUGGCCCAUAGGUCUGCAACUUUCUGGAGUAAGGUGAGGUCUUCUAAAGGAGAAAACUGUGAACUGUGGUUUCGAGGCUAGUUUAUACGUGGAUGUAUUAACUGAUUCCAGUGGAAAGCACUAUGGCUGAAAUGAUAAAAAUGGUUCCCCCACUCUGCCAGUGGUUGCAUCUGGGAUGGCUGCUCGUUCACACAAAUUGCUACUCGACAGGAGACAGUGCUGUCCACCAACCUGGAUGGCUUUCAAAGAGGAUUGGACAAAUUCAUGGGGGAGAAGCCUAUCAAGGGCCAGUAGCCAUGAUAGCUCUUCUUUGCCUCCACAGCCAGAAGCAAUAAUGCUUCUGAAUACCAGUUCCUGAAAGCCACAAAGGGAGAGAAUGCUCUUGUACUCUGGUCCUGCUUGCAGGUUUCCUAUGGGCAUGUGGUGGGCCGCCAUGGAAGAGAACAGGAUGCUGGACUAGAUAUGCCAUUGGUGUGAUCCUGCCAUCCCCUACUUAUGUUCUUAAGCACCACUCCUCUUACGUAGCAUGCCAGUCAGUAAUGCAGGGCACGUGUGUGUGUGUGUGUGUGUGUGUGUGUGUGUUUCAAGCAGUGCAGCCUAAUCCUCACCUGCCUUUAGCUUCCAUGUAUUUGAAAGGAAAAGACCAGAUUGGAAACAUUUCCAUUGCCUUUUCUGGUGCGGUAGAUGGGUGUGCUUGAUGUAACACCUAGAAAAGGAAGAAUACUAAAAUUAGUAAAUGAUGACAGAUGCUAGUAUCCUUUGUGCUAGGGUACCUGAACUUGGGAACAGUUGUGGUCCUAUCUUCACUUGUUCUGCUUUUCACAGUGAUUUGAUAAAGUAGGCCUUCUUCUAUGAUGGCCUUAGAAUGCAUUGAUAUGAAUAUCAGUGGCUAAAUGUAAGAAUGAGCUUUGUAUUAUCAGAGGCAUUAAGGAAUACUGUGUGUUCUGUCUUGUGCUUAAGCUGUAUACACUUUUGUUGCUGUUGAAAGGCUGUCUGUCUAGUCCAGGGGUUGGCAGACUAAGGCCCAGGGGCCGGAUGCGACCCCCCAGGCUCACAAAUCUGGCCUGCACUGUGAAGGCAGAACCCGCCGCGAAGCCAAGACUCCUGGCGAUGGUGAUGGGAGGAAGAAGCUGAGCGGCGGCAACUCUGCCAAUCAAACACCGCACCUGGUUUACCUCAGAGCAGCAUUGGGACGUCUCUGCCAAUCAGAAUCCAUGCCUGGUUUGAUUGGCAGAGCCGCUGCCACUCAGCCUGUUCCUCCCACUGCCACUGUCCUGGUGCUCCUGUGGGUCACAGAGCAGAGUGGACAAGCUCGCUCUGCCUACCCGCUUCACUAGAAGCAGUGGCAGUGGUGGCGGCGGUGGUGGCAGCCCCUGGGGAGGUAAGCACAGCGCCUUCUUUCUCUAGGCGGGGAGGAAGUGCGUUUCAUGCCACCGCCGCCAGCCCUUUGUCGAGUGAGGCAGGCAGCUGGAGCUGGGGUGUGUGUGUGUGGGAGGAGGACUACUUGCCCCCCUCUCAGUGUGCAUAGAAAUUCAUUUGUCCCUUGGCACCGGGAUAUUUCCAGGGGAAUUGAAGGAGGCAGUGGUGCGCCCGCUCUUAAAGAAAACAUCAUUAGAUCCCUUAGAUCUAUCCAAUUACCGCCCGGUUUCGAAUCUUCCAUUCCUGGGUAAGGUGAUUGAGAGAGCGGUUGCUGAACAGCUUGGUAGGUUUCUGGAUGAAACAUCGGCUCUGGAUCCAUUCCAGUCUGGCUUCCGCGCUGGUCAUGGGACCGAGACGGCUCUGGUCGCCCUAACAGAUGAUCUCCGCAGGCAGCUGGAUCGAGGCGGGUCGGGGCUGCUGAUUCUUCUAGACCUGUCAGCAGCCUUCGACAUGGUUGAUCACGAACUCCUGGACCACCGCCUUGCCGACGUGGGGAUCCAGGGCACAGUCCUUCAAUGGCUGCGCUCGUUUCUCUCCGGUCGGGGACAGAGGGUGGCGCUUGGGGGAAUUGUCAUCCCGCCACUCCUUGGUGUGUGGAGUGCCUCAGGGUGCGAUACUCUCCCGAUGCUUUUUAACAUCUUUAUGCGCCCCUCGCCCAGCUUGUCCGGAGUUUUGGGCUGGGUUGCCAUCAGUAUGCCGAUGACACCCAACUCUAUCUGUUGAUGGAUGGCCAUCCUGACUCGGCCCCAGACACACUGACCAGAUGUUUGGAAGCUGUGGCUGGAUGGUUACGCGGAAGCCGGUUGAAGUUAAAUCCUUCGAAGACAGAGGUCCUCUGGCUGGGACGGGACGAUAUGGGAUUGGGGGGGCAACUCCCAUCUCUUGUGGGGGUGCAAUUAGUGCCAGCACCAUCCGUUAAGAGUUUGGGUGUAAUCUUCGAUACCUCCCUCUCUAUGGAGGCGCAGAUUACAGCUAUAACAAAGGCGGCAUUUUUUCAUCUCCGCCAAGCUAAGCAGUUGGCCCCUUAUCUCUCUCGCCCUGACCUAGCCACUGUGAUCCACGCGACGGUCACCUCCAGACUGGAUUAUUGUAACUCGCUCUACGUGGGGCUGCCCUUGAGACUGACCCAGAAACUCCAGCGGGUGCAGAAUGCCGCGGCGAGACUCCUUAUGGGGUCUUCGCUGCGAGAUCACAUUCAUCCGGUACUAUACCAGCUGCACUGGCUCCCGGUGGAGUACAGGAUCAGGUUUAAGGUGCUGGUUUUAACCUUUAAAGCCCUAUACGGCCUAGGACCCUCGUACCUACGGGACCGCCUCUCCUGGUAUGCCCCACAGAGGAACCUACGGUCUGCAAAUAAAAACAUCCUGAAGGUCCCAGGCCUCAGAGAGGUUAGGCUGGCCUCAACUAGAGCCAGGGCUUUCUCGGCUGUGGCUCCAAUCUGGUGGAACGCUCUGUCACAAGAGACUAGGGCCCUGCGGGACCUGACAUCUUUCCGCAAGGCCUGCAAGACAGAGUUGUUCCACCAGGCCUUUGGUCAGGGCCCAGCCUGACUCCCACCUCCGGCAACCUGCACAGAACUUUGCUUAACGGUUGCCAUUAAUUUGAUUUUAAUUAAUUUUUAUAAUGAAAUGUUUUAGAAUGUUGGAUUAUUUGAUUGUUUGAUUAUUUGUUUGUUGUUAGCCGCCCUGAGCCUGGCUUUGGCUGGGGAGGGCGGGAUAUAAAUAAAAUUUAUUAUUAUUAUUAUUAUUAUUAUUAUUAUUGAAAUAUAUGGAGAGAGUGAGAAUGAGAGAGAGUCCGGCCCUCCACAAGUUCUGAGGGACAGUGGACUGGCCCCCUGUGGGAAAAGUUUGCUGACCCCUGGUCUAGUCUUUUUGUUUUCAAACCCUAAUACCCAGUGCUCUGGAUUCUGUCUGAGGAGUGAAAGUUAAGCCAUGGGGUCCAGUGCUUGAUCUACUCUCUCUUUCUACUCACCCAGCAUAUCCUAUCCCUCCUUUUCAGGGUUUACAUUGCUGAAGAGCAUCAAACUGCUCUGUUUGUGUGAUGACACUAUAAUAGGAAAUACUUUAAACUACUGCAAUGAAUAAGGCUCUUUUAUCCCCAAUGACUUCAGGGAUAUAUUGUGGGCGAUAGCAGUCCAAGGGCCAGUGCAGCUGUAUCUGUUUUGGUGCACCACAAGGUAUUGUCCUCCUUCCCCUUAUAGUUGAGGGAAGAGGCCUGCAGAGUAUUGAUGAUGCUUCAUUAAAUAUAUCAUUCAAAGCAGUGCUGUGGCCUGUUUGGCUGCAGGACUGCCCCACAUUAAUGAUCAACAUCCAUCACAGGUCUACAUGUGCUGUGCUUACUCUUAAGACAACCUUUCGUAGGGCUACUCCACGCAAGAUGCCCAGCCAAGCACUUAGCUGAGAAAAGGAUGCACAGGAGCAGAAAGCAAGUGAGAGGGUCUUCUCUUUAAUAAAUCGAUUGCCACUUUGCUGUGCAACUGGCUGCAGAAUCCAUAUCUCUGAUAACAGUGCCUCUCACUUGCUUGACUGCUGGAUCAUUUUGAGCCAUUCUCUGCUCUGCUAGGCCCUUCAUCACUAUAGCAACAGACUGGAAGUAGCACCACUUAUUUUAAAAUAGGAGUAUUAUUUUUCCACACUAUUCGUGUGCGUAGCUGGGCCAGUUUGUCACUGCAUUUGCGCUUAGUUGCUGGUUGUGUUGAUUGCAUGGGAAGAUUGUGGAGACCUUUGGUCCUGUCCUUUACAGAAUAUGCUAGGCUUCCAUUUUCAGUAGUUCAUCUAAACAGGGGUGGCUAACCUGUGCUCAUCCAGACUCUUCUGAACUACAACUCCCAUGAUCCCCCACAAUUGGGUAUGCUGGCCCGAGUUCAGCUACAUCAGGAGGGCUACAAGCUUCCCAUCGCUGAGCUAAAGUAAUCUUCCAUUUGUAUCUUCUGUGAUGUAAAAGAGCAUGGCUGAAUUGAGAUGAUGGAUUGGCUAUAUGAGUGGCAGGUGUGUACACUCCCUCCUCCCCUUCUGCUGUACGUCAAGGGAGGAGAUUAAGCAAUUCUGCUUCUAAAUACCAACAAGAUACCUUUCUGUCUGCAUGUGAUAAACCAUGGUUUGCAUCAACCAUCGUUUGUCCUCAAAGCAAGACACAACUAUGGAGAAGGGAAGGAGGCAGCAUGUUACCCUGAAGCUCACUGUUGUUUGUUCUUGGGCCUCCAAACCAUGGUUCGGAUAAUAGUCUAAACAUGACCAUUCCCUUUCUUCACUCCCAGAGCAAAAAUGUCUUGCUGUCGAGAAUCCCGUUUGCUGCUUGCGAGAAUUGAGUGGGUGAUGGAAGAAGUCUCAGAGUGCUUGUAUCGUGGGAAACCGGGUGAAUUAUGCAAGCCUCCAGCUGAGUCUGUACAAAAGAAAGCCAGCGCAGAAGUUAAAAUGAAGCAGUUAUGAAUCCUGGACUGACCAAAUAAUCUUAGCCAUAAAACGCUGCUGUAGGCAGCUGUGGGUCCUGACUGCCAGAUGAGUGGUCUCAAGUUGCUCUUCUCCAAACGCUGUGGAAACCUCUUAAGAAAGCAGAAACUUUCUUCUUUGUGAGACUGGCUGAAACCUCUUAGCAGAUGUUCAGUAAUCAGUUACAGGUCAAAUAAAAUCUGCAUUAGGAAAGUUGCUUUUAAGUGCCCUUACAUAUUUUAAAAACAGAGGUGUUUUUGAUUUAUUUUGUUUUUCAACAUCUGAGUCUAAGGCAGCGUUUAAAAUGCUGCUUAGUAUUGAGUGUCAUCUGAGUCCUCCUCCCUUUUCUGGAUGCUGCUAAUAUAGUUCCUGUAAGAAUAUCUCUGCUUUUUAAUGCAAGGUGAUGCUGUGGGUUAAACCACAGAGCCUAGGGCUUGCCAAUCAGAAGGUCGGCGGUUCGAAUCCCCACGAUGGGGUGAGCUCCCGUUGCUCGGUCCCUGCUCCUGCCAACCUAGCAGUUCGAAAGCACAUCAAACUGCAAGUAGAUAAAUAGGUACCGCUCUGGCGGGAAGGUAAACAGCGUUUCCAUGUGCUGCUCUGGUUUGCCAGAAGCGGCUUAAUCAUGCUGGCCACAUGACUCAGAAGCUGUACGCCGGCUUCCUCAGCCAGUAAAGCGAGAUGAGCGCCGCAACCCCAGAGUCAUCCGCGAGUGGACCUAACGGUCAGGGGUCCCUUUAUCCUUUACCUAGAGAACCUUUUCAGGAAGUCUUCCAGGGGUUUGCAAGCUCAAGGUGGGUGGGACCAGAGGCAAAGUGACUCUUAGCUUUAUGCUACAGAUGUUUCUAUGCCCACUCUCCAUCCUCCAUCUGAGCAAGCAAGAAGAAUGAUCAUAGUUCAAGAAUAUACAGAAGUACUUAAGGAGGGUAUGGAGCAAGGCCAAUGAGAGGUGUGGCCAGGAAGGAUGUCCAAGGGUCAGACAGAGAAAUCUCAAGGGAUGCAUUCAGCUCCUAGGAUUAAGGUUCCCAAUGCCUGCUCAACACAGACUCCUAACACAAAAUGAUGCCAGUAAUUUAAUCAAUUUUCUUGGGUUUUCUGUUGACUGUAUUUCCUUUGGUUAAUGCAUCUGAAGAAAGACUAUAGCUGAAGAGAGCAGAAAUGGCAAACUAACUCUAAAAACAAUAAGGUGCUUUCCCCCCAAAUGACCCAGUAGCAAUACCUUUGUUAGAUUCUUGUUUGUCUUUCUUUAGCCACAUCAAGUAAUUUCCCCACCCAUUGUCCCAUUUCUGAACUCCUUCAACCUGGAGGUUGCUUUCAGUGGUCUGAAGGAGCAUAGUUUGUGUAUUUCACUGAAGAAGAAGAUACCAAAGCUUGUUCCCAAUAUGGUGGCAUUUGCAGUGUGUCAGGAUUUGGUACAACCCAACCCACACAACUGAAUAAUGGUUGCAAUUUGAUUGAAAAAGUCCAAUUCCUGGCCUUUCAAGACGUUGUUAGAUGAGUGUUAAGAUUUCUUGGACAUGUUCAUAACAUGCCUGUUCUUGUGGCUUAAAUUAUUAUUGAAUCUUACUCUAGUCUUUAAGCCACAUUGAGCUUUGGGAAAGCAGCGUAAAAUGCACUGAACAGUUCUUUACCUGUAAGUUUUGGAAAGUCAAUUGUUUCCCACACAUUUUAGCACCUCUUAAGAUAUCUUACGCAAAGUUUGCAUGCUGGUUUCUGACAUCAAAGAGCAGGUUUUCAUCUGCACUUAUGUUCAGUUGGUUGCCAUUUUGAAUCAAGAUAUUGAAAUGAAUCUUUCAAAACUUUUAACUACAGAUUUGAAACCUGCACUAAUCUUUUUUGAAUUCUGGAAGAAUGCCAGGUAAAAGACUUAUAGCCUUUUUUUAAUUUGUAAAGUGGGUUGCAGCAUAGUUCUCCCUUAGAAGAAGACCCUUGUCCUCUGUGGGAUGCCGAGGUUGUGAAAUAGUGACUAACAGAAUAACCCUUUCAAGUCUGACUCUCUGCCAGUGGACAAUAUUACUUCUUUACUAACCAUACAGUCCAAUCCCUUGCUGACUCAGAAGUCAGCUCUGCUGAUCAGCACAAGGCUUCCUCUCAAAUUAAAAUUCUGUGAAGAAGAUUGCAAGAUUUGUGACUUGGUGUCCCAUAACUUCUUCCCAGCUCUCCCUGUUACUAAUAUGUAUGAAGAAGUAUGAAAAUGUGUAUAUGUUCCUCAUAAGACCAACUAAGAGUCAUGUGUUCUCUCUGGGAAAUGACCAUGUCUGUUGGUUACAUAAAUGUAGGCGUAAGUAGUAUCUCUGUCUAAUAUGGAAAGUGGUGCAGAUACUGGAGAGGAAGAGAGGAGGUGGGUUCUAUCUCAGUUGGAAGAUACAGGCUGAAGGCAGCUGUUGGGAUGGAUUUUUUUUCCUGUUUACAUACUGGGAGAGGUGCCAAAUGGUGAUGGAAAGCAAAAAAACCGCUUUACCAUUGCCUCUGUGUGUGUAUGCGCAUACACAUUUGUAUGUGAUUUGUUUGGUUUUUUCUUUAUCUUUUGGAGAGCAUGUGCCUAUCAGAAAGAGAGCUCAAGAUUUCUGGAAUCUCAAAAGCUGCAGUGCUUCUAUAUUUUUUGAUGCGUACUUAUUAUUUUCUGUCUUCCCCCACCCCCCUGCCUAGCCAACCACUGAUACAAUGCUUAACAGAGCAGCUUUCCUUUUGAUAAAUUGCUCUUCACCUGUUGAUCCAGAGCAAGCCACUUUGCUGUCCCUCUGUGGGAUUCCUGCGUGCACUUUCUGCUGCCAACGGACUUGUGGGGAUUGGUAAUUACAGUGCUCAAAUCCCACAACCACCUCUUUCAAUUGUGGCAUGCGCACACACUCUUUUUUAAACACACACACACUAUGAUGAUGGAAAUCAUCUUACAGACAUAAUGACUGGAAGUGUUAGAAUUAAUGUUGCUUCAUCUGCAAAUGAAAAUUGCUCACUCUGUCCUCUCGCUGGCAUGGGGGUGGGGGCAGUAGCAGCAAGAUACAAGAGAGAUUAACAACAGUGAAAACUAUGCAGUAGUGCAUAGGAUCUGAUGCCAUGGUGGUAGGGGAAGCAGACAGCUCAUUGGACCUGGCCCAUUCUUGUCCCUUUGGACCAUUGGCAUUGACAUAGCAAUGGUUCGACCCAUUCUCUGCUCUGCUGUGGCAAUGCUUUGCAGUGGCACAAUGCUCUGGGGUUUUCUUCUUUUUCUAAAGGGAGUGGAAAAUGAAGAGAUUUUUAGUCGCAACUGGGACAGAUCUCCCCACUUACCAGUGUGUAGGACAUUGUUGUUUCUGAAUAUCUGCAUCCCACUUUUUUAACUGAAGCCUCAGCGAAGCUGCAAAUAGCAUUAAAACCAGAGACAUAAGAGUAAAACAUAGUACACAGACAACAAAUUAAGCAGCAGGAACAGUAAACAAAACCUGCAGUUACAAAGAACUCAGUAAAACAGCCGGGGAAGCCUUCUACAAACCAGAGCACCCCAAUGGCCUCUGAAAAACAACACUGCCUUCUCCUGUCAUUGGAAGGCUAACAGGAAAAAAGAAUGAAAUUGUCUCUCUCCUCGCCCCUCUAGUAUUUUCAAGAAUCCAAAGAAGGUCGUUGAGGAAGGUCUUCAGCAGGUUGCUUCUUAUGGGAGGGGUUGGUCUUUUAUCAGAGAUAGUGCCAUAGAAUCAAGAGGCUGUGUACUAGCAACAUACCGUAUAUACUCAAGUAUAAGCUGACCUGAAUAUAAGUUUAGGCACCUACUUUUAGCACAAAAAACUGGGAAAACCUAUUGACUCGAGUAUAAGCUGGUUCAUCACACCACAAACCUGGUGGUGGUGGUGGUGGCAACGGUGGCAGAGGAAGAACAAGUAGGCCGAAAGGGCUCCUUUCGGGCUGCUUGUCCCUCCACCGCCGCUGCCCACCUCACUCGAGUAUAAGCUGAGGGGGGCUUUUUCAGCAUAAAGAAAAUGUGCUGAAAAAGUCGGCUUAUACUCGAGUCUUUAUGGUAAGCUUUUGAAAAGCCAUAAAACAAGGGUAGCCAGUGUUGUGCCUUACAGAUGUUAGACUGCAACUCCCAUCAGCCUCAGCUAGCAUGGCCAGUGGUCAGGGAUCAUAGGAAUUGCAGUCCAACGACAUCUAGAAGGCACCACAUACAGUGGUACCUCAGGUUAAGUACUUAAUUCCUUCCGGAGGUCCGUACUUAACCUGAAACUGUUCUUAACCUGAAGCACCACUUUAGCUAAUGGGGCCUCCCGCUGCGCCGCUGGAGCAUGAUUUCUGUUCUCACCCUGAAGCAAAGUUCUUAACCUGAGGUACUAUUUCUGGGUUAGCGGAGUCUGUAACCUGAAGCUUAUGUAACCUGAAGUGUAUGUAACCCGAGGUACCAUUGUAUAUAUUUACCUCUGCCCUACCUUUUCUAAGCCUUACCUAGUGCAUGGAUUUUAUAAUAUUCAAUGUCUUCCAGUCUCAGUUCAGCCAGUCUUUUAUAUGUGGGUCUUGCCCACCUCAAUCCAAACUGUAGUGAUUAAAUUGCUAAGUAAUUCCUGAUGGUCUCAUGGGAUUGUAGCAUUGGUAUAUUACAGAAUACUUUUUACUGGUGCCCAAGGUAAGGCAUCAGAGGUGAUUCUUCGAAUGAUGCCAGCAAUCUUUAUUUCUGCAUUAAGCUUGGAUCUUUGCACAUCCAUCCAUUUGAAAGUCAUCUGCCACAGGGAGGUACAUUGGUAACAUAUCUGCCUUGUCCCUUUUGGCUUGGUGCCGCAUAGUUGCUAAGGAAGGAGAUAAGCAUUGGAAACCGGCUGGUUUGCAACUAGUCUACUGUGAAUCCACACGGUGGAGUAACUGGUGACGAAAAGCAGGGUGGCUUUGAUUUAAAUCAGUUUAAAUCACGAUUUAAAUCACUAGUCAGUAAGACUUGAUUUAAAUCAUUUUUUUUAACAGAAAGACUCAUUCUUGCUGGCAUAAUCUUAAUCUUUACAACCAGAGGAAGGUUUCAUUUUUGGACUAAUACAUUUUCAGAGUAGUUUUUACAGUUAUAUCAAAAAUUACUGAUUUGGUUAUACUCUUAGAAAUACAUAGACAGAUAAUUAUGAAAUUAUUGUGAGGUUUAGUAAGUUAACUUUAUAUUUGGACAACUUUUCUGCUGUACUUUAUUGGAAGGAGAAGAAUAAUCAUUUCCUUAAUAACAAUUUAAACAAUUUAUUUAACUAAAGCAAUAACAUUAUAGCAUAUGUAUCCACGUUUCUUAACUGAAUGUGGUUAAACGUUUGGUGUAUGUUUUUUUUAAAAAAGCAACAACCUUAGACUGAGUUUUAGCACACAUGAAAAACUUAAAACAAAUCCUUAUUUCCUGAUAAAUAGCCUUUGGCCUAUAAUGUAACUUAAAUAGAAAACUAUCUUUAGAAAGAUUUUUCCUCCAGAAGCAUGUUAUUUUAAAAAUCUGAUUUAAAUUUUAAAAAAUCCGAUUUAAAUUAAAAAAUCUAAAUAAAAUUUAAAUAAAAAAAAUCUGAUUUAAAAUUUAAAAACCCAUUAUUUUGUUUUAUUUUUUUAAAAAAAAUCAUUGAUUUUUAUCCACCCUGGCGAAAAGGGGCCAUGGGCUGGAUCUGGUACAUGGGUCAGUCGUUCUCCAUCCUUGUCCUAGGGCAAACUGAUUUCUUUCAGCCUCAGCCCUGCUCCAUGGAACCUGGGAAGAAUAAGCAUUGACCUACCUUACAAGUUGGUUUGUUUGGAAGGCGCCAUAGCUCCAAUGAUCCUCAGGCAAAAGGAUGUCACCUGCUUUAACAAAUUGUGCCAGAGCGGUCAUAAUGACACACUUGCCUGAUAAAACCAUGAAACUGAACUUGGAUCAGCCUGUAGUUUUCCAGGGGAGGGGGGGGGGAGAGAGAUCUGAGGUCAGGAAGGUGAUCCUAAAGCAAAAGAAGACAUGGAAUGGGGAGGGAAGUGCAGGACCACCCAGGAAGCCUCAAACAAUGCUUUGAAUUAUUUUUCGCUGACAUUGAGAUAUUGUGCCAUUUUCACCUCUGUCCUGUUUGGACGCAGACCACACUAAGAGCCCGCCCGAGUACUGUGAACAUGCCAGUUUAAUUAUGACUUGACAGACUGGUGCUUUUGUGCUAAGUACUUGCGGCUUCGGGAUGUUGUUUUCGUUUGUUUGUUUCGGGAACAGUAAAGAUCUAAAAGUUUUGUAAUUAAAAAAAAAAAAAAUGGACUUGGCGGUGCUGGAGAGAUACCAGUUAACCUCUAGGAUUUUCUCUGGUUUCUUCUUGCCAGAGCAUCCCUUAAGAUCUAAAGCUUUCAUUGUGAGUGUACUUAGUUUGAACCUUUCAUCUGCCAUUUGGUAGACGGUCCAGCAGAGAGCUGGAACCUAUUACAGGAAGAAGUAGAGAGGCGUAGCUGGAGUAUUUUAAACUUAGAUUUUUAGAGCUCUCUUUAUUUGUUUCUGCAUUUUAAAUGAAAGGGCACGAAGUUCGAGUUCAGCGUAAAUAGUACUAUUAUCAUGAAACCUUUUAACCUGUUUCUGAAACAAACAAACAAACAAAAUCACAGUGGAGAGAGAGAAAAAACAGAGCAGUAAAGCUCCUUCCAUUCCCUUUGUCUUUAUUUCUGUGCUGUUUGGACAAGUUGCUUACAGUUUUUCUGGUUGCAAGUGUUCAAUCAUCUGCAUGGACUGAUACAGGGUUUUCAUAAGACUUCACCAUGUGCUGUGCACCAGAUUGCAGAUUUUAUCACCAUUUCUUUAGAAUUCUUUAGAAUUAGAUACCGUCUCCUUUCCCAUGUAUUUCCUGCAUAUUGAUUUCAUAUAGUACUUAAGUGGAAACUAUGACAACAUAAUGAGUCUUCCUGAAACAGACCAAGGGUCUGUCUAUAAUAAUAAUUUAUUAUUUAUACCCCGCCCAUCUGGCUGGGUUUCCCCAGCCACUCUGGGCGGCUUCCAACAAAAUAUUAAAAUACAAUAGUCUAGUCUUGUCAUGUCCCAGAUUGAUCAACCAAUGAUAUGAUAUGAUACUGCAUUGUUAAAAUAGUUUGUAAUCUAUUUAUGUGAUUUUAUCUUCAUCUUUUAAAACUUUGUUAUACUGUAUAUCACUUCGGAACAUUGGCGGUGGGGAGAAGCAAUAUAUAAAUUUAAUAAACGUAGACCUAACUACAGUGGACCCUCUGGAUAUGAAUUUAAUUUGUUCUAGGGGUCUGUGCAUACUCCAAAAAAUCUGUAUCCAGAGGUGCUGCUCUUGUGCAUGUGUGCGGCAUGCAGUGUGUUUCUGCGCAUGUGUGAGCAGCGAAACCUGGACAAAUACUUCUGGGUUUGUCGCUUUCGCAACCUGAAGUUUACAUUACUCGAGAGUGACGUAACCUGAGGGUCUACUGUAGAUUCUUCUGGGAAACCUAUAGGCAAAAUUUGACUCUCACAGUUUCCUCCUAGCAAGUGGUAUUCAAUGGCACUCUGGUCUCUGAACACAGAAGUUCCAUUUGACCACAUCAUGACUAGUAGCUAUUGGUAGACCAAUCCUUCAUGAAUUUAUUUUAAACCCCCAUUUUAAAAUACAUAAAGCCGGCAGCUGUCAUCACAUCUCGUGGCUGUAGACUCUCUUAAUUAAUUGUGUAUUGUAUGAAAGCUUCCACCUGUCUAUGCUGAGUCUCCUGUAAAUAGAGGGAGAUUGCUGAAAACUGAAGUGAAAUCUCUUUGUGGUUGGGGCAGGAACAGUAAGGCUCAUCUACGGUUGCUCUUGUAAGGAUAAAUAAUCGUUUAUUGUUAGUUCUUUUAAACUGACCACAGUAUCACAGCAGCUAAAAGGUGUUAAGUGAAAUAAACACGCAAAGAGAGAAUAAUGUAUAUAUACAGGCAAAACUAAGCACAGAUAAAACAAUCCACUGUUUUUAAUCCUUUUAUAUAUAAAAGGAUGUCACAUAGAGGAAGGAGAAAGGUUGUUUUCUGCUGCUCCAGAGAAGCGGACAUGGAGCAAUGGAUCCAAACUACAAGAAAGAAGAUUCCACCUAAACAUUAGGAAGAACUUCCUGACAGUAAGAGCUGUUCGACAGUGGAAUUUGCUGCCAAGGAGUGUGGUGGAGUCUCCUUCUUUGGAGGUCUUUAAGCAGAGGCUUGACAACCAUAUGUCAGGAGUGCUCUGAUGGUGUUUCCUGCUUGGCAGGGGGUUGGACUCGAUGGCCCUUGUGGUCUCUUCCAACUCUAUGAUUCUGUGAUUCUAUAAAGGGGUGAGAUUCAAGUCUGAACUCUCCCAUUUAAAUCAGUGGGACUCAAUAGUUCUUAAUACUGGAUGGACCUUUGCUUUUGUAUGUGCACAUACUCCUGCAUUAAUGCAAUCUUUGUCAAACGUAUCAAAUCUUCCCAAUAGCUUUUUAAACUUGUAUAGAAGGACCAAAUGAAUUGUUAGGCAGUGCGUUGCAUUGCAGCUUGGGAGGGAAAACAUACUGUACUUGGUAGCAAAGGUAUUUCUCUCCCCCUAAAGGAGCUCCUUGUAAUCUGAAAGCUGGUCCAGGAAAAAACAAUCAUCUUGGCUUCAUGGCAUGCAGCUCUCUGCUGUUUAUGUGCACAGUGGAUGUGAUUAUUUGCUAAAUGCUUAACUUUAUUUCCUUUUUUCAAAAAGAAAACACCAGCAGCUUCUUCUUGUAUUACAAAUUUACUCAUUCAAAGUAGAUAUAACAAUCGGACAUAUUUUAAAAUUUAGGCACUAGGCUCUAAGGCAGAAGAUGUAGAAAAAAAGGCUCUGUGCUUAUGGGGGACGACGACGGUCCUUUGGGCUUUUUCUAGCAAUCUGAAAGUAGGUGUAUGGCCUUUCCAUCUUUGCAUUACUAAUUUAGAUUAGAUGCAAAUAUCUAUCCACAUUACCAGUAUAUUGCGCCACACAAUUUCCUUGCCAGUGUGAGAGUGCACAGUUUAUUCCUGUGAUAUAUCCAGACUUUAGUUUGAGCCAAAAAGCUGUUUGUGGUUCAAACAGCAGCCCUGCUUUUUAAAGAACGGCUUUUGAUCCUGCAUUUUCUCAUCCCCCAUUGCCGCCCACCCCCAACUGCAGCUCUUAAAUGUCUUGGAUGCCGAGGGGAAAGAGCUAUGUCAGUUUCUCAUUAUCAAUUGAUCUUUGUCCUCUGAGACACCUUUCUCAUAUUUGGUUAGUGUUGCAUCCGGCUCAGAGAAUUAUACAGGUUACGCUGUUAAGAUUUGCUGGUGUGAGAGAGUUUGUGGGGGCAGAUGCAUCUUCUCUCAACCCUUUCCUACUCUGAAUUUUUCUUCUAGCAUUUGGGUUUGAGGAAGAGGAGAAUGGCUCAAGGUGUGAUCAUUGCAUAAAAGGAAAGUCAGAUUUGGGUUGCAAAAGAAAUAUUUAGCCCGAGUCUUGUUCUGACUGAUGGUGGUUAUUUUGUUACUGUUAUUUUGUUUCAUUGUGUUAUUUUGUUGUGGUAGUAGGUGGCAAGUGGCAAAAAUGUCUUGGCACAAUAGGCCACAACAGAGAAAACUGGAGAGGAACUUAUUUCCCACUCCCUUAAUUUAUCCAGCUCUGUCUUGGACCUGGUGAGGUUGUUUGCUACCAUAAGCAUUCCAGUGGUAGUAUGUUGCUGCAUACAUCUCUUGGGAAAUAGUAUUGUGUGUAUUCUGCUCCUCUGAUGUUAAAUGCACAAUUAAACAACUGUUUGCAUGGUGUGCAUCAACCCACCUGCAGUUGUAGGUUAAUUUCUCAAGAAUGCAUCCUAUUGCAAAAAUCCAAAUACAAAACAAAACCGAUCACACUAGGUGAGAUGGCUCACUUUGUCUGCAAACAGAUUUCUUGGUCAGAAAAUAAACAAGAUGCAUAUUUUCAAUCAAUUAGAUUUUCUCAGCUGGUCUACACGGUUCCAGUUUGAAGCUGAUAUUUAAAAUAAGAAGUAGAAUAGAUAACAGCGUAAUUAGCAGACAGCAAUUCAAGCUUAUUGACGUGGCUCUGAAAUUGAUGGGAGAAGCAGGGAGCAUUAUGAGCCCAUAUAUCUUGCUUAGCUGCUCUUUGAAUAAAAUAAUCUGGCUCCCAAAGCAGCAGUUCAGAUAGGAUGACAUACUAGGGUGAUCGCAUGAGACUUCCUUUCAGCAAAUUAUUCUGCCGGCAUGGCAAGCUUUGAACGGAAAUGAUUUUUCAGAAACAACAAAGGGUAUGUUCAGCUUAUUAGCAGCCUUUUCCCCCCUUCAAUGCCCCACAAUGUAUUUUGUGUGAUUUCUGGUGGUGCAAAAUACAUUUAUACUUUUAAGGGCCUGCUAGAUUACCUUGCAUCCAAAUCCUAAAUUAAGUCACUAGAAAAAUCUGAUGUGUGACCAUCAUAAACAGAUAAAACAUCAUAAAUUAUAGUGGUUUUUUAAAUGUUAUUGGAUUGUAGAGGCGAAAUUCCAUUCUUUGUUGGCAUCAGAAUCAAUGCAAGUACAGUCAUACCUCGGGUUGUGUUAGGUUCAUGUUGCUUGCGAACGCAGCAAACCCAGAAGUAUAUACUUCCGGGUUUCGCCGCAUGCGCAGAAGCGUUCUGUGCUAUUCACACAUGCGCAGAAGCGCUCUAUUGCGCUUGCGCAGAAGCACCGCUCUAGUUGCGGACUUUUCGGGGUGCAAAUGGCAUCCUAGAAUGGAUUGUGUUUGUAACUAGAGGUACCAUUGUACAAGGAGAAAGCACCAGCAGUGUUAUAACCAGCAGGUUCAGUUUUGGGUCAGACUCACUUUGUGGCCACUUCUGUACACAAUAGAUAUUUACCACCUUACACCAGAUGCCCCUGACUGCUGUACAUGCUUCUCACUUCCAUCCAGAAUAUACUACAAGAUCUGUUAUAUAUAGCCAAGCCCUGUGAUGCAGUUUCAUUUGUUGUCAUCUACAGCUCCUAGCUAAAAAUAUUCCACUGUAUCAUGAAUGUUUUGGGCAAUCCCGUUCACAGGACUUGGGCUGUAGGUAUAUUGCUGCUUAUGACAGGCCCCUUAUAAAAGAGUUAUUCUCCAGCAGCAACAGGCUACAUGAGAGAGAUCCAAAAACAGGGACCAAAGCUUGCAACAAACCCAGAUGCCAGCUCUGUACCUGUAUCUGCUCAAGCAACACUUUUUCAGGGGCCUAAUAUUGUCAGUCACCACAUCAAGGGUUUCUCUACCUGCUCGUCUUACAACAUGAUAUCUGUGACAGCUCCCCAUCAGUCCCUGCAUUCUUGACAUAACCGGCCAUUCUCUAUGCAAAAAUAAUGAACAGACAAAAAUCUCACUUCAAAAAAAGGCAGCGUUCAGAAACCUGUGGGGAAGGGGUCAAAUCACCCAAGAGACUCUGCUGUUGACUUGAAAGUGGCCAUUUUUCAGCAAGGAAACUUCAAAGGGGAAUUCCAGUUUAUCAGGAAGCGUAAUUCUGUCACUUUGGGCCUGUAUAAAGACCAUGGCUUCCUAUCACCACAACACGUGUUAAUUAACAUAGAAGAUUACUGUGUGUUCAUGACCACACCUAGUGGGGACGCUGGACUCUGAGCCCAGAGCUAGACCAGGGGAAUUCUGGAGACUCAAGGAGACCCUUGUUCACGGAGGCUUCUGACAACCAAACAGAAACUCGUAUGGCAAUUCUGGACUUUCUGCUGUGACUGCUGCCACUUGAGGUCCAGGGGGUGAAGGGGAAGAAUCAGGGAUCAAGGCAGGGCUUGGGAUAUUAUCAGAGGAGUUAUUGGGGUAGGUUGGAGGAGGGAAGAAAUCAAUAAGAGGGGGCAUUUCAGGCUGCAUUGGGGUUAUGGUUGGUUCCCCCAGAUCCUUAGUCAUAAUAGGGGUCCAAAGCAGUCUCCCUGGGGAAUGAGGAAAGGUUAUUUGUGACUAUUUCCAAUGGAAUUGGUUCAAUUGUGCUUUUUGCAUUUUUUUCCAUUUGGAAACAUUCCCCCCCCCCCAAUUACUCUGCAUAUACAGUGGUACCUUGGUUUACGAGCCGUUCUGAAAGUCUGUUCUUAAAAUGAAACCGUUCUUUUCUUUUCUUUUCUUUUCUUUUUUUCCAAGCAUGGGACUGCUUUAUUUUUCCAUGUCAUUUUUAAAUAUGCAAGAGGAGCAAGUGUGGAAGGUUUGAAAAAAUUAAACAAGGUUGUCCCCUUCUAGCUAAGGGCCUUCUACCAAUGGGUCUAUCCCCCCCCCCCACUCCUUACAUGCUGCAAGUUAUAUAACUUGUCUUUAAUUCAUCCUAGGAGUUGAAAUAGAACUCAGUUUUGUCUUUUUUGAAGAAAAGCCUUGUUGGUGGUGGCUCACCACAUUGCUCUCUGUACUCCAGAGAGCUGUGCAUGGUCAGCCAGAUGGCAGAAGACAAUUCGGCUUAACCUCCAUCGCCACACUACAGCUCGUGGACGGGAUGUCAGAACACAUUGAUUACGGAUCCUCACUGGGCAGCUGUCCCGGGGAAGGAAGUCUUUAAGUUGUUAUAAGACUAAGACUAGGUUUUGCUGCAGCAGCCUAACAUGGCUAGUCCUCUUAUCCUUCCAUUGAUUUGUUCACUCACUAAAAAAAACCUUAUUCGGAUCAGGAUAGUGGCAUUGGGAAGGGGAGGGUUAACCCUUUUAUGCUUUCCAGUUUUAAACAACCUGCUUCCAAGUUGCUAUAAGUUCUCUGCACCCACAGAAACAAUAGAAAUAACUGCAUUGUGCCUACAUUGAUAGUUAGUUAAUUGCUGUGGGGCUCAUGCCAGCUUUGUGGAGUGAUUUAGACCUGAAGAACGGUGUAGGUCAAUAUAACACCCUCUCUACAUUUGCCCCCUUGAAGCUGUUUUUAAAUGCAAGGAUCUGCCAUGGUUCAUAUUCAGAGGGUUGCAUAUGAAAGAGCGAAAAACAAACUUGUGGGAACUGGAGAGCCCAAAUGGCACUGGGUUUUUGGAAACGUUGACAUUAUAUUGCAUUGCGUGUUUGAAUUUCCAAGAUGGCUGUUGAUACCCAAGAUUCACGUCAUGAUACAUCCUCAUUGUUGGAGUGAGGUGGGGAAAGGGCCACUUUCAGGAAGUGGCAGAGCUAGUAUAGAUAGCAAACGGUUCUUUCUGGAGUGGGUGGGAAGCAACCAUACAAAAGUACUGCAGGCAAAUACUACUGGAUGGACUUAAACAUUUUUUUUUUUUUGCCUAGGCUUCUGCAGUCUAAUUUUAUAUAGGAUCUGUGCCCUAAUGUACCUCAAAUAGUGUGAUUAUUCUUGCUUUUCAUGCUACAACCUGUCCUGGUUAUUGCUCCACUUUUGGGUUUGAGUGUGUGUGUGUGUGUGUUUGUGUUUGUGUGUAAGUAAAAGUACAUCAUUGCAGAAGAUGGAAGAAUCGCAACUGAAGAGUUUUGGUACCCAGCUGGUCUAAUCCAGGCAGUCUUUUAAUUCAUGCUGAGGAAGAAAUUGGCUGCUUUCUGCUGACUGGAAUCGCAAAACCAUUUACAUAGCAUCCUUUAUCAGCUUGUGGCUCACUCCACUGGCCUGGAGAGUAUUUGGCCGACAGCUGGGUGGGGUUUGUGGUUCUGUGGUAAUUCUCAUGACUGAGGCCAGAUUAGUCACUAGCAGAUGAUAAAGGGCUUUGAUACAUCCCUACAGGAAUGGGGAGUGUUACUGGUAUUAUUAUUAUUAUUAUUAUUAAAGUCAGUUAAAGCCAGGACAAUUCUAUUCCUCCUGAAACUUCAAAUAGUAUUCUAUCAACUCUCACCCAAGGUUUGUUGUGUAAAAAGUAUUUGAAACAAGGAAGAAAAAGAGAACUGUUCAUAAGCAUCACAACUGAAGGGCAGAUUCUUGUCAUGACUGGGCUUAGAUGCUACCAAAAAUUGCUAAGCAAAAACAGCAAAAAAAAAAUCUUGCCAUUUUAAGACUAGCAAAUUAAUUGGUGCAUCAGCUUUUGUGGGUCUGAGCUCAGUUCCUCAGUUGCAUGAGAAAUACUAGGGGAUUUAAUUUUUUUUUACAGAAUGAGAUGGAAAAUGCAGGCCACAGAGCACAAAUGAAGAUGAGAUAUUAUAAAAGGAGUAAAAGAUAAAAGGAGUCAGUGUGACUACUCUCAAUUGAAUUGGCAAAGAAAACUGAAUAGUGUACAUAAACCUCUAAAAAGAAAGACAUGUUCUGUUGUGGGCUAGCCACCCCCAGUUUCUAUUGGGCCCAAGGCUGAUUGUCUCAAACUUUCAAAUGAAAUCCAGCUCUUCAUCUUAAUUGCUGGAGUUUCCCUUUGAAAUAUUUCUGUUGAAAAUAUGGAAGUUUUCAGGACUUUACCAAAUGGCCAGGGAAAUACUUCCCCAUUGAUUAUAAGGUAAUAUUUUUUAAUAUUGGGAAACUUUGUCAAGAUUAUCAUCUUGACUGAAACAAAACCGAAGCACCAGCCAUAGUUAAGUUAGGAGUAAUUGAAGAAAACAUCCUAAAAGAAGCCAACUCUAAUAAUUUGUAGAGACAAGGCCUGUUCAAUGCCACAUUACUGAAUGUAGCUGUGAUAUUUUUUGGGGUAGUGCUGAGGAAAUUAUCCCCAGAGCUGGAUGUUGCCUAGGCACAACAGCCUCUGCUGCAAUGAGCAACUGGGUGACUGCUUAUUCCCUUAAAAGCGGGAUUUGUAUAAAUCUCAUUGCCGCACUAAUUGGCAAUAACAAAAGGAAUGUUUAAGGCAGAAAUUGGGGGGAGGAAUGGAUGAGAGAAGUGAAAAGUUAAGACUUUGGCUUGCUAAUUACCUACUGAAAUUCCCAUUACACCAUGAUGCCUCUGAAGCCAUGAAUGUGGACUCCAAAGUGUAAAUUGAGAGUAGGGGUAGGGAGAAAUUUGACGCACUCUACAUUUAAAGGCGAGCUUACUAAAUUCUCAUUUUUGAAACAAUAUGCGAGCUGAAACACAUCUAUCCUUCAAAAUUCCCAGUGAUCUGCAUUUCGCAGUGCAGUUCUGCCAAGUCAUGUGCUAAAAAAUAAUAAUGGUAAAGCAUGCAUAUAUUAGUGAAAAUAACAUACAAAAAUGCAUUCUAUUAGGGUAAAUGUGGAUAUUAGGCAGACCAUAAAAAUAUACACAGUAAGAAAUUCACACACAGUGUUGCCAAUUUUUAUGAGGUUCGUUUAUUUUAUAUUUUACAGGCAACUCCCAAUUUGUGUGGGGGUUACGUUCCAAGGCACUGUGCAUUUAAGUGAAAUCAUAUAUACGGUAUUUGAAACGCCAUUUAAAAAGCCGGCAAAUACCCCGUUUUGCUCUGCCCUGCCCCUUUUUGUUACAUUUUUGCUUCUGGGUUCAGCGUGAUGCAUGGUCACACACAUAUCAGACGCACCUAAAAGUCACUGCCUACAGUUGAGAGAGCUGAUGUAGAAAUAUGGAUAAUUUAAGAUGGAAAACGGGAGACAAACCGAAAAUGAAUAUUCACCCAUCCCUACUUGAGAGAAUAAUACGGAUGUAUAAUAUUGCAAAGUGCUCCGUGACCUUCACUGUGCACCCAUCUCUUGGUUCUACAUAUCUAGACCUCUGCAGUGGGUCCAUCUGUUGCCCGUCGAGGCCGAUGUACAUCCCGCUUCUUCUCUGGACCACAGGAACAAAUUACCACCCCCGGGCUACUGCGUUCUCCUUCGUGCCAGCCAUCUUGCUCCAGCUGCUCAAGUCUCAUUCCACCCAACUAUGAUUGCAUUGACAAGGGAGAAUGAAUGUUUAUGUAACCAAACCCCAGUGCGUGGGAUUGGUAACCUCUGGCCCUGGCUAAAGUAAUCAUUGUUUGCUGGAACAAGAGCAGCGCUGUACUCGAGACAAGUGGGUGUGCUGUAAAGCCUGGAGACUGAAGAGGAGUUCCACUCUGGAAGGGCUUCCUGUUUACCUUCAGGAGGGUGGCUGGUGUUGGCCGAGGUGUUCGGUGUUUAUUUGUGACUUGCAUGACGCUACGCAGGUUGGGAAGAGUCGGGAAGGCUUGCGUUUGUUUUGUCACAAUCUUAAAUUUGUGGAUCCAGUGUGCUAGACCUGGACAGAAGGAAAGGGUUGCAGCGCAAGGAGUAGUAAGUAGAAUCCAGCACAGAAGCUCAUGCAACAAUUGAGAGGGAGAAUUUAGGUGAAAUUAGGGCAGAGUUCUUAAAAAAACCAAAUUUUUUUUUUCUUAUUCAGAAAUAACUUCAGUAUUUCGUACACACAUGACCUCUUCAUGUACAGGGCUAAUGUUCUCAUUUCUCCCCCACUUCCUCAGCAAAUCCUGAAUUUCUACCUCCUGUGCUUUCUAGAGUGGUUGAGAGGUGAGUUGAAAUGGUGCCAAGCUUUUGCCAGCCGUAGUGGCCCUCCCAGGAGUCCUGGUGGCUUUUUAUUUUCCCAUUUCAAGAAGCAUUGCCCUUACUCUUAAUUGGCUUCAUAGCAUAGCAUUGUUAUGAAGGGCAAGCGUAAUACUUUCCUGCUGGGAAGAAAACCUUGCCAGUUGCCUGCCACCAGGACUCUCGGGAGCAACACCAGGACCAAGGAGGUGGUGGUAGUGAUGGUGGAAAAAAAAAAGGUGAACUGGUGCAGUUUUGGUAAAUCUUUCACUUCACCCCAGAUGUCCCCAGUUUCUCACUCAGAUUGAUUUGAGCGAGGAAUUUUUGUCGCGUUUCCUAAGGCACCCCAGAAAGGGGUCAACAGUAACUGCUCUGUUCUGGUAAAGUCCAGGUAGUUACUGACAAUAUGAGCUUUAUUUCCUUUCCCAUCCUUUAAAAGUACAGUUUUCCUGCUUUGGGGGUUUGUGCGUGGUGAAUGCGUGGGCUGCUUUGCCUUCUAUUAGAGAAAAUAUUCCUCCCAAGUGAGCACAGAUUUCCGUUUUCCCUCCUGUGACGCCUCUCUUCCCCACCGCUGCCCGGCACAAUUCAUCCUCCUACAGGUUACCCUCUGCACAGCCCAAGAACUGAACAAAGAAUUUCCUGACAGCUUUGAUAAAGCAAAAACAAAACACAGGGCAAGCCCCAAACCAAGAUCGUUCAAGCAAGCAGAUUAAAAUAAUCUCCAUAAAUCCUACAAACAAUAAUUUGUGUGUCCUGGCUGCAAGGGUUCUUUAGCUGGAUUACAACCCUUAUGGGUGUGUUACCUGUGCCACUGUAAUAUGCACUAGGAAUACAUCUCCCGAUACCCCAGGCUAGUAAAACUGAUAAUUUUAUGUGUUGCUGUUCUCUAGCACUUAUCGUGUUGUCAUUCUAUGGAUACAUCAUGAAGCUGAGGUGUUUCUUCCAUGUUGAGGCUGUUUGAACCUUCACUUAGAAGGCGUAAAUGUGGGUAUUCUGCUGAGAAAGGCAGUUGCAUCUCAUUUAGGAUGUUAUUCGAGGUUUUGCUUUUAAUGUGGGAAAUUUGGCUGUUUAGAAUAAUAGAAUAAUGGAAGGGACCCCAAGUGUCAUCCAGGAAUCUUGGCUAAAGCAUCCAUGACAGGUGGCCCUCAUGACCAUUUACAACCUGGAGAUGUUUGUUUUUGGGUGAGGAAUAAACUAGCUGUGAUUCCUCACCUGGUUCUUUCCACUGCCUUUCUUACCUUCCUAACAGAAUCAUAGUCGAAUCAUAGAACUGUUGAGUUGGAAGGGACCAUGAGGGAAACUGUUGCCCGACAUGGGCCUUCAACCCAUGACCCUGAGAUUAAAUGCCUCAUGCUCUACCAAUUGAGCUAUCCCAGGGAGCAGCCUUCCAUUCCACCUGUGCAAUGAGGAGAGAUGGUGGAAGAAAGAACAAGAUGAUAUGGUUGGGAGAAGCUGGGGUUGGCUGAUACCUUAGGAACCUAGGCACCGGUCUUAUAUUGAGUCAGACCACUGGCCCAUUAUGUAGCCUAGUAUUUUAGCCACUAACUGUAGCACUUUUCCACGGUUUCAGAUGGAAUUCUCUCCCAACCCUACCUGGUGCAAAGUAGAGGCUCUACCACUGAGCUUGGACUCUUCCUCUAAAGUGGUCUCUCGCAUGACCUCUGUAUAUUUUGAAAGUGACAGAUUAUUCUCUGGGUUGCAAGCUGGCAACCUGAGGGACCUGGUUGUUCUUGGCCAGGGGUCAGCAAACUUUUUCAGCAAGGGGCCGGUCCACUGUCCCUCAGACCUUGUGGGGGGCCGGACUAUAUUUUUUUGGGGGGAAAUGAACAAAUUCCUAUGCCCCACAAAUAAACCAGAGAUGCAUCUUAAAUAAAAGGACACAUUCUACUCAGGUAAAAUCAUGCUGAUUCCUGGACCGUCCCGCAGGCCGGAUUUAGAAAGUGAUUGGGCUGGAUCUGGCCCCCAGGCCUUAGUUUGCCUACCCAUGUUCUUGGCUGAGGAAAUUAAUGGUCCUGAGGGCUUUUUUUUUCUUUGAGGAUGAACAAACUUUCCAGGCAUGUGGAGUUGAGUGGUAAAAACCCCCUGGUGUACCAGAGGGGGAGUAGCUGAUCUGAUUCUGUAGUGGCUUCCGCAGAGCCAUUCUUCGCUUCUUUGUUUGACACGCAGAUGUGCCUUUCCUGCUGGUAAAUGAAGGGGGUGGGAAGGAAGCUUGAACCACAAGGGUGGCAGCAAAGGGGAGCACUCUGCACGUACUGAGGCAAGGUGCAAGGGAAGUGGCUUCUAGUUCUGCUGAACAUUUGUGCCCGAUCUUCUGCCAUUCAAAUACCCAAAGGCUAAUCUAAGAACUGGGUGGGACAGGUGACAAGAGAAGGGGAUACCCUGUGUCAAUAAUGUUGUGCUGUUUGUUAGGGGUAGGGGACCUAUUUUUGCUGAGGGCCUCACUUAGUCACGUGCAUUAAUUUAAAUGGGUCUGUUCUAAGUAAAACUUAGUUGACUGCUACUCCAUUCAUUUUGGUUUUUUUCUUAUGCCACCUUUUUCUUUGAGACAGUCUGCCUGCCCUCAGUCUCAUUUUUCUCUGUCUUUCUAACUUUUCUAUCUGAGCUAGUUUAUCACCGAAACACAUUACAGUGGUACCUCAGGUUAAGUACUUAAUUCGUUCCGGAGGUCCGUUCUUAACCUGAAACUGUUCUUAACCUGAAGCACCACUUUAGCUAAUGGGGCCUCCUGCUGCUGCCGCGCCACCGGAACCCGAUUUCUGUUCUUAUCCUGAAGCAAAGUUCUUAACCUGAAGCACUUUUUCUGGGUUAGUGGAGUCUGUAACCUAAAGCAUAUGUAUCCCGAGGUACCACUGUAUAAUUGUCUACACAGAUGUGGAAGACUGAGAAGAAAAUAGCAACUCUGAUGGCUGUGUGUGUAUGUGUGUGUGUAUAUGUCCUUUUUCAAUGUCCCGAUGUUCCAAAACAGAAAAGGACGUACAAUUGCAUCCUUUGUCCCUGUAUAAGCCUUAAAAUUUAAUGUAAAGAUGUAAUGCUUAAAAUAAUAUAGUUGUCCAUGCCUCUCAGGCAAUUCCCUGUCUUGCAGACUUUUGGAAUUGGAAGUUGCAGUCCUCAGACUCUGAUUCUAAUUAAAUGGGAAUUUCAAAAAUGCAUUAGUAAUCAUGGAGUAGUGAUGGUUCCUAGAAUGGCUUGUUUGAUAUAUUGACGCUUAGUGUUGAGUUUUAUGUGUUCCACGAGACUGUGUGCAUAUAGCCUGUUGAAAAAGUAUUAUAUAUUGCAGGGGAAUGAGGAGUGGGUGGUGUGGAACAAAGGGGAGGGGGGUUGGAUUCAGACCCCAUCACCUGCUUUUGAACAGCCAGUUGGCAGGAUUUCAGCUUUGUUUAAAUGUUGGAUCAGAAAGGGGAGUCAUAUGCUGGAAGUUUUCUGGCACUACUUCUAUCACCCAGCCAUCUCCAGUUCCUUAGAGAUCAGUGCAGCCACUUCAUCAAUCCCUUAUGGUGUGCCUGGCAUUCCACCAAAGCUCUCAGAGCGAACUGGGCAGCUUUGGUUUGCUUGAAUUGGGCCACGAGAGCUUGAGUUCAGCUGAGUGUCUGGAUAUCAUUGGCCUCUGUAACCUUACUGCAGCCUGCCCAGCUCCCUUUCAGAGUUUUCGGAAGUAAAACACAUUGGUUUUACCCAAAGGACUUGAGGAAAUUGUUCAGUGCGCCCGUUUUCCCAGCAGCUUCCUAAAUCCCUAUUGCAUUUUUCAUCUAAAGCUGUAGCCGAGGACCUGAGGGGCAGGCAGACUGACUCCUGCAAUUUGUGAUGGCAGUUUUCGACUCACUCCAGGGAUCAGAGGAUGUGUGGAUUUAUGGGGAGGGGGCUUCAUUUUGCUUUUCUCAGUAUUUGAAUGGAAAAAAAAAGUCAUGGUAAGGUUAAUUGGACACCCUAUCCAUCUUGUUAAGGGCUCCACGCACCUGCUGAAAGCCAUAAGGACAUAUGGGCUCAGAGCUGGCAGUAGCCCUCAUGUGGCUAGCAUAGGAGUGCCAGCCCAACAGCAAAUUUCAGAUUUAAUCCAGCUCAAAUGUAUAUUAAUAUGUACCCAUCAAAGCACAAUACAUUGUUUUAUUCAUAUUUUUUACAAGUUCCACUUCCUUCCACAUUCUGAUACUUGUAGUUCUAAAUCUUGUUUGCUAUAAUUUUGUGUGCAUUGGAAAGCAAAAUGUUCCUUUUGGUGCUGGGCCUAACAGGUUGGACUCAUUGUGUUAUUGAAAAGGAAGGUGCAGAAUAAACUUAAGUCUUGUGUUAAAUUCAUCACAAUGGCAAGUUCUUUAAAGAUAUGUCAACAUGCUGGAUAAGUUAAUAUAUCAAAAUUGACAUAUUUUUUUCUUAUAUUUAUACCCUGCCUUCCUUCCAUUAUAGAAUCCAAGGAAGUGAUUAUUAUUAUUAUCCUUUAUGAAUCACUUCUUAUGACUUGUCCUGAAGCCACAAUAUAAAUAUGGCUCCCAGGAAGUCUACCAUCCAGAUCUGGACCUGCUUAGCUUCAGAAAGAUGGUAGCCUCAUCUCACUUCUUCCGUUCUCCAUCUCUUCUUUAGGCUUGACUGUAGAGUUAGCUCAUGGGUAAACAUACCUGCCUGCUGUCUUGGGCAGAGGCAUCUUUGCCAAAGCUGUUUCUACUUCUAAAGGCACAUUUAAAAGUAAAACAAACAUGAGCAAACAAUGCCUUACCAGUUGAAAUAUGCUUAUAUGAUAGGUUGUGGAUGAAAAAAACACAGUUUUGUAUUUUUACAGUAGGGGUUCCAUUACACCUGGGUGUCUGCAAAAGGGUUUUUACUCUGUGCUGCUUGGAAAUGUCUUGUGCCUGGAAAACUGUGAGUCACAUAUGUCAUUAAUUGAUUCCACUGAGGGUUUUCACAGUCAUUUUCCAGGAAGGAUAUUGACCUGACUCUCUGUGUGUUUGUUUUGUUAAACAAGAUCCCGUGAACCUCUGUUAGUAGUGAGACGGCAGCAUAAAUGGUCUCUCCUCUGCUCAAUCUUUUUUUUACACCCAUGUGAGCCUCAGUAAUCUUUGUUGUCACCAGAUGCUGUUGUCAUCAUCAGUCUUUGAAUUCUGCUGUUCCCUUCCAUUAUUCCUUCCCCCCACACCCCAAUUAUUUUUCUUUUUCAUUCCCUCAAGUCAUUUGUGGGCCUGAGAAGCAAAAGUGCAUGCUUAUUAUACCUAAUACUAGAUUUUAGAAUACAUAGCCUUGGAAACACAGCUGGAUAAAUGCAGAACAGUAAAUGUUUCCUACAUAGUUACACCACUGUAUGUGCAUGCGUCUAGGGGAAUGUAUCCCUUUGAGCCUAUAAGAAACAGGUGGAUUUCUCUUUCGUGAGACUUUAUGAAGCAGAACCAGGACCAGCUUAUGGCCUCAUUCCAGGUGGUGGAGAGGCUGGGGAUCUCUGAAAGUUUGGAAAGACUGAGGGGAAAUGGAAUUGCUCUGUGAGAAGGGAAAGAUGGUUAGCUUGUUCCACAGCAAAGCAGGGCACUGUUUCAUAAGCUUCCUGUUCCUGUCUCCUUCCUGCCUCUGCCUCUUCUUCUGCAUUACCAUUAAACCUUCCCUAUGCUUUCCCCCCUGUCUGGUCUGAGGAAACAUAGCGCAGUCAUGGGGUGGGUGCACAUUACAUUUUACCACACAUAUGGCAAGCUAGUAAGGUAAAACAUGAGUAUGUGACAUAGGCUGUGCACACACAGCAGUUUAAAGUGGAUUCAGUAUACAGUGCUACCUCGGGUUACAAACACCUCAGGUUACAAACACUUCUGGUUACAGACUCCGCUAACCCAGAAGUAGUACCCGGAAGUUAAGAACUUUACCUCAGGAUGAGAACAGAAAUCAUGCGCCGGCGGCGUGGCAGCAGUGGGAGGCCCCAUUAGCUAAAGUGGUACCUAAGGUUAAGAACGGUUUCAGCUUAAGAACGGACCUCCGGAACGGAUUAAGUUCGUAACCAGAGCUACCUCUGUACAUCCUAUAUGUGCAUAUUUUUUGUUUGUUCACAUGAUGUCCUCACCCAAGUGGCAGCCUGUUCUCUUCCUCCCCCCCCCCAUUUAAUGUGGAUUUUUUUGCAUACAAUGCAGUUGGGGGGGGGGAGAUCCAAUAUGAAAUUGCAUGUUACCCAAUGGUAGACAUCCAAAAGCGCAUUGUGUAUGGGGGUUGUUGUUGAUGUUUUACAGAUACGUGGUGACAUUUUGCAGGAUGCCAUCUAUCAUGACACCCCCUGCCUCCAUUGGUGAGGUGUUCCUCAGGCUGCUGGUGAGACUUCAUGAAACAAACAGGACUAGGAUGCAACACAUAGGACUUUAAAAGGGGCGGUGAGAAAUAACUCACUAUUUUGUGCAAGUCUGCUAUAUCUGAAAACUUUUAUCUCAAAAAAUAAAAACUGGCUGCAUGCCCAACUAAACAAAAAUCUGCACACAAGUCCAAAACUUGAAACCUCAAGUUUCUGAAACUCAAGAUGGGUGGUCUACCCAUGGUCCCAGGCAUGACACACACCUUUUAAAACCCACUGUUUUGUGCAGAUGUAUAUAAGAUAGCCACACACACAGGUAAAGAAAUACCUGCAUGCAGGCCCAUGAUGGACCUCAGAUUUCUGGAAAUCGGGGAGGAUAAGGAAUGCAAAUUAUGGGGGAGGAACAAGAACACACACUAUGGAUACUGCCCAUGGGUGAGGAUGGGAAACUAAUUAAGAGUGUGUAUGUAGGGACAAACAUUUCCAAAAGCACACAUGGAAAAAUUGGAUCUGUGUGCCCAACCAUAGAGUAAAUAGGAUCAUUGGUACUAGAUCGCAGUGACUAGGAAAAUUAAUUGUUGGGAAGAAAUCAAGCUCGAGUUAUAGAAUAUAUAAGCCUCCACCAAAGUAUUCGCCAAUGAAGGCAGGGGUGCAGAUGCAGUAUAGCUCAAACAAAACAAGGACUAGCACAGAGAAUCAGUUUAGAUCCCAAACAUGAUGCAGAAGAAAGGAAGUCAGGCAAGGCCAGACAACACAGCAAGGCAGGGAGACUAGAAUCAGGAACUAAGUGCCAAAGAAGGAGGAGCCAGAGACCUGUGUUGCUGCCAGCAACAGAAAGGUGUUUAAUAGCCUAUCACAACAGCUGAGAAGCUCAAGGGGAAGGUCUUAAAUACUCUGGCCUCCUAGAGUGCAGCCUAACCACAGCUGCUGGCAGUGAAGGAGCAUCAGGGCUGACUCAUGAAUAGACUCCUUACUCAUGAGUAGGGGUGGGCGAUAUAUCAAUACUUUGUCUCUUAUCGGUAUGAACCACGAUAAAGGUUUCAUAUUUUUUCAGCCUUGCAAACCCGGCAGGCAGGAAGCAGCACUUUACUACAAAGUAAAGCCUUCAGAGUAAGUAGCCGUUUUCUGUCUGCCCAUCUGCAAGGCAUAAGCCCCUGCCUGCCCGGUAGGUUGCAGAGUAAAGGGCUUUACUUUGCAGUAAAAGCUGCUUUCUGCCUGCACAAUCCCAAGGUGCAAGCCCCGUACCUCUUGCUAGAGACAGAGUCUGCAUAAAAAUAAGCUUCCCUGCCAAAGCAGGGAGAUUCAGAUCAGCAAAAGAUAAGAUCCACAUGACUUUUCUCUUGCUUCUUUUAUGCAGGUUUAAGGCACACACCUUGCCUCUUGCUAGGCAGAGUAGAGACCCAGCACAAUAUCAGGUUGAUAUCAGGCUAAGCAUGAUAUGUCUACAAUUUAAGAAGGAUAUUAACCAAGAUAAUCAAGGGUCUGGAAACCCAGCCUUAUGAGGAAUGGUUGAAGGAGCUGGGUGUGUUUAGCCUGGAAAAGGAGAUUGAGAGGAGAUAGGGUAGCCACCUUCAAAUAUCUGAUGGGUGUCACAUGGAAGAUGGAGGUAGCAUGUUUUCUUCUGCUCUGGAGGGGGAAGGACCUAAAUGAAUGGCUUCAAGUGAUGAGAAAGGAGAUUCUGAGUAAACAACAGGAAGAACUUUCUGACAGUAAGAGCUGUUCAACAGUGGAAAGGACUCCCUUGGUAGGUGGUACACUCAUUCCUUGGAGGUUUUUAAGCAGAGGUUGAAUGGCCAUCUGUAACUUAGUUUUCAGGUGGCAAGUGGCACCUAGAUGGUCUACCUGACUUUUUAACACUGAUCUACACCGGUUCCCAAUUUGUUAUAGGGCCAAGUUCAAGGUGUUGCUAUGGGUAUAUAAAACCCUUAACAGAACAGUAAUAUAUUCUCCAGAAAUAUUUAAUGGUAUAGUUAAGCAUGCUAUCACUGAGUAAAUUUUCAUUUAAUUAUACACAUCAAAUUUAGAUUUUUUUAUUCCCCCCCCCCAAUAUUUUCCCCAGAUUAUUAUAAGCUCCAGCCUUAUUUCAGACAUCGUGAUAUAGUGAGAUAUCGCAAUGUUUAGCUGGCGAUAUAUUGUGAUAUUGAAAACCAGAUAUUGCCCAGCCCUACUCAUGAGAAGACUGAUGACUCGGGUCCUUUAAACACAUACCUUGCUGUUGCUCUUUGGCCUGGACCAAAGCUCUCAAGGACCACUCCAGCUGUUCCUCCAAGAAUUCCAGGACUUUCUCAUCAGGCACCAACCUGCAAAGCCCCUCAAGGGAAUCCUUGGGCUCAGGGGGCCCUGCCUGCUCCUCAAGGUCCUCGAGUUUGGGGAUUCAGGGCUAAGCAUGACAAAAUGGGUGUGUGGAGAGUCACAGCAACAGAUGCUAGGAGACAGUUGGUAGGUAGGAGAAGGCACUCAGGAAAAGGAUGGUUGGAAAAGGAGAAAGGGGUGUGGGAAAAGCUGUUUGAAUAAGGAAGGUUUUUCUCUCUCUGAAGUGGGCGUCCAACCAGCUCUAUGGCCAGUAGAUGGGUUUUGAAACCUGCCUGGUGAUCACCAUGGGACAGAGCAGCUGUGAGGGACAGGAGAGAGUGGGAGGCCUGUUAUAUGGAAGUCUCCAGGGCAGCUUGUGGUUUCAGUUUUCUGUCAUCCAGCUCUAUCUGAGACACUCUGUGUGCAAAAAUCCCUGGAAGCAAGGACCGAAAGGAUGGCGGAGAAAGUGUUCCUAUGAGAAAGAAGGAAGGAGGGGAGGGAAUUUACAGUUGUUGGAUUUUUAACAACCGAUAAAAGCUGCUUAAUUUAUCCUGGUGUUUGACUUGAUCGUGUGUGUGUGUGUGUGUGUGUGUGUGUGUCUUUGUCUUUGCAUAAAGCAUAUAACAAAGCAAAGCAAAAUAAAAUAUUAGAAAGAAAUGUGUGGGUGAGUGCAACUGUUUUGCCUGGUUUGUACAAGAUCCCCACCUUAGAUCUGCAUUUAGGCAAGCCUGUGGUCUCAUCGGUUAUAAAUGUAUACGUUUCAACAGCAGCAAAUGGAACCCUUUAGCAAGGGAUGGAACGAAACAUGGAGAACGAUGCAUUAACUUCAGUUACUUGCCUUACAAUGUUGGCAUCCGUCUGUCUCGGGAGACAGUGGAGGAGUGUGCCUUUGGGCUUUUACCUACAACCGGGGGGGGGGGGCAGUAUUUGCCAGCUUCUUCCUCUGUCGUCUCAAAUGGGGACAAAAUACGAAUUAGGUGUCACUGCAUAUACCUUGGCUCUGGCUCCACCUAGUCCCCAUCUCCCUGUCUCCCUCCCUAUCAGCCCCCCCCCCCCGGCCACCACUGCUCCCAGGCCACGCCCUUUACUGCUCAAUUCCAUUUGCCUGUCUGGAAUGCGCCUUGAACAGUGAUCAUGCCUCUUGCUUACCUUUGUGGAGAAUGGAGAGAUGUGCAUGGCGGGUGGGAAUGUAGAAACAGCUCACUUCUGGGUGGCUUCUGUAGUCUACUGUACAAAGGUAAGAGCUACAUCCAUUGCCCCAGCCACUUUUGCAUAUGGCUUCACCCGCCACUGGCAUGCAGCUCGCUUUUGCAGUCCAAAGAAAAACAUCCAUUCACAUUUGCUCCUACGGAGGCUCUAAGAAAGGGGUUGGCAACACAAGCACCCCACAGGGGUCAUUUAACCAGCCCACAAGCCACCCCUGAACCGAGCUGCCUGCUUGGCGAGUCCCUGCGUCCUGCGCUAAACUGGCACAGCACAGCAUGGGGACUCGCUUCCGCGGCACCGGAAAUUGCGUCUGCACAGGUGCAAAAAAUUGCGUCGACACAGACGUUGGAAAUCGUGGGUGCGCACACGCAAUCCGGCCCAUGGAAGGAUCUCCGCUGGAGUGAACCGGCCUAGGCGAGGUUAAACCUUGCCAACCCCUGCUCUAAGAAGUGUCUGCUUGACUGCAUUUUCCCUUUGUGCAAAGACAUUACAGUGGUACCUCGGGUUACAUACGCUUCAGGUUACACACUCCGCUAACCCAGAAAUAGUGCUUCAGGUUAAGAACUUUGCUUCAGGAUAAGAACAGAAAUCGGGCUCUGGUGGCGCGGUGGCAGCAGGAGGCCCCAUUAGCUAAAGUGGUGCUUCAGGUUAAGAACAGUUUCAGGUUAAGAAUGGACCUCCGGAACGAAUUAAGUACUUAACCUGAGGUACCACUGUAUUUGCUACCAGGUUGUGAUGCGUCACAGUGGCCUCUAGUGGUCCCAGGUGGACCCACAGAGCAAUCUAGAAUUGCUUAGAAUGCAGGCAGGGCUUGAAGUGACCAGUGUGAAAUUGGCAAGAUGUUUUGCUUUAAUAAAUUCUGUGAAUUUAUUCAAUGAAAUAAUAAUAAAAGCUACACCUUUAAGCCGGAGAAGGCUUUUGAAGAUAUACAAGCAGAUGUUAGUCUGUGCCUGCACCUUGAGUAACCAGGUGGAAAAGGGGCAGGAGGGUUGUUCCUUUAAUAAGUGGAUUUUGGCAGGUAUGCUUUUGUCAUGGAAGCUACACCUGCUGAAAUUCUCUCUCUUACACCCCGUCCUCCUUUGCAACUAGCCACCUAUCCAUACCACAGGUUGUCUUGGUUUGCUACUGUUUUGGCUACGGUGCCUCCUUUCUCUAUCUCUUACGUUGCUGUGACUUUAUUAUUGUAGAUGGAGAAACAGGUGAUGCCAGGAACUCACUGUGGUGUGGGCAUAGUGGUUGGAUCAUCAUCAGAUGGGCUCUGCCAUUGUGCCCCCAUCAUGCUAAGUGCCGCGCCCCAUCACUAAGUGGCAGUGGCACUCAUUGUUGAGAAGCCGGGUGUGCCACCCUGCCAUCACUUGUCCCACCAACCACUGCCACACAUAAUGUAGUGAUGACCAAAAACUUGGAUAGUUUAAAAAAGGGAUUAGACAAAUUCAGGGAGGAUAUCAAUGGCUAUUAGCCAUAGUGGCUUUGUUUUUCUUCUACUGUUAGAGGCAGUAUGCCUCUGAGUACCAGUUGCUGGGAAUCAAAACUGGGGAGAGUGCUGCUUGUGGGCUUCCUGUAGGCAGUAUGAGAACAGGAUACUGGACUAGGUAGACCAAAGGUUUUCAACCUUUUAGAGUCCCUUGGGAGUCCUCUGGGCAGCAGUUGUUGCCGUCAGGGCUGUCUUACCCAUAGGCACAGCAGGCUUUUCUGCUGUGGGUGCUGAGGCAGCCAGCUGGCUCCGGCCUCCUGCGUGCCUGGGAUUGGCGGGCCGUCAAGAGGCCCGCCCAGUGCACGUACGCUGCUUACAUGAGGCACCUGGCUUUGCUCAGUUGCUGCUGCUGCCUCGGGCUUGACUGUUGUGGGCUCUGUUUGCUCACUGGCUGCCCCCUGCCAGGGCUCCCAGUCCUGGCCUUGCUCUGCCACCGCCGCUUUGUGCUCCUCUGUUGCCACUGAGGCAGCUAGCCAGCCAGCUCUGCUGUGCGCACCUUGACGGCCUGCUCAGAGCGUGUCUCAGACUGGUUUGUUGCGCUCUACUAAAAAGAAGGUCAACAAUUCUGAGCAACCUGGGGGGGCGCUGGGUGGAUCUGUGCACCCCAGUGCCGCAUAUGCUUAAGACAGCCCUGGUUGCCGUCCCUGGUCCCUCUGCACUCCAAAGAGAGGUGCCUCCCAGAGGCACCAUUCACCUGGGGAGCUUGAAGCCAGGGCUGCUGCAAUAAACAGCUGUGCAAGCCUUUGGGAGGCAGAGACGUGAGAGGGCAUCAGAGGAAGGAAGAAGGGAGGGAGGGACAGAGGUCAGUGUAGCUCGGGGCACCCCUGACCAUUCAAGGCACCCCAGGGUGCCACGGCACACUGGUUGACAACCACUGAGGUAGACUGUUGGCGUGAUACAACUGGGCUGUUCUUAUGUUCUUAAUGACAGAGGUCUAAACUAGCAUUGCAAUCCAGGAUCAAGCCAUAUUGAGAGAUUGCAUAUUAGCUAACACAGUACAUGAUACUGGAACCUACAUCACAGGUGCCUUCUUAAAGCACCCUAAUCUUACCUCAUUAUAAUUUAUCUCUUUCCCUUCUUUUAUUCUCUUACAGUUGAUAUUCGUGAAAUCCAAGAGAUUCGUCUGGGAAGAAACUCUCGAGACUUUGACCGAUAUCAGGAGGAUCCCUCUUUCCGGCCAGAUCCGUCACACUGUUUUGUCAUCCUUUAUGGCAUGGAAUUCAGACUGAAAACACUCAGCCUGCAAGGUGGGAUCUCUUUUCCACUUUCCUAUUUUUAGUGGGUAAAUAUAGGUUCAGAUGAUACACGACGAUUGUCCUGUUCCUCCCACAGCCUUCUAAGCACCACUCCCACAACCCACUCUUCCUUCAGGAGAGCCUGGCUUCUAGCAGAAGAGAGGGAGCAAGGGGUGGCACUGAUACCAAGAGGAUGGAAGAAGGUUCUCGGGUGCUGGUAGCAGCUAAUAGAUAGCUAUUAUAGGGAGCACGAGGCUUCUGAGCAAAUGGAUGCUUGUUCUUAUCUUGUGAAUCUACUCUGUGGCCAGCCCUGUUGUUGCUUUGUGUCCAUUAACUGUCAUACUUAUUGGAGAGUGAGGCUCAUGCUGUUUAAUGCAUAGCAAGUAUCAAAAUGGAUAACGUUUGGUUUACUUAAGUUACAAUACUCAUUUUGGGGAGCCUAUGUGAGCUUGCAAGAUCGACCAUUGAUUUGUGAGAUGUUUUGUUUUUGUUUAAUGUUAUUUCAUCAUCAUCAUCAUCAUUAUCUGCUACUUCUAAAAUGUUUAAAAGAUGUACUGGGGCUUUGAGAAAAUUCAAAUGUCUUAAUCAUCUGGUUUUUAAUAUAUUUAAAUUGGGGAUAGGGAAUCUCCAGCCUUUCUCAUGUUAUCCCUCAGCUGCAGCCAGUAUGUCCCCUCUGUACUAUGGGGAUAUAAUUUAAGAGUGUAUGAUAUGAAGGAUGUCUCCACGACAAACUUUCUCCCAAUUUAGAAAAACCCCUUCACCUCACUGCCCAGACCUUGUGGUGUAGUGGUUAGGAGCGAUAGACUCGUAAUCUGGGGAACUGGGUUCGCGUCUCCGCUCCUCCACAUGCAGCUGCUGGGUGACCUUGGGCCAGUCACACUUCUCUGAAGUCUCUCAGCCCCACUCACCUCACAGAGUGUUUGUUGUGGGGGAGGAAGGGAAAGGAGAAUGUUAGCCGCUUUGAGACUCCUUCGGGUAGUGAUAAAGCGGGAUAUCAAAUCCAAACUCCUCCUCCUCCUCCUCUUCUUCUUCUUCUUCUUCUUCUUCUUCUUCUUCUUCUUCUUCUUCCAGGGCACUGGCGACCAGAGAAGUAGCUAUUUAUAGGUCUGGCAUUGAGUAUUAAAAAUAAAUUCUUGAUUUGUUUAGAAAGGGUAGCUGCUUUCAGUCACAAACAUUUGAAACACAGGGAAUAUUCUUGAGGUUUAUGAAUGAAAGCAGAGAGCCAUUAAACCUCGAGCUCGGUGGGAUUAGCUUCCUCCUGCUGGAGGCCAGCUGCUCGGGGACUUCCUUCUUGGAAACAGGGGUCAGUGCCUGUAUCUCAUAUCUUUACAAGACCGGCAUGUUCUUUAUUUUCACAGCCACAUCCGAAGAAGAAGUCAGCAUGUGGAUCAAAGGGUUGAACUGGCUCAUGGCGGAUACCCUAAAGGCUGCUACCCCGCUGCAGAUUGAAAGGUAAAUCAAAAAAUUGGGAGCAGGAAGACACAGGCAGGUGGCUCUCACUUAAUCCCUCUCGUCGCCAACAUAUUUGAGACUAUGCAUGCCAAAAAGAAAAUCUGCACUGCCUUUUCAUAAUAAAUUUAUGUACAGUUCCAUAAUUUACAGCUUCCGGGAGUGAAAGAUCCUGAAAUUGUCUUGAUUGAUUGAUUCUGAAGCCACCAUACAGCUGAGAGAAUUACGAAUGUGUCUUCAUGUCUUCCUUGAUCUGUGCCCCAUGACAGCUUCUCAAUCAACCAGGCAAUCAACAAAUGCGCUCCCAAAUUUUUCACUCCCGGAAGCACAAUAAUGCUGCUCAAUAAUGUAGCUCAGAUGCUCAGCCACCUCUCUGUCGUUGCACUUAGCUAAGCUGGACACCCCCAUCAGCAGGAUGCCUGGGUUCCUUCACUCUUCUUUCUUCCCCUCUCCCUGCCACCCACACCUGGUGUCUCUUUAUGUCUGUGGAAGCAUCCAUUCCAAUGGGGACAGGACUUGGGAGGGGAGAUCAGUCCUGCCUUUUCCGCAGAGUCUUCCUUAGCAGCUACCAGGAAACAGCCAGCCAGCCUCUUCUGGGUAAUAGGAUGGCGGAAAAUAGCACAAAGGCUUUGGCACAACAGCUGGGCAGGGCCAGCAGAGCAUAGAAUAAUUGCCAGUUGUGUCGCACAUCCACAUAGCAAAGUGCUGAGCCAUCAGAGCUACUUUGUAGUAGUAGUAGUAGUAGUAGUAGUAAUUAUUAUUAUUAUUUAUUAUUAUUUAUACCCCGCUCAUCUGGCUGGGUUUCCCCAGCCUCUCUAGGUGGCUUCCGGCACAAUAUUAAAAUGCAAAACAGUAAUUCAUCAAAUAUUAAAAGCUUCCCUAAUCAGUGCUGCCUUCAGAUGUCUUCUAAAAGUCAGAUAGUUGUUGACAUCUGGUGGGAGGGUGUUCCCCAGGGCGGGUGCCACUACUGAGAAGGCCCUCUGUCUGGUUCCCUGUAAUUUCACUUCUCGCAGUGAGGGAAUUGUCAGAAGGCCCUCGGAGCUGGACCUCAGUGUUCGGGCUGAACGAUGGGGGUGGAGACACUCCUUCGGGUAUACAGGACCGAGGUCGUUUAGGGGCUUAAAAGUCAGCACAAGGUCAGAUAUAGGUUCUCCAUCGCAGUUUUACAGGAUUCAGUGCAAUCCUAUGCAUGUCUAGUCAGAAGUGGCAGGGAUUUAUCAGACCAUUUUGUUGCAUAACCUUUCUAACUUUGCUUUUCAAAGACAUGGGGUAGGGAAGCAUUGGAGGUCAACGUAGGUUAUUUGCAAUUCAACCCUUGUACAAUACUGUAGAAACCAAUCAUGUAUAGCUCUUUCCCCCCCCUUUAUCCAACCAUGCUUAGUGAGUAUACUUCCACUGUACCUAUUUAUUCUUUAGUGAACUGUGGGUAACCUGUGGAUAACCUGUGCUUCGAAAGGUCAGCACAGCACUGGAAUGACUAAGAUUUCAAAACCUAUUUUGUUUCAGGUGGCUCCGAAAGCAGUUCUACUCAGUUGAUCGCAACAGAGAAGACAGGUAAAUAGAGCAAACGUUUCUCUUGUUUGCAGUGUGGUCUCAUUUAUUGGGGGCAUCCAGAAAACUAUGUAAACAGCAAUUCUGUUUUAUGGCUGUUCCAUUGCAUUGGAAGUGGGGAUGUCUUUUUGCACAUUCUUCAGUCCGAAGACUAAGAAGACUAGACACACAUUUGAAUUUUAAACAAAUACAGUCAAACCUUGGAUCCCGAACUCCUCUGUUUUGGAACAUUUCCGCUUCUGAAUGUCGAAAACCCGGAAGUAAAUGCUCUGGUUUUCUAAUGUUUUUUAGAAGCUGAACAUCCGAUGCGACUUCUGCUUGAGUUCAUUCACUCGAUCAGAAGCCGCGCCUCGGUUGUCGAACAUUUCGGAAGCCAAACGUGCUUUCGGAACGGAUUACGUUCGACAAAUGAGGUUUGACUGUAUUGGGAAUUAUAUUUUAGACCAACUAGGGUUGCAGCAUUUAAUAAAUUAAUCAGAUUAAACAAUGACAACCUUUAAUUAAUUAAAAAGAUACAUUGAUUAAUUGUGCAACCUUUUCUUGGAUAUGUAAACCAUCUGAAUCCAUAGUUGUGAUCAAGAAGCCUGUGUAGAGCUGUAAAGGGGAGGUACUAUCGGCAGAAGUAGCAGAGAGCACCCUUCCCCAACCUGGUGCCCUCCAGAUGUUUUGGUCUACAACUCUCAUCUGUCCCGGCCAGUAUUGAUGAUGGUCGGGGAUGUUGGAGUUGUAGUCCAACAACACCUGGUUGGGGAAGGCUGGCACAGAGAAAGGAAACAAAAGAGAGCUGGGAAGCUGAAGAUAAGUGAAGCAGGAUCAUAUAGGUCUAGGGAGGUGGGAGAAAAAGAGUUGAAGCCAGGAAGUGAGAAAAUGAAUGUGCAGGUCUGUGCCUGGAGAUGGGAUGUUGAUGGAGAUUUCCUUGCCAACCAAAGGCCAUCCUGAGUGUCAGCCACAAAAUGAGAAAUCCUUGAAGUAACUUAAAAGCUGGGGGUUUUCUACCACUUUCCAAGCAGCCUGAGGUCAUUGAGUGAGAAGAACAGUUGGUUUGAUGGAUCUGAAAACUGGUCGUGGUAGUGCCAGCAUGAUAAGUUUACAUUCCCAAGACAACUUCUUCUUCUUCUUCUUCUUCUUCUUCUUCUUCUUCUUCUUCUUCUUCUAAUUCUUCUUCUUCUUCUUCCUCUAAUUCUUCUUCUUCUUCUUCUUCUUCUUCUUCUUCUUCUUCUUCUUCUUCUUCUGUUGUUGUUGUUGUUUAAAUUUGUAUACUGCCUUUCAUCCAAAGAUCAUAGGGUGGUUCACAAUGUAAAUAUUCAAAAACAACCAGUAACUCCCCCUCCCACAAACACAUUUAAAAGCCCAUAGAAUGAUUCUACUUUGCAAGCUGCUCCUUAUUAACCACUUAUUUUAGGAUCUGUGAAUACAUAGGAUACCUUUGGCAUGUUGGCUUCUAUUGAGUCCAUGGAGAAGAAAAAAUGUGCUGUGCAUUCGCUGUCAUGUUUAGAAGAGAGCGAAAUGCUCCCUUUUUAAAAAAGCCUGCUCUUGGUGCCAGUGCCAGUGUGCCUUGCCAUCUGCCCUUCCAUCUUAAAUGUCCUCUUCUAUUGCCUCUAGGUCCCCCCACUCCACCACUCAACACAGAUUUCCUUUAAUGAUGUUAAGAGAGUAGUAUAUUAACCUUUCAGUAUUGAUUUUUUAAAAAGAACUUUUCCCCUAGAGAAAUGAAAUGUUUUAACCAUUACCACUGAGUGCAAAAAUGGGAGUUGGAGCCCAGGCCCGGCCAAUAGGAACACGGGAAGCUACUUUGCACUAGGUCAGACGGUUAGUUCAUCUAACCCAUUAUUGUCUCUUUGGACUGGCGCUGGCUUUCCAUUGUCUCAGGUGAAGGUCUUUCCCAUCACCUUGAUACCUGAUCUUUUGAACUAGACAUGGUGUCGGCAGCAAAAACCACCUGCCUGCAAAAUAAAUGCUGCAAGAAAACUUUCCGAAGGUUCCACCUUACAAGGGCAUGUGCAACCAGGAAUAAUGCCAUUGUUGCCAUGGUGACUGAGCAUCUGAUGGAUUGGGUAGUCUGCCGGAUCAUCUGUUUUGCCCGUUUCAUUUUUUAAAAAAGUAUUCCUGCGAGACAGAGAUUGAGCACCUAUGUUUGUUUAUUUAAAAACAUUUCUGAAUGGUUUAAUAUUUAAAGAUCUCUUAAGGGAGUCGGGUUUCUUUCGGCCAAGGGAAUAAUGCACAAUUAAUUCACUGUGUUAGGACAUGACGUUUCUCCUUUGCAAACAGGAAAAGGGUUACACGUUGCUGGUAAUAUCUCUGCUCACGCUUACAUUACAGCUUUCAGACCUUCCAUUCCUGAAAUGUAACCAUUUCCCAUCAGUAUUGAUCUUGUUCUGCAGCCACAAUGGGGACAGUUGGAUGUAUUUUAGGUGCACUCUUAGACUGCACAGGGGAACAGUUAAGUCCAGCACUGUCUACACCCUAGUUUGCCCUCCAGAAUCCUUUGCAGUACAGAUGGCAAGUAAAUCAAUGUGGAGAGUCUUCCCUGAGAUAGGUUUGGAAGCCACUGCCAUGAAGGAGGAAUGCUAGAGAGUUCAUCCUCUCCCACUACUGCACUAAUGUGCUGGGAGAAACCUCACAAAAGUUACUCUGCCCAACCACUAAAAGCACAAGAGCCCGUUUGUUUAUUAAACCUGCCAAAUGUAGUACAGCUGCACCUCUGCUUAUGUAUCCCUUUGGAUAUGUAAACUUUGGGAUGCGAAUGUGGCAAACCUGGAAGUAUUUUUCCAGGUUUUGCCCCAUGCGCAGAAGCACUAAACUGUGCCGCACGCAUGCACAGAAGCAGUCCUCCAGCUGUGAAUUCCUCAGCAUGCGGCCGGACCUCCAGAACGAAUCCCGUUCGCAACCGGAGGUACCACUGUACUUGCUUGAUACCACAACUUGAAACCCUUUGCAUCUCUUUCCCUAGCAAAUAAAUACAAGUUGCAUUUCCCUUGUGUCUCCAGUGCCAAAGGCUGCCUGGCGCCUGUGCUGCUUGCUUGUGUCCUUUCUCCCUUGUGCAGUCAGUCUUCCUAUUUCCUGUUCUGGCAGAAGGCCUUGGCUUGAUCGUUAUUUAACCAGGAGCUGGGACAGAGGCAGCCCACAGCACCAACGCAGCGUGGAGGCCAAUAAUGAGCAACAUCUGUCAGGGAGGGCGGGGUACAUUUUUGCAUGAUUUGCAUAUUGAUGAGUUUGUGUCGUGUCUUCAGGAGAUUAUUGCCACCUGCUUUCUGAAUACUCUGCUCCGCGGACUUGAGGGGAUGGUUCAGCCUGCAAAGCAGAAAAAUGCUAAGUGCUCUCAGUGGAUAUAAUAAGCCAGCCUGGUGUUCUAAAUGAACCUUUGUCAUGCCUUCUUGUUUGUAUGUGUCUUCUGAGUUUCCCUGUUUCCACAGUCCCUUGUCUGAGAGGGCGAAGAAACAAAGACGCAACUGGCUGGUGUGUUUUGAGCAAGAACCAUUGUUGCCAGAGGAAUAAAUAAGCUGCUCUUUUGUACAAGAGACCUAGAUGGUCAGAGCAAGGUCUCUCAAAAUCUGAAUGGCAGUUAUCUUCUUUGUGUGUAUUUGACUGGCGCUCUCUCGCUCUGUGUGUGUGUGUGUGUGUGUGUGUGUGUGUGUGUGUGUGUGUUUGUUUGACCAUCUCUUCAUCAAGGGAAUCUUUACAACCUGAACAACAAAUAAAAUUUGCCAUGCUGGCAAGCGAUAUGAGAUUGAAGUUGGUUGGGGGGCCCCAGGGCAGUAAUAAUUGAGGGUGCCCCUCAGGAGAGAACUGAAACUCUGCUUUUUGCUUUAGUGCAAUCCAUUCUGCUAAUGCUGCUGUUAUUGGCAGCAGAGGUGCAGCUAGGAAGGACUGGGGCGGCGGUGAGGUGCACUGUGUGCCACUUACCCCAGGCGCCCAGCUAUGCCGCUGCUUGGCAGCGUCCAAUAAAAAAGAUACAUUAAAAUUACAAUGGAAAAGCAGCCAGUAGACCAAAGUAGACAUAAAAUAAAUAAAUACAACCAACAGGUAGUAAUAGCCAGCAAAAAGCUUGGGAAAAUAAAUGAGGUUUUCGCAAGCGCUGAAAUGUCUUCUAUGUUGAUGCUAAGCUGGUUGCAUAGAAGGCACCGCUCACACAUACCUGGCAGUGGAUUGCUCACAUGUUUUUGCUUGCUUGUCGGCCUGCUAUUUGAAACCUGCAUGUGUACUUCGAUUCUUUGAGUAAACGCUGGAUCCAACACAUUUGCAGUUAGGUGUGCUGCAAAUAUAUUUUUAUAAAUAAAGAACAAUCAGAGUUUGCAAGCUGUUCUUUAGGCUGAGGACAGCUGGGGAAAUCUGGUGUGCUCGAGGUAGUAGUCUUCCUUGACAACUGAGCUGUCGGUAUAGUUUCCUCCCAUACGCACCCGAUCCACACAGUAAACCCAUGUGUUGGGGCCAAAGCAGCAUGGGUUGCAUGCACACCAGGCCAGCAGCUGGAAUUAGACCUCGCAUACUUCAGGAAAUGCUUUUUAUCGCAUAAGUUCUUCCUUCUAGCAAAGAUCACCAAAGAAGGCUCUGCAUUAGGUACUAAGCCUUUUUGAGAGGCUCAAAUUGCCAGGUUUGGCAGAGAUCAGGCAUAGGCAAACUCUGGCCCUCCAGAUGUUUGGGACUACAAAUCCCAUCAUCACUGACCACUGGUCCUGUUAGCUAGGGGUGAUGGGAAUUGUAGUCACAUCUGGAGGGCCGGAGUUUGCCUAUGUCUGACAUAGAUGCUCCUUGGUGGUAUCAUCUGGUACUCUCUGUCUAGUGAAGCUCCCUGGUUUAUAUCCUGAUAUACACCUCUCUUUAAGGCACUUAAGUGGGUCUGUGUAAACUAUCCGUUUGUUCAUAUUCCAAAAGUGGAUGAACACCUUCCAAAUAGCAAGGCUUUCUCUAUUAAAAGGUGGGACUCCGGAAAUUCAAGGAUUUUCCCCCAGUUCCAUCUUGCUUUGAACUUCCUGGCCUUGAUUGAACUUCUUUCUUGCUUGCUCUUUGUUCUCAGAGAACAUGUGCUAUAGAGUAUAAUGGAGACUAGUGGUGGGUGUUCAGUGGCUUUGAUAUGGUUUUGGAAUCUGUACAUUUAAUUUCUAGACUCCUGCAAUUAUGCAAGUAAGAGACAUGCCCUUUUUACCGUCGUGGGGGGCGGGCAGAGGAAAGCCUGCUUCUUAGACAGAUUGUAAAUUACCUUUUCUUGUUUGCGCCAUGUGUUUUUGAUUCCUUUCAGAAUAAAGCCAUUCAGUAAUACAGUUCCUGGAAUUAGCUGGGUUAAGCCUACCCACAUCGCCUGCUUUGGUGUGCACACUCUGCUGAUAAGCAGAUAUUUUGGGUUUUGUAAGAGAGAGAAAUAUCCCUAGUUGCCUUGAAAAUUUCAGUGGUGGCAAGUGAAACUAACGUGUUUUGUGAAGUUUGGGGGUGUUUAUGUUUUUAAGUUUUAUUCUGUGAGGAAAUAGUAGGUGGGAUUGCUUGUCUGACAAGCUCUCAGGGCCCCUCUAGAUACCCCUUUCAUUGCACAUUCAUUAUGAUUUGUGCUCAUGAUACUAUUGGAGCAGUCACACAUGAUGCCACUUUCAAUACUAUUUGCACCUGCAGAAGUUUUGGAAUGGCCACACCACACCACUUCCAAUCCAAUCUCUCACUGAAAUCCCAUAACUUUGUAUACUACAAAUGUUCUGCUUUAUCUUCGUCCCACUUUCGUAGCCACUCUUCAAAGCAGUAAUGUGGUAGCAUUGGGGAAACACUGCAGAACAAACUAAAGCAGAAUAAAUCUACCACUAAUGCACUAUAAUUGAGUCAAGAAUAUGCUGCAGAAUUAUUGCCGGCGUCCAUUUUUCUUGAGCGACAAUGGAGUGUGCCUCUGGGGGUGAAGUCAAACUGUUAUGUUAGCAGCCCUGAAGUGAUCUUCUCAGGGCGCAAGCCUAGGCAGUGUGUAUGGAGGUCCUGGGAUGCCCAGAUAACAAGAUUCCUCUCUCGGCCUCACAGUUGAGCCAAAUAAAAGCAAAGCAAUAUGUUUGGCACCAGCUUGGGUGCAGGAGUUGCUGGAAGGAGGUGUGCCAGGUGCCAUCUUAGGGACUCCAGUCAAGAUUUGUGUAGAUACUCCACAAGGCAGCUAAGGUUUACAAGCCCCAUCUGCCCCUCACUUCUACAGAAUAUGCCUUCAGUAAAACAGCCUGGAUGGGUUCUGAGCUGGAAUGUUCAUACAACCUUUGCCACUGCACAUGCGCAGCAACAUGGAGUGUUUUUUACUAUAAUCUGAAUACGAGAGUUGCACAAAGUCAUUGAAUUUGCAGCUGUUAUAGUUCCAGAAAUCACUGUAUACUGAUGUGUGUGUGAGUGUAUGUUUGUGAGAGAGGGGUGAGUUGGGGAGAUGAACUCAUGAUUACAGUGUGGAAAACUGAUUAGUGGCCAUUGGUCCUUUGUUCAGUUUCUCAGUUCCCCUUCCUCCUUUUGGAAUGCAGACACUGUUUUCUCACCCACUGAGAUCUGGAAGUAAUAAAUGGGUAGUUACUGGGUUCCAUUUCCUGACCUAAUGACUGGAGCUAAUCCUCAAACUGCAAGGUUGUCUGUCUGCAACAUGCAUCUCUCAGGAGUUCAGCUGGGAAGGAUUUUUUAACUGGAUUAAGUCCAGUGCUUUCCUGUGCUGCUGUGAAGGGAGUUCUGUAGUCUCUCUUCCUGGGGAGAGGGGACCAUAGUGUCUGGGUUGCCAGGAGCACAUGAUUUCUUUGCCAGCAAAUCCUCAUCUGAAACUGAUUUGCUUGGAUUUCAUCAGUCAUCAUUUGGCUGACAAACUGUACUGAAUCGUUAGGUUUCUCCUCUCAACAUCAAUUUGCUCUGUGGAACAGAGAGAAUCCCUGGACAAACGUAAACCUCAGCUAAUUAGCAAAUGGUCAAGAUCAGAAUGUUGAGAAGGCCCCUUUGAUUUGAUUACACACUGCAGAAAAGGUAAAAUAUGUUGAUUACACAGAGCCGCUGGCAGUAGCGCCCCUAAACUGAACUUGUACAAUCAGAGAAGGCCAAACUCUUAAUGACAGAUAACUUACUCUGUUGGAAAAAAGCUGUAACUCAAAAAGCAGGAGGUCCCAGCUUCAAUCUUGCACAUCUCCAAGUAGGGUUAAGAGAGACCCUUGUCUGAAAACCUGGAGAGCUAGCGGUGGUCAAUGUAGACAUUACUGACCUAGAUGGACCCAUGGACUUAUUAUAAGGCAGCUUUCUACUUUCCUAGUUUGGUAAUUGGACCAGUCAAUUAUCCCAUGUUAUUGAAAUUCAUUUAAGUUAACAGCCCAGUAUGCAUGGAGGGCACUCAAUGAAGAAAUGCACCACACUUUGGAAUCUCCUUGCCAGGUAGGAGCAGAGUCUCUCUCGAGGUAAUAGCAGUAUUACUCUACCGGGUCUUGCGCUAGAGUCAUCAGCAGUUUAUAAUGAAAUGUUGCUGAAUGAUCUGUAACUAGCAGACAAAAAUGGUUGACUAAUCACUGUUCCUGUUUUGAAACCUUACUGGAUAGCACAUUGGCACAGGUUUAGAUACCCAGUCGCAUCCAAAUGAUCCUGGCAUUGCCAAGCAAUGACCCAUGGGCAAUAUAGUUUAUCGAAAAUGGGAGGCUUUUAAAUAGCUUUAACAUAAUACGUGGAGAGGCCUUCAGUAAAAGGAUGGUGUGUCAUCCAGAGUUCAUAACCUAUUCUGAAUCUGUGGCAACUAAUUUCACUUUAAUCAUCAUAUGCCUGCUUAUGGGAGUGGGUGAGUCUAUAAUUGGGAAUAUAGCUAACUGGGGGUGCAGACCACCAGGGUGAAUUGCUUGCUUUGGGCAAAAGUUGUGAAUGUUGCCCAUUGUAUAGCCCAGUAUAUAGUUCUGGGGCAGAAUUGGUGCUCAUGGUGCAUAUUGGCACCAAUGACAUGGAGAAAUGUAGUCAUGAGCUCCUGGAAGCAAAAUGUAGAUUGCUGGGAAGAAGGUAGUCCCUGAAGUCAUAACCUCUGGGCCGUGGACCUAACUAGGCUCCCCAGGCCAUUUCCCUCAAACCCACAUGCACCUGCCGUGCACCGGAUGUCAGGUGUCAUGAUAAGUGUUGGGUAGGCAGAGGCACAGGUGCAGAAGGCAGAUUGAAUUUCCCACAUAUUAGCUGGUGUGCCAGGAGUCCACAUGUACCAUUGAGUUCCUGUAGGGAACUGGCUUGCAUGUCCAAAGCUUGCAGAAAGCAGAAUUUGAAUCAGCUGAUGUGCAGAGAAUUUGAUGCUGCUGCGGUGGUAUAUGCCACACCUGUCAGUCACUUGACAUUGAUAUGUGCAGGAGGGUAAAAUAAAGAUCUGGCUUGUUAGGACAAAAAGAUCUAGCUUUACCCCUCUGAAAUUUAAAAGAUCACAACAUUUUUCAUCUUCAUCUGUGGAGGAAAGUUGUAUGCCACACCAAAUCUUCCUCAGCUGCUGUCCACUCCCCCCCCUUGCCCCCAGUCAGUUUAAAAGCAGUUUUGCUGUUUUUUUAUUUCAUUUAAACACCUGCUUCAAUGAACUAGAUGGGCUUUUCUCUUCAUUCAACAAGCUCUUCUAAUGUCCUUGUGUAUGUAAACUAGAAUAAGGCUUGAAAAGCGUUAGGAGGGGUGAACUUCAGUAUGAUUAUGGAUGGCAUUCAGUGAAAUAAUUGCUCAAGAAUUACGCUUGUGUGAGGGGAUUUCCCCUCCAUCACCCCCAAAUCCGCUCCAGAGGGAAAACCUUAAACAGAAGAUUUAGGGAGGCUGCUGAGGAAGUGGGUGAAAUGUUCUGUUAUGCAAGGAGAAAUCCAUGCACUGCUUGAACAUUUCUGCUUUGUGCUGCUUUGAAUACAACCCAAUGCCUUAAGACAACAUUUUUCAAACGUUUGACUUUUUUCAGAACUCUGUUAACAUUAUUGGUGGCAGAACCACUGCACAUCUGCCACAAAACCCCACACACAAGUGCAUGCAGGGCAUGGGCUCCCUGCCGCCCUGAAUGAAUAGUUGGCGCAACCUAGAAUGUGUUCCCCUGUGGCCCCACGUGGCAGAGCAGUCCUUGAGGAUAGGCUGCCUUAUUUUCUCAUCUGGGAACCCCGGCUAGGCUUCCAGUGAACCUGAAACGCAGUUUGGAAACCCAUUUUCUUAAGCAGACCCAUGAGACCCACGAGGACUUUUUUCCAACAGCAAACAAAUAGAUUUUUUCAAAAAUGACUUUCCCCAUUCCUCUUUUAAAAAAAAAAUCCUCACAUCUUACAUCUCGGUGCUCUGCCUCCUUUUCCUUUAUUUUCUCCUCUUCUUCCUGAUGCGGCUUGAAGAGAAACCAUUUCCCAAACAAUUUCUGAAAACUGUCCAAGUGAUGGCUGGGAAAGCAAACAGACCUGUUUUUCUCAAGCUGUGUUUUGUUUUUUUAAAGCUCUUUUGAAAUCAUUUCAAUCUGCCGUUUGGGAAAGGCCCACAGGAAUUACGGCCUUGUUCCUUCCCAAGUAGUAUCCUGCAGAAGUGGCAGCUUUAAUAGGCUUUCUGAGGUGUGUAAUUUUGGAGAUAUUUAGAGGUAACCACCACUUCUGCAGGGACUGUAGGUGGUUUUGACCUAUCACCCUCCUUUCAUUGAGUUGCCUUCGGUUUUAUUGUAUUUGCCUCUUAUUCUGGAUUUAAAGCGAGAGCUCAGAUUUUAGGAACCUGACAGCAACCAGGUUGUCUGUGGCAGUUGCAGCAUCUGAGGACUGGGGUUAUAAACACAUUAGCUCCCCCAGUGACUCUGGGGCCAGACACCGGAGACGGAAGUUGAGAGAGGCAUCAGCAGCACUUUGAGUGAGGAAGCCCUGCCCUCUGAGGAACGAACAUCUGGCUGCUUUGGCAGCCAUUUCUGGGCCAGGGUCAUUUCCUGUGAGGCCAGCUGUGACCCAUCAGGGUGGCAGUUAAAACAUCUCAGGAACUGCGGUGGAGGGACCUAUAUGUACUUUUGCCCCUCCUUAUCGGCUCUUGGCUUUUAAAUUGUAUUUUAAAUGUAUUUUAGGUAGUCUCUGGGACUUAGGGGUAUAAAUGCUCCACAUGAACAUGCCCAAAAAUUUAUUUAUUUUAUUCCUUACCACCUAGGAUUUCUGCAAAGGAUCUGAAAAACAUGCUGUCACAAGUGAACUACCGUGUCCCUAACAUGAAGUUUCUGCGCGAGAGGCUAACAGUAAGUGCUCGAUAUUCUUUGCCCCUUUAAACAUGCAUUCUCUUUGCAGUCAUUGCCAUCAGCUGCACCAUAGCAUCAAUUGGGGAAGGGCCAUAGCGCAGCAUUGUCUACUCCGGCUAGCACCAGCUCUGUGGGGUCUCAGAGAGAGAAAUGUUUCUUCUGUUCACCUGAUCCUUUUAACUGGAGAUGCCAGUGUUUGAACCUAGAGGCUUCUGAAUGAGCGUAUGCUAGAGCAUAUGCUCUACCGUUCAGCAAACUAUUCAGAGACUCUGGGCAUGCACUCCCACUUUGUAUAUUUAAAAACACAUCGGUGGAUCGCAAGGAUUGUAGUGUUAAAAUACCGCAGUCAUCUCAGCACUCCGUUUUCCACAAACAGGAAAACUGAGGUGUCAUACAUGACUGAGGAUGAGUGUUAUUUAUUAAGAGGAUUUUCUCCUCCCCAAUCUCUCAUUUUAGGAUGUGGAGCAGAGAAAUGGUGAUAUCACAUAUGGACAGUUUGCCCAGUUGUACCAGAGCCUGAUGUUCAAUGCACAAAAAGGGGUGAGAUACUUCUAAUCGUAAUAUUUGAUACUUUGUAAAGUCUAUGCCUCCUCUUUUGUUUUGGUGCUGUUUCACUUCCUGUUACUUUCCCUUUUGUUUUAUCUAGCAUGUGAAUUGAACACAUUUCAAAUAGCAAACUAUUUCCCUUACCUGCACUUAUGACCCUAACUAGAAAAAAAACUGUGUCUACAAAUGGAAGGUGGAAAAUGGGAAGUACCCUUUGCAGUUUAGUUUCUAGUGCCGUGUACAGGUAACCCUGAUCAGAAAAGUGAAGAUCACCAGCUCUCUCACAUCAGUUCUCUACACAGACCAGGACUUGCUGUUGCUAUGUGUGCUGCUGACCUGCUAUUGUGAGAGAAAGGGACUCAAAGACAAACAGUAGAGUUCUGAAAAGGAAGAGGUCUCAAGUUUACUUGCCAUUUUAUCUUUGUUUUUACAGAAAAAAAGUGUUAUGUGAGCUCUCACCAUUUGUCCAUCUCCAAACCCCAAGCAUCUCUCUAACUUAUUUUAUGUAAGAACUACAUGACACUCUUCAGUAAGAAUAUUUUUAGGGCGGCUUGCAAAUAAAACAACAGAACAAUAAUAGUAAAACAAUGAUGAGAAUGAGUGUCGUCAUUGAGUUGUCCCCCCAGCCCACAUCUUUUAUUUCAUUCAUUUCAUGUGUGAGUAUACUGAAAUAAUGAUGGCAGGCACAGCCUAAAAUAAUAGGGGAUUGUGAUUAAGCCAUUGCAUAUCUUUACUGAAGUGUAAAGUGUGACACUGGAUAUACCAAGCAGAAUCAGCUGAUGUAUGCAUUUUUUUCCCCUUAUGCAGAUGGCUAUUCCAUUCUUGGAAAGGUAAACUGCUCUCUUUCCUAUAUACAGUGGGAGGGUUGAGUGGGUUGGAAAUUAGACUUGUUUAUGAAUGUAUGUUGACAUUUGACUGCAGACUGCUCGUUUCCUCAAUAGGACCCUAUUCUCAAUAUGUCUUCAAUGAAGGGCCUUGUUAUAAAAAUGCUGGGCUGAGCUGUUUGGUGGUGGAAUUUCUAAAUCAGGGGUGUUCAAAACAGACUCUGAGGCUAGGUUUCUCUCUUCCCAUUCUUAGUUCACCAUUGGCAUGGCAAUAAAUCUAUUUUGCAGCAAACUGCAAAAUUCAAACAAGUUGGAGUGAUUUUUAUGCCCGUUGCCGUGGCCACAAAACUUGGAAUUUUGCAAAUAGAUUGAACUAGCUGAUGCAAAACCCAGCCAACUUUUCAUUUUAGAUCUGUUACUAUCUUUUGAUUAUUUGGAUUUAUGCCUGCCAGUGUCCUUGCCCAGUGGUAAAGUGGGUUAUCUGGAAAUGAUCUAUGUCUAUGUAGAGAUCCUCUAGCACUGCUAUUUCUUCCUUUGAUUUCUUUGACUCCUUAUUGCCCUGUGGGAGAGGGAGGAGCAGAGACAAGGAGCACGGCUGUCAUGUAUGAGGAUGGUUGAGGCUCCCUAGUUGCUUUCAGUAAUCCAUCUCAGCUCUGACACUGUCUUCCUUGUUUAGCCGAUUUCUCAGUGCAGCAGCUGCUUGUUCUGUAGGGUGAUGCUUUCUAACCAAUGUGUCUUGUCUGUGCUUCCUCCUCCAGCAGUGCAGAGAGAUCUGAGCACUGCAGGGUAUCACUGAAGGAGUUCCAGAUGUUUUUGCUAGAAUACCAAAAGGUGAGUUCGUGCAAUAGAAAGGGAAAUGGAGAAAGAAAGCAGCACAAUGUGAUAAUCAAUGGCUUUUUUUUUUGGAUACCACUCAACACAGUGUGACCACUCAUAGGCAAUUGAAAAUUCUGAGUUCUUUAAAUAAAGUUGGGUUCCUUGCACUGGUGCUGAGAAAUAAUUGGGAUCUUUCAGCCACAGUAACAAUUAGAAAAUUUGGAACAGCAGUGCCUUAUUUCACAGGUUGCACUGACACAUAAGAAAACAAUAUCUAAAUCCCAUGUAACUACUAUUAACUAAUAACCAAACAAGUUCUCUUACUCAGAGACCUGGCUUCUCAUCAGAUCUACUGUGUUAGAAGUCACCUUAAUAACGCAUAUGGAGUCCAGAGAGAAAAUAAAUCCUGAUAACACUUUACUGGGCAAAAGUGAACCAAAACAGUGUAUAUAAUUUGAGGGGAAAGUAACAGAGAGGCAUUACACCAGGCCUUGUCCAUAGCAGGGAAACACUGAACCCAACAUGCAGAGAAAAAGGUCCCUCAGGAGCACACAGCCAAUCAGAGCAUAUGUUGCCUCAGUGUUGAUCCUGCCACUAUGCCUGGUUGCUAAGCAGGCCUCCUGUCCCCCUCUUGGCUAGUAGGCUUUAACACUAACAGAAAUAACUCUUAAGUUACAAACUGAAUGAACCCUCCUGUUGCACUUCUACCAUGCUGCUAACCUUCAUUAUUGUGGUCCUGAGGAAAGGGGGAUGAGGGAUUAAGGCAGGAUUCAGGAUGUGGUUGGGGAGCUGGGCAGACCAGAUGAGACCAGGCGCCAAUGAGACUAGAUGCUUUAGGCUGCCUUAGAACUAUAGUGGAUUUUCCAUGACAUCCAAUUUCUCUUCCCCUCUCAUAGUCCUAAUCCUGACAGCUGGUUAGUAGGAAUGCAGCAUGAAUCUGCUGAGUUGGUGGGUUUUUUUUUAAAAAAAAACCCUCUGUGUUGCUAUGUCUCAUUUUUAUGUUUUAAAUCUAGAUGAAUUUUAGUGGUCUGCAUUUCUAAUUGUUUUAUAUAUAUAUAUUUUAAUGAUAUUUAUUAACAUUUCAAAAGAAAAAGAUCACAUCAAUAAAAAAAUUAACAAUAAAAAGGAAAGAUACAAAAUACAAAGUACCAAAAAAAACCCCCCAGUUAAAAACAAUUCCAUCUUUUCAUCACUUCUUUUACAUUUACUUGUUUCCCGGACCUCCUCAUACCACCCUCUUUUGUAUUCCAAUUCACGCAUUUCUAAUUGUUUUAUAGACUUUUCUCUUUGUCGUAAGCCACUUCAAACAGAAGGGAAGUGCGAUGCAAAUAUUUCAGAUAACUGUAUGGCUGGAGAACAGUCUGACGUCACAUGAUUCAGAACACUUUGGAUGCGAAUGAGGGCUGCUAGGGUGGCAGAGAGGCUGCCUGAGAAUCAUGUGCAGGCCACUCUGAGCUCUCGGAAGAGACUGGGAGAAUGGGUGGUUGGGUGUGGAAAUGCAACAUGGCUAUUGCCAUUAUUAUUUAUUGCAAUAACACUGGUUCACGAUGGUGCAAUGCAAUUUGGCAGUUUGACGUUAUUGGAAAAACUGACACAAAAAUCAAAAGUAGCAAGAGGCCCAAAGAAGCACAACAAUUUUUAUUCUGCCUGGUGUGACUUUAUUGAUUGCACAAAUAAUGAGGCAUAUGGUAGAACAGUACCCACACAGUAAGGCAUGUGUGAAGUAAAUAUUUCAUUUCCCCUCUCCCCCUCCCCCCCCUACAAAUUCUAAUUGUUACUGAUACAAAAUAUAUUCAGAAAUGUCUUUUUGAGUGUUUAUGGUUGUUUUAAUUUUAUGUAAUUAUUGCGUGCCAUUUGCUCUAACGUAAACAAAUAUAUAUAUAUAUAUAUAUCUCAAUGCAACCAUGUUAAACGGUUCAAAGAAAACGGAAAAGAAUAAAAUCUAUAUUAGGGGAAAAAACACUAGUUCAAAUUUAAAUAGACCAGGUAAACUGGAAAAACACUCUGUGCUUGUCUGAGCUGUUUCAUGUUGCAUGCGGCUGCCAGCUUGCAGUGGUCCCAGGAGUGCAUUAAGAUAUUCACUAACUAGCACAAUUUCUGUUUCAUCCUGCUGAUAUUGUAGAAUGAGGACGAUAUGCCACUGGAGAAGUAAACAAAAAGAAAACAGCCUGUUUUCUGAGCACAUAAUGAAGGAGAGGGAGCCAUAAAGUCAAAGAGCAAAAUAAACCAUGUCUCUCCUUCCUCUUUCCUUCAUUACUCUGAUGGGAGUUGGGGAUAUUAUCUGGCGCAGGGCAUAAUCCAAGCUCUGGGUUUGGGAACAGUGGCAGAACCACUGUUAUGUCUGAAGCCCUGUUGCUCACCAGCCUGGGUGUGGAGCAGUAAUUACACUGUGUCAUGCUGGCACAGUAGAGAACAGCUAUUCAGGUCUAUCACUUAGGAUCCAGUGGGUCACUGCCUGGCCCAGCUCUACUCUCUCCUUGGCCCCAAACACCCCAUUUCAGGGGUUUACAUUGGUCUACCUGACUUGUGAAAAGUCAUUUAGGGCCUCUUGAAUACGUGGUUUGUUGUCCACGUGAAGCUAAUUUCUGUGCAUCACUGAUUCCCAGAGAGGUUUAUUUUCCUGCAAGUACACUUAGUGGGCAGCUGAUGUGUGCCGGGGCCUCAAACUCUUACGCUCAGGGUGAACUAGACUUUCCUGCCCCACUUUGUACCCGGUGGUGUGCACAGAUUGUUUUUGGGAUGCACACAAGGAGAACCAAAUGGCCGUAAUGAUGAUAUGGAAAGGGCACUGUUCUCUAGCAAUCAACCUCUGCUAUAUUGUUUGGGUUUGAUUUGCAUUUUCUCUUGUCAUUUCUCUUUCUUUAUAAUUUUGUUUUUCCUUGCAUAGAGAUCAUUUUCAUCUAGUAAAACUGACGUGCUUAAAGUUGUGGUCGUCCAGAAAGCCACACUCGCUUGGAUGUUGGCAUGUUUCAGUGAUGCUUUGAAAUCUUGUGCUGCAUAAUGGUUAAGAGCUCUGAGCUGUGAGGUUCCUGGUUGAAAUUCUGGCUUGGCCACAAACCCUCCAUUCCACAUAUUCCCCAAGAAGAUCAGGGCAGCUUCCUCUGUGGUUUGCCAUUUUCUCUUUGUAGCUACCUUGCUAAAAGGACCAUGACCAUUAGGUCCAGUGGUGACCGGCUCUGGGGUUGCGGGCUCAUCCCGCUUUAUUGGCCGAGGGAUCCGGCGUACAGCUUCCGGGUCAUGUGGCCAGCAUGACUAAGCCACUUCUGGUGAACCAGAGCAGCGCACGGAAACACUGUUUACCUUCCCACCGGAGCGGUACCUAUUUAUCUACUUGCACUUUGACGUGCUUUCGAACUGCUAGGUUGGCAGGAGCAGGGACCGAGCAACGGGAGCUCACCCCGUCGCGGGGAUUCGAACCACCGACCUUCUGAUCGGCAAGUCCUGGGCUCUGUGGUUUAACCCACAGCGCCACCCACAUCCCAGCUACCUUGCUAGAUGUAGGCUAAGCUGAGAAAUAGCUCCUUCUCCAGGCUUCAUGUUUGUGCAGGGAUUUGAGCCUAGGCAAUUCCAAUUCAAGCCUAACACAAUCACCCAUCCUUCGCUCUUCAUCUGCAAUUCAGGGGUGAUAAUACUGACCCACCUUACAGAGCUAUUUUAAGGAUUUCUGAAGCAAUAGAUGUGACAAACGUUGAGCACCUUAGGAUUGAACUGAAUGCUUGGAUAAGCUGGAAGAAUCUGGCUUCUGAAAGUUUCCUUGUCUUCCUCCUUCCUUGUGUUUACAGGAACUUUGGGCUACUAACCUCCUCUUUGUCCAGGACUUCAUGUUCAACUUUCUGAAGGACCCAUUGAGGGAAAUCGAAGAGCCUUAUUUUUCCCUGGAUGAGGUAAGACUCCCAAGAAUCUACUGAUGUGGGUGGCUGCAGUGGGGCUGGGGGAAAAGUGAAGUGAGAAGGUACAUUGCACAAGCUCCUUUUACAGUUCCCCUAGGAUGCUUUACAAUUCCCUGUUCUCUGAUAGGCUGCCUGCCGGCCACGUUGGAACCAAUGAACACUUGGCCUCCCUCCCUCCUCUUGCCCUUGCCAUUUCUCUGCUGCUCGGGGGGGGGGGGGGAGGGGUCACUGGUACCUCAGUCCUGGCUGCCAUGUCUCCCUGUGUUACUGCACAUGUGGACAGGUAAUAGUCUUCAGGAAGAAGCAGGCUAGGAGGUAGCUAUCCUGACUGCUGCUCACUGUAGUGAGUUAACACUACAAUGCAGCAUAGUGCAACACUUUUUUGCCCCCCUCUUCAUUCUAUCUCUUGUUUUCUCCUUAUCUAUCUUCUGAUAUGCAUCCUUCUCUCCUGCCAAACCUCCUUACCCACCACCCUCGGUCCCACAUUUAGGCUUAAGAGGGAUAACUCCCACUGAUGUCCCACCCCAUUUUGACAACCCAAAUUUCUCUGCAAGGAGCAAGGCCAAGUGGGGGAAUGCUGUGGGCCAAGUUCAAAAACCUUUUGGGCCAUAUCUGGUCUCCAGUUAAGAGCUUCCCUAUCCCUGCCUUAUAUGAUCAAUUUCCCGAGAGGUCCGGAGGGUGGCAACACGAGCGGAGGGUGGCAACACGAGAACGGGUCUCCUCUGCAGUGGCUCCCCGUCUGUGGAAUGCUCUCCCCAGGGAAGUUCACCUGGUGCCUUCAUUAUAUAACUUUAGGCGCCAGGCAAAAAUGUUCAUUUUUAACUAGGCCUUUGAUUGACCUGAUCAACAUCCCAUACCCUUUUAAAAUGUGGCUCUUUUGGGGUGGUAUUAUUGGGUUAUUGUUUUUAUUUUUAUUAUAUAUAUUGUGAUCUUUUUAUGUGAACUGCCCUGAGACCUUCGGGUAUAGGGUAGUAUAUAAAUUCAUUUAAUGAUAAUAAUAAUGAUAAUAAUAAUACCUCAGUUUUCAAAUGUGCCUCAAAAGUCGAACAGGAAACGCGGCUUCCGCUGAGUGCAAGACUUUGAAGCCUAGCUGUCAGCUAUUGAGUUUCAGUUUUUGAACGUUUCAGAAGUCAAACAGUCUUCCAGAAUGGAUUACGUUCAAAAACCGAGGUGCCACUGUAGUUUUGUUAUGGUUUUAAUUCUUGUUUUGUGCUGCUGCCCUUUGGAUCCUAUGGGAUGAAGUGGUGGCAUAUAAAUGCUGUAAAGGAAUAAACACAAUUUUAAAAGCUUAUUUAAAAACUGCCCUUGUUUUAGUGUUUUAUGUGGGUUUUCCCCUCCCUUGUUUUUUCCUCUCUGGGCAGUUCCUUACCUUCCUGUUUUCCAAAGAGAACAGUAUAUGGAACUCGGAGCUUGACGUUGUACGUCCUGAGGACAUGAACAAUCCCCUCUCCCACUACUGGAUUUCUUCCUCGCAUAACACGUAAGAAGAUAAAGGAUGUUCCCUGUUUUGUUCUACUUUUGAGAACCUGAUUUGCAUGAUGAGUUUGGCCUGGUUCUCCCCCUGCUUUCAUACCUGUCUCCCAUUUGUACCAGCAGGUCAGUAUGUUAGCCAACAGCAGUUAAGGGAUCUCAGGAUGACACAAAACCUGAAAUGAAUCCAUCUACUUAAGUGAUUUCCAUAUUUUUGCUAAAAGAAGUCAUUAAAGUGGGACAUUUUUGGACAAAUACUGUGGCACUGGGGAUGAGUGAGGUGCCUAAUACCCUUAUCCUGUAAUCCCAGUCCAGGUUGCCUCUGCAACUGGAAAUUUCCAGUAGUUGCUCAGGUUAGAGUAGGUUAUACCUUGUGCAGCUAAUGGCAGCUUCAUGUGUGUGAUCUGGGUUGGGGCCACACCCUCCAGCACUAUGACUUCUGUACCGAUUCCUCCCCUGCCCCUCAACAGCAGCUACUUCCCACAGCUACGUUACAUGCAUUUUGUAAUCUUUGUCAUCUCAGAGCUUCCUGAACCUGUGUUGGAGAUGCCUGAGCUAUUGGCACUUGCAUUGCUUGUUUGCGGAAAACUGGAGGGAGGAGGAACGAAGUGUGAAGCUGGCUCUGAAAUCCUCUAGUUUGGAUCCUUUGCAUAGACCUCUGUAGCUUCACCAGCAUUUUGCAAAGUCCGUUGAAUUCUUUUUGCUAAAAGAAUUUUAGGAAUUCUUUGCCUUGGUGCUGUGGCACUGAAGCAGGUGAGGUGGAGUUAUACUCAGCCCUCUUCACUAAUUUCAUUUUGUGCAUUGCUGGGAGAAGGAAAAUGUCAGCACAUCAACCAACCCUUCUUGCCUGGGACACCAUGAACCUAACGCCUAUCCUGAUGCAAACUGAGUUGUACAGUGUACAACCCCCCCACCAAACCCUCCUCUUAAAUUCUCUGUUGCAUUUGAGUCACUGAUGUGUAUGUGGUGUUGUUUUUAACAUCGCUGUGUUCAUAGGACCUUCACUGUUGGUCAUGUAAGCAGUUUUCCUGCCUUCUUCUCAUGGAUAGGUACCUGACAGGAGACCAGUUCUCAAGUGAGUCUUCGCUGGAAGCUUAUGCUCGAUGCCUGCGCAUGGGAUGCCGCUGUAUUGAGCGUGAGUGCUGGCCUCUUCCCCAUUGAUGCCUCCAAGGCUGUUUUCUUCAGCCAACUAGAAGUGAUUUCGCCUUGGAGCAGGGCUUCAGCUCAGUGGUAGAACACAUGCUUUUGCACACUGAGGUUUGCAGCUUCUGUCUCCCGUUGAGGAGAACUGGCAGCAGGUGAUGUGAAAGACCCCUGCUUAGAGUCCUGGAGUGCUUCUGCCUGUCAGAGUAGCCAGCCCCGGGCUAGAUGAACAAAUAGUCUGACCUGCUAUCAGAGUCAUCUUUAGCAUAUGCGCCACUGAGGUGCAAAGAUCUGCCCAGCACCCCCAAAUUUAGUUUAGCCCCCAAAUUAACUUUUAUUAUGCUUAUGUCAGACAAAUGCCGACAAUUAGCAAAAAUAAACAUUAUUUUUUUAAUGAUUUCUCUCAACGAAUUUGAACUGUAAGUGAUGAAAUUAAAAUGUGCCAUUGUGAAUGAUGCUGGUGCGGCGCAUCUUUGGUAAAUGAGCGCACAAAGUCGAAAGUCCUUUAGUGAAACAGUAGGUAUACAUUUUGGUAAUACCUAGGUAUAUAUGUAUUUUGUUUUUCUAGCUUGAUCAAAAUUAUUUUUUAUUUCAUAACAGGUAGCUAGUUAAGAGCUUAGGCGGCCUUAGCGUUGGGCACCUGGCGCCCCCCAGAAUUCAGUGCCCAGGUGCCCCACACCCCUUGCACCCCUGGGUAACCCCUGGGUAAAGAUGGCCCUGUCUGCUAUAAGGCAGCUUCCUGUGUUUCACAUGUCGCUACACAGGCCCAGCCCAAAGUUCUCUGCAUCAGGAACUUUUCAAGGAAGCCAGGACACUUAAUUACAAGAGUUUCCUGUAGCUUGUUCUCUGGUGCCAAUAGCAUCACCAGUGCGCUGUAUGCUACGUAUAUUCACAAAACUGCUUUGACCUGCCUUCCCUUCCACACAUCACUUCCACAUAUGUUGACAUCAAGAAGGAAAAGGAAAUGAUAUUGUUCACUAGAAUGUGUGUUCUGCCAGGUUGCUGGCUGCCAGAGUGCUCAUGAUGCAUGCCUCUAGAUUCCUUGCUCACUAGAGAUUUCCUGCAUAGCUAUGCCUUGCUGCCUUGUAAUGAUAACACUCUUUGCUUGUAUUUCUUGAGUUAGAUGCCUUUUCUUAAUUAUUCCCCUUUUUAGUUGACUGCUGGGAUGGCCCUGAUGGAAUGCCAGUGAUUUAUCACGGGCACACGUUAACUACCAAAAUAAAGUUUUCUGAUGUCCUAGCCACCAUCAAGGAACAUGCUUUUGUGACCUCUGAGUAAGUAAAGCGGGGAUUGUGGCAUUCUGUCCUCCAGGAACUUGCAGCUCAUGUACUUGGAUUCCAGGGCCUCCGACAUGCAAACCCUAAAUUGCUUGUGGCAGCUUGUCUGGGUGCAGUACUAGAAUUUAUAUAUGUGAACCGCUCUCACAGUAUUUCUGUCUGCAAUGAUGCAUUGGCAUUGUAGUCGGUAAAAACACCCCCACCCUAAAUAUUGUCUUCCUUCUGUAAGAAAUAUUAAAACUGGGCUAUAAACAACUCACGAUUCAGUGUGCAUUUGGCUCAUACUUUUAUUUAUUUCAUAAAAUGUAUUUACCGCUUGAUUGUAUGAAACCUCAAAGUGGUUUACGAAAGAAUAAAACAGGAGAAUCAAGAAAAAUCUACAACCCUACCUUAAAGCGUGCAGAAGUUUUAAAUACUAAAACCGUUCAAAAUUACCUCAACUUUCUAGGCAUCUGGGAAGGCAUGUUUAAGCAAGAAUGUUUUUAGCUGAUGUUGAAUAAGCAGGGAGUUCCAAAGUCCAGGUGUUGCUGCACUAAAUGGUCAAGUUCUUACAGAUGUGCACCAGGUAUUACAUGCACCUGUAGGAGUGCCAGUUCCCCGAUGGAAGCGUUUGAGUGGGCAUAUGGGGCAAAGUGAUCUCAAAGGUAAACUGGUCUCAAGUUGUUAAGGGAUUUGUAUACUAAUAAAGGUAAAGGUACCCCUGCCCGUACAGGCCAGUUGUGUCCGACUCUAGGGUUGUGUGCCCAUCUCACUUAAGAGGCCGGAGGCCAGCGCUGUCCAGAGACACUUCCGGGUCACGUGGCCAGCGUGACAAAGCUGCUCUGGCAAGCCAGCACCAGCGCAGCACACGGAAAUGCCGUUUACCUUCCCGCUAUAAAGUGGUACCUAUUUAUCUACUUGCACUUAGGGGUGCUUUCGAACUGCUAGGUGGGCAGGAGCUGGGACCGAAAGACGGGAGCUCACCCCGCCGCGGGGAUUCGAACCGCCGACCAUACGAUCGGCAAGUCCUAGGCACUGAGGUUUUACCCACAGCGCCACCUGCAUCCCUGUAUACUAAUAACAGCACCUUAAACUAUGUCUAGUUGGUUAUCGACAACCAGUGGAGGUCUCUGAGCACAGGUCUUGCAUAUCAACAAAGCAUCACUCUGGGACGAAAAUGUUUUGUUUUGUUUUUUUAAUGAAACUAAGAAAAAAACUGGCAUACAUGCUGAUUUAAGCUACAUAAUUAAUUUUAUUUUGCAUAAAUCAUCAUGCAUUUUUUUUAUAAAGUUAUAUAAUGUGUCCCCUUUUCUAAUCUUUGGUAGGGUGUAGGACCUAUGCAAGGCAGUGAAACUUCAUCUCCAGCUACUGGAAGUUUUAAUCUGCAAUUCACUUGACAUGAAAUGUGGAUCCAGACAUUUCAGCAGGCUCUGCUAGUGCCCUUUCAAGCAUAUUUUUUUAAAGAAAAACUUGAACUUUUAAAAACCUUAAGCUGAGAUUUUGAAGAAGCUGAAUACUCUGCCCGUUACAUUCUGUGUUUUCUCUAUGCUCCCACAGAGUCACUUGUAUAUACACAGCCUUGAUCAUACUGAGAGAUGGGUGCCUCCUGAAUUACCAUAGAAUAAUAGUCUCUAACAGCUAGACUAUCCAGUCCACAUUAUUCUGGCUUAAUGACCAUCGCUUGCUGUUUUUGUUUGGCUUUCAGCUUCCCUGUUAUUCUGUCCAUUGAGGAUCACUGCAGCAUCGCCCAGCAGAGGAAUAUGGCUCAGAACUUUAAGAAGAUCUUUGGAGACAUGCUGCUAACCAAACCAGUAGAUAUCUCUGCUGAUGGACUUCCAUCUCCAAACCAGCUGAAGAGGAAGAUUCUCAUAAAGGCAAGUCUUUUCCAUGGCCUUUGCUGCUGAGAUAACUACUAGAACUCAAAAUGGGGAGUGGGGCACAUGGUUUCUUGGCAUUACAGCUUCAAACACACUACUUUACUGCAAGUUGCCUAAGGCUAGUUGGCUUGUAAAAUCUAAAAACAAUUCAUCUGCCUGGCUAGGGAUACUGUGGACUACAAGAUGCAUCUUGCAAAACAACAACAACAACAAAAAACCCUGUUUUUGCAAAAAACAACAACCCUGUUUUCGUGACCCACUGAAUUCCUAUAUAUGUGCCAACCAAUAUAGCAUCCUUGCUGUUUAAGUUAUUGCAGUUUAACUGGAUAUGUAAUGUAUAUCAUUCUUUUUUCUGGUACUGGGGAUUUAUACAAAUAAUAUAGAAUCACAAUUAUUGCAUUGUGAAGGCAAAUAAAUGGCCUACGAAAUGAGAUGGAGAUUAGAUUUCUUUAGUGAGCUAGGAACAAAUCUAAUAUUUAUCUUGUGCCUUAGGGUGUUUAUGAGAGCUCAGGGGAAAGCUCUCAUUAGAUACUGAAUGUUCCCUAUAGGUCCACAGUUGUAGAUCUACAGAAUUCUCUCCCUUACUGCCAAUGCUGGGAAGUUUGCUACUAUAAUGACUUCACCUUAGUAAUAUUCUCAAAGUUGAACUUCAGGCAGGAUUUAGCUAGGAAAUCUUCAGGGUCAUUACCUUAGUGUGCAAACUCUGUUGUGCCCCAUAAUUAGUUGUGGGUGCCCUAGAGAUAUCCAAAAGGCAGGUCUUGUUCUCUUGGGUUCAUUUUUUAGAGAAGCUGAGGUGUAUACCUCUCAUUGCAGCACAAGAAACUGGCUGAGGGCAGUGCUUAUGAAGAAGUGCCAUCCACAGCUGUGUAUUCAGAGAAUGAUAUUAGCAACUCAAUAAAGAAUGGAAUCCUCUACCUCGAAGACCCCAUCAAUCAUGUGAGCUUCUUGUUGCUGUUGCUUCUGACUCAACUGCUUCGCUACUAAGUUGCCUAGACUUGGUUGGUCUGUAUGAUCAAAACAGCAAUUAAGCUGACUGAGAAGGGAUGCUGUAACCCCUCUUUCGACCAUAGUUGUACAGUGGUGCCUCGCAAGACGAAAUUAAUCCGUUCCGCGAGUGUCUUCGUCUAGCGGUUUUUUCGUCUUGCAAAGCAACCCUAUUAGCGGAUUAUCGGAUUAGCGCUAUUAGCGGUUUAGCGGCUAUUAAAGGCUUAUCGGCUUAGCAGAUUAGCUGCUAAAAGGCUAUUAAAGGCUUAGCGGCUUAAAUAAAGGGGGGGGAAAGCGAAAAAAAAUUUCAAGACUCGCAAGACAUUUUCGUCUUGCGAAGCAAGCCCAUAGGGAAAUUCGUCCUGCGAAGCAACUCAAAAACGGAAAACCCUUUCGUCUAGCGGGUUUUCCGUCUUGCGAGGCAUUCGUCUUGCGGGGCACCACUGUAUUGUGAUCCAUUUAAUGCACACAAAAACUUUCUCUUUUCACUUCUACUGACACUCUGGUUACACCUAGACUUUUCACUUGCUACAGCCAGUGAUUGCUGGCAUCCUAGACCUGACCAUAAUGACACCUUAGAAUGAUUAAAACGAAUGCAUGGUAAUGGAACGAUGAAUGAAAGCUCAGCAUGUAAAUACAUUUGGGUACUGCCACAUGCUAUGUCUCCACCCUAUAACGAAUAAACAAGCCAACUGGGGCAGGGCUGCCAGGGGCCUUGUGGGGGGGCAGCAUGUGGCUAAAAGUGGUGUCUUGGAUCUGGCCAACAUGAACAUUUAUUUAAAUGAUCACAUGGGCCUUUGCAGGGCAGUGACUGUAAGUAAAAUAUGUUGUAAUACAAAGCAAAGCCAAAUCCCUCUGUAUAAUAUAUUCAUAGGACUCCAUUUUACAAAUGGAAGCAUUUGACACUUAAAAAAAAGAAGAGUUUAGGCAGGUGCUGCUUAUCAUUUUUUUACUUUGUAUGGCACUUACAAAGUAGACAGGUCCUUGUCCAAAGGCUGUCUCAACAUGUUGGUUGAUGUUAGUCUCAGGAUAAGCCCCCCCCUUUUACUUCUGGUCUUCCCGCAAUCCUUUCCUAAACCCAAUAGACUUGAUGUCUUGAGGGUGAUAUUCUAGGAUGAACAUCUUUUUACAUGUGUGUUUGCAGGAUUGGAACCCGCAUUACUUUGUCCUGACUAGUAGCAAAAUCUAUUACUCUGGAGAGAGAAGCAGUGAUUUGGGAAAUGAGGAUGAGGAGGAGCAAAAGGAGGUACGUGAAACAACUUGCCACAAUUUUUCUUCUGAGCUGCUGCAGAUCUUCAGGCUUCUCAGCCAUUCAGGUCUGGAAGGAAUGACUCUUCCUACAUCAGAAGGUGCUUGUAUGGGUGCGACAUAUGGAGCAGUGGCAGCUGGAGGUGGGCACCACUGUGCACUUAGCAUCCCACCAGCCAUAUUACCUGUGCUUACCUGAAGAGUUGAGGUGGUGAGAAGGUCAGUGUGGUGCAAGUAUAGGAGCAUUCAUUGCACCUGCUGUCUCAUCACCCUCCUUUCCAGUAGCCAGCUGUCUCGGCGGUAUAUAUUACCACUGUACCUUGAGCAGCAUAGAUAAAUAUUCAUUAAAUACAGUCAUGAUUUUUUUAAAAAAACACCUAUGAACAUUAUGGGCAUUUGCAGUGUAUUUUUUGUAUUGUGAUAAAGGACGCAAGAUGCCCUAUUGGUGUGAAACUUAAAGAACAAACCAAAUAAGACUGAAAGUGGGUUUCCCAUAUUAUACCAUCUUCAUUCAAAUACCCUCGAUCCAGUGAUUGAUGAUAGUGUGCUAUGGUGAUUCGCUUUUGGAAGGGCUAAAAGCAAGCCAGACCAAUCAUGUCUUCUUUUCCCUCUGUUAAUUAGUAGUGGCCCAAUUUAACACUGAGCUCCUCAUCAUAUUAGAAAAGCCCAUCUUCAUGCAGUGAAAAAAAUGGUGAACAGGAAGGCCACUAUAAAAAAGAAGGAAAAACAGCAAAUUAAAUCCCAAAAUAAACAUGCAUUGACUUCCCACCAAAAAUAAAUAUAAACAAAGGGCCCCAUUGAACAUCCCCUGUGAAGCUGUGAUUAUAUGGUACGCUGCAGCUGCCUGCACAUUGACAUGAGUGCACUGUUUUCACAAAUACUGGUUAUAGCCUGUUGUUAGAUGUAGAGGCUGCAUGCCCCUUGGUCUCUCUCGAGUUUGCUUGUCCAUUUAUGCUGUAUGCCAUUUAUGGUAUAAUAGCACAUUGAGGAGUAUUUCUGAAGCUCCUGAGAACACUGGUCUCCUCCUGCGCUGAAUCUAGAUUCCUGAAAUCUGGAAGGAGAUUUACUGGGAAGAGGAAGUUGAAUUUCAAGACAAUGUAGUAUGGCUCUGGUAACUAAGCUGGUAAGCCUUCUUUGGUUUCCAUACUAGGUGAGCAACAGCACUGAACUCCACUCCACGGAAAAGUGGUUCCAUGGCAAGCUGGGAGCCGGACGUGAUGGGCGCCACAUAGCAGAAAGGCUGUUGACCGAGUACUGCAUAGAGACAGGAGCCCCUGACGGUUCUUUCUUGGUGCGAGAGAGUGAGACCUUUGUUGGCGAUUACACCCUUUCUUUCUGGUAAGAAACUCUUGGGUAUGGUAUCCACCCUUCAGUUAUCUCUGUAACUAGAUGUGUAACUGAAAGAUGCAGGUUAAUGGAUAUGAGGCAUUACACAAUCUCUCUCUCUCUCUCUCUCUCUCUCUCCCUCUUGCCAGAAGAUUCAUGGAAUUUGCCUGUUAGGCAAAUACUUGGAUGAUACAUAAUUCAUUCAAUUUAUGUAGGAAUUGGGAAAAGAUGGCUAAUGGCAGAUUGAGAAGCAGUGUGUGUGUGUGUGUGUGUGUACUACUAUUUAGCUUACCAUUGCUGUUGAAUUCUAUGCAGUGUUUACAUUAUUUGACCUCACAUCUGUGAGAACAAUGGUAACUUGCCCAAGGCCACACAUUGAGAUGCAUUGCUGUGAGAAGGGAUGUGAACCUGUCUUUCACAUCCAAAGCCAGCAUGCCGAGUCCAUUGCAUUUUUGAAGUUAGUCACUAGAUUGAACAGGAAGCUUUGCUGUGCGAAGGAACCCUGCUGUUUGAUUACUGGAAUAGUUGCAUACCACAUCUUGGAUUUCUAAGGCUUUAGCAGUAGUUGCGAAGGUGUUCCGAGGUUUUAAUGUUGAGGGGUAGAAACUUGUUCCUGUAAAUGCACACACAUUAAUGCCAACAUUUUAACAGCACAGUUCUAACCAUAUAUAUUCAGUGGGGCUUACUCCAAGAUAAGUAGCGUUAGGACUGAAGUUUAGGUCAGGCUUUUUGAAGCCCACACACUACUGGAUACCUGGUCUUAGUUUUUCGUGUAAUUUGAAAUUUCCCCAAGCAACCUUUGCUUCAUCCUUUUCGUCAGCUGAGUGCUGCUGUUUCUCCCCUUUCUUGCUCACCACCUGUUGUUUGCACAACCAUGCAAAGAGCUGGUUGGAUACUCUCAAGGUCUACCAACCUAUCCCAAUCUAUUCCACCCUACCGAAUAAGCAACUUUCACUCUUCACAUGACACAUGUUUUCAGGCAGUGUGUCCGCUAUUGUUUGGGGGGGAAAUGUAACUAAAAUAAUAUUUCUUUAUUUUAAAAAGCAAUUUUAGGCUCUAAUUCUAAAUGCAUUUACUAAGGACUAAGCUACACUGAGUAGACUGGGGCUUAUUUUGUGUAAACACACGUGGGAUUUCACUGCUGACCUUUGUUUUUCUUGCAUGCAGGCGCAAUGGGAAAGUGCAACACUGCCGGAUCCAUUCCCGGCAGGAUGCUGGCAGCCCCAAAUUCUUCCUCACCGAUAACCUGGUGUUCAACAGUCUUUAUGACCUCAUCACUCAUUAUCAGCAGGUGCCACUCAGAUGCAAUGAAUUUGAGAUGAGGCUGACUGAACCUGUGCCACAGACCAACGCUCAUGAGAGCAAGGAGUAAGCCAAUGCGUUUUUGGCCUUUUGCUUAUGUCAGAAUUCCAAUAAAGUUGUUGCCUUAGGGCUGAGAUCACUCAAGAAUAUUGUAGCCUGAAUUUAGCACCUUGAGUGAUAAUUUUGGAUAUAGGUAAAGGUAAAGGGGACCCCUGACCAUUAGGUCCAGUCAUGACCGACUCUGGGGUUGCGGCACUCAUCUCGCUUUAUUGGCUGAGGGAGCCAGCGUACAGUUUCCGGGUCAUGUGGCCAGCAUGACUAAGCCGCUUCUGGCGAACCAGAGCAGCGCACGGAAAUGCCGUUUACUUUCCCGCCAGAGUGGUACCUAUUUAUCUACUUGAACUUUGAUGUGCUUUCGAACUGCUAGGUUGGCAGAAGCAGGGACCGAGCAACGGGAGCUCACCCCGUCGCGGGGAUUCAAACCGCUGACCUUCUGAUCGGCAAGUCCUAGGCUCUGUGGUUUAACCCACAGAGUUUUGGAUAUAGCUCACAUUUAAUUGGAGUGGUUUUAUUUUGGUUAGUUCUAUUGCCCUACUGCAGGGUUGGGAACCUGUGGCCCUAUGGAUGUCCCUUGACAUCAUUUCCCAUCAUCUCUGACCAUUGGUGCAAUGGCUGGGGCUGAUGGGAGUUAUAGCCCCAAAAUAUCUGAAAAGCCACCACUUCCCCAUCCUUGCCCUACUAACCUACUUUGCUUCAGAAGAGGAACUACAGUGCUAUCUCUGUCUUCAUUUUAGCUGUUAUUCCAUAUUAUGUGCUUGUCUUCUAUUGAAUUUUCAUCCUGUUAUGUGGGCCCUUGGAGCAUUUCAUUGGAAAGGCAGGACAGACACACAAAUCUGGUGCUUUCAGGCCAUUCUCCACAACUUGGUUAACAUAAAAGACAAAUUGCCCAGAAGUCUCCAAAGAGUCUAAUCUGAAUGGUAUUCUAGAAUGCUCAAACUGCUCUCUUACAUUAAAUUCAUCUGCACUGUUUAUUUAAAGCUGCAAAGCUUUCUUCCCUGCUGACACACAUUUAAUUUUAAUAAAAAUCUACCUCUGAACUAUUAUGGAUCCCCAGUUUAGAGAUGCAGAGAAAUGAAAUGGAGCUGAACAGAGCUCAGGAAGGAAGCCAAAGGACCACAUUUUCCUUUCCUUCAAGUUUGCUUAAGAGCUUGGAGAAUUAACAUUCUUGAGAUUUGUGCCUGCAAUAUCCCAUUGUGCCACAAAAUCCCUAAGCAUAAAACCUGCCUACAUCCAUUUGGAGGUUAACCAUGGUUAUCCUGACUGGUGUGUGCAGAUCAGCUUGGAGCCUUAGUUAGCAUUCACCAUGGUUGGGAUGUGUGCAGAGGUCACCUUUAAGCAUGGAUUUGCCACAGGGAAGGAUUGGAUUUGUAUGUUAGAGAAGGACCCACAGACCAUAUGUGGUCUGUUUCUGACCUCUUAACAGUGGAAACAUUGCUUCUGCACUGGCCCCUAGUGAAAAGGAAGACUUGGCUUGUGAUGCUGCAUUAGCUGGUUUCCUGCUUCCGCAACGAAACCACAAUGGCUCUAAAUCUCCAAAGGGAACAAUACAGCCAAGAGCUUUCGAUCUUUUUUGUAUUCUUCUGUGAAACAGAGUUAAUCCUGGGGUCCAGGCAUUUAUCAGGUACUGCUGUGCUACAUUCACUUACAUUGCAAUAUUUUCACCCCCCAGAUGGUAUCACGCUAAUCUCACCCGGCCUCUGGCAGAGCGCAUGCUGAUGCGGGUGCCACGGGAUGGGGCCUUUCUGGUGCGCAAGAGGAGCGAGCCAAACUCCUAUGCAAUCUCCUUUCGGUGAGUAGUUUGUCUCCCAGGUACCAUGGACUGCCUUAUAUUGAAACAAACAAACAAACAAACAAACUCUGAGCGGCUUCCAACAAAAUAUUAAAAUACAGUAAUCCAUCAAACAUUAAAAGCUUCCCUAAAGAGGGCUGCCUUCAGAUGUCUUCUAAAAGUCUGGUAGUUGUUGUUCUCUUUGACAUCUGGUGGGAGGGCAUUCCACAGAAUGGAUGCCACUACUGAGAAGGCUCUCUGCCUGGUUCCCUGUAACUUGGCUUCUCGUAGUGAAGGAACUGCCAGAAGGCCCUCGGCGCUGGACCUCAGUGUCCAGGUAGAACGAUGGGGGUCGAGAUGCUCCUUCAGAUAUACUGGACUGAGGCCAUUUAGGGCUUUAAAGGUCAGCACCAACGCUUUGAAUUGUGCUCGGAAACGUACUGGGAGCCAAUGUAGGUCUUUCAAGACCGGUGUUAUGUGGUCUUGGCGGCUGCUCUCAGUCACCAGUCUAGCUGCCGCAUUCUGGUUUAGUUGUAGUUUCCGGGUCACCUUCAAAGGAAGCCUUAUAUAUGUGUUGUCGUGGCUGUGAAAUGUAGGGAAGGAAAGUAAAUCCCCCCUCCCCAGUCAUCAUGCAACAAACACUCUCUUCAGCCGUUGUUAAGUGGUUGUUUGGGAAAUGACUGAUCACUUGUUCUGCUGCUGUUUUGUUCCCCAGGGCAGAAGGGAAGAUAAAGCACUGCCGAGUCCAGCAGGAUGGCCAGACCGUCAUUUUGGGUAACUCGGAAUUUGAGAGCCUGGUGGAUUUAAUCAGCUACUAUGAGAAGCACCCGCUGUAUCGCAAGAUGAAGCUGAGGUAUCCGAUUAAUGAGGAAAUGUUGGAGAAGAUCGGGACGGCGGUGAGUAUGGUGUUAGGAAUGGAAUCCAGUGCGUUCUUCCUGGGACUGUGGUCGCAACUGCUCUUGUUUUUCUAGAAUAUGGCUCUAUGACAGGGGUGGGGAAUCUCCAAAUCCCAGUCUUUGCUUGCCAGGGGAUCUAAUCAUUCUUCAAAAUCACUCUCACUUGUCCCUAUCCCUUCUCUAUGGAAAUGGAAUAGUUGGAUCUCUGGUACUGCCUAGCUAGAAGACCGACCUGCAUUUGUCAACCAGCCUAUUGGUAUCCACAAUAUCCUCUCUUCAGUGAGAUGUCCACUUAUUGAGCAAGGAUGGAGAACCUCUGUCCCAUGGGUCAGACUUGGCCCUCUAGUGGUCCGAAUUUGACCUGUGAGGCCAUUUCCCCCAAACCACACCCACUAACACCACACUGAACGUCAUAUGAGAUGUCAGGUGCAGGACAAGUAUUGGCAUGGCUUCAAAGGAACAACUGAGAGCUUAAGGCAUGCUCUUACCAUCCAGCUGUUGGAAGGAGGAAGUAGUUUUCCUUUUGCAAACAGCCCUGCACUGCUCCUUGGACCUUUGGCUUUUGGGUGUUUAAAGAGCAGUGUGAGGCUGCUUGCAAAAGGGCUUUCUAACAGCCCUGAACUUUUCUUUGAAAUUCUGAAAACUGGAGUUUCAAAGUGCAGUGCUAGUCUGUUAAAAAGCCUUUUGUAAACAACCCCACGCUGAUCUUAAAUCUCUAGUUUUUGGAGGUUCAAGGAGCAGCACAUGGCUGUUUGAAAGCCCUUUUGCAAACAGCUCUGUGCUGCGCUUUGAAAUCCCAACAACUGGGGCUUCAAAGUACAGUGGUACCUCGGGUUAAGUACUUAAUUCGUUCCGGAGGUCCGCACUUAACCUGAAACUGUUCUUAACCUGAAGCACCACUUUAGCUAAUGGUUCUUAACCUGAAGAACUAUUUCUGGGUUAGUGGAGUCUGUAACCUGAAGCGUAUGUAACCCGAGAUACCGCUGUACAGCUUUGCCUGAUGUCACUGUAACACCUGGUGAUUGACAGAUAAACAGCCCCACCUGCCUACCAAAUUUGUCCCACCAAGGGUUGGGGAGAUAAGAAUCUAGUAAGUUGGCUAUAAAAAGUUGCUUACCCUACUCUAUAGCGUGGGGGGAGACUCAACCUGUUUCCAAGCUGUAGAAUCGCCUUAUAAGUGAGUGGCUUUAGCCACCUCUUCUAACUCCUGUGAUCCAUGCCUGAACAUAAAGAUAGACUCAUCCUCUUUCCUUUGCUCACCAGGAACCAGAUUACGGUUCACUCUACGAAGGUCAGAAUCCAGGAUUUUAUGUGGAGGCCAAUCCUAUGCCAACCUUCAAGGUAUUUUCCUUGUACCUCGAGAUAUGACUGGGAUGAGAUCAGCUGAUAAAUUGCUUGUGUGGCCAAUAUGUUUUCACUACCAGGGCAAGUAGCAGCUUAUGAGGAGGUGGCUUCCAUUGGGGAAAUUAUGCAGAGGGGAAGGGUUAAUAUUGCGCUCCAGCACCAUGGUGGUCCCUGUGGAUCAGUCCUUGCCUUGGCUGCAUUUGCAUAUCUCCAUCAUAAAUCAUAAUCUUUAGUCUGGAGAAUGCUCUUAACAAACCAUUAAUGUAAAAGCCUACCCUCCCUGCAAACAUUAGUACACUAAAUUUUAAACCCCAGGCACUAGUGUAUUCAUGAAGUUCUUUGCAUAUGGAAACUUCUGACUUUCACACACAAUUGGAAAGAGAACUGAACCCUAGUAAUGGGAGUCUGAAAGGUGGGCAAAUUCCUGGCCAAUCAUUAGUUUGUCCUAUUGAUUGCACUGUAUAUUUUCCCCCACGGUGGUCUUGCAUGUCACAAAGACUUAGAGGCAGGUAUUGAUACCUGAUUGUAAGUGGAUUUCUGCAGAAUUUCUUGGUAGUAGUAAUAAUAAUAAUAAUAAUAAUAAUAAUAAUAAUUUUACCAGGCUCAGGGCAGCUAACAACCAAUAAUAAAAACAAGUUGAUUAAAAUAAAAUUUGAAAGAUUAAGGUACAACAUUAAAACAUUAGGGUACAAUCUCUUCAUAGGAGGAGAAAGGAAAAAGAAAGAGGGGGAGACAAUCAAACUUAUUCUAAGCCAAAGGCCAGGUGGAACAACUCUGCCUUACAGGCCCUGCGGAAAGAAAUCAGAUCCCGCAGGGCCCUGGUCUCAUGAGACAGAGCAUUCCACCAGGCUGGAAUAAGUGUUAUGUGACUUCAUCUCGGCUUCUGCCAUGAUCACCCGGCCUCAUUAUUUUGUAUGUGUUUCAGUGUGCUGUCAAAGCCUUGUUUGACUAUAAGGCUCAACGGGAGGACGAGCUCACCUUCACCAAAAAUGCCAUCAUCCAGAAUGUAGAAAAGCAAGAAGGAGGCUGGUGAGUUUCCUUUAAUCAUCAGAUGAUCGGUCCUUUUAAAAAGAUCUCCCAGAGAUCACAUCUCCAAGUAGCAACAGGGCGUUUGCUGACUUUCCCAUUCCUGGUAAUGCCUUUUGAAAAGAACUUCCCCCUUUUAUAUGUUUUAAACAAGCAAAAUGCGAAGCUGAACACCCGCCUCACUUUUAGAGCCAAACUCUUUGGUUCCCAGACUCUGGGAACCUAGGUUGCUCCUGAACAGCUGAAAAGCAGCUAGAGUUGGUAGAGGUGAUUUGAAAGGGAGACUUAACCCUUUCCCCUUACAACUCCUUCCGACAACUUCUCCACCCCUCUCCUCUCCAUCUUGUAUUAUAAACUCGCCAUGCUGCUUUGCCAGUUUUGGGACUACUGUUCCCAUCAUCCCUGACCACUGGUCCUGUUAGCUAGGGAUGAUGGGAGUUGUAGUCCCAAAAUAGCUGGAGGGCCGAGUUUGGGGAUGCCUGGACUAGGGUUUCCAGAUACAGGGUCUGCUACUGAACUUCAGCAUCAGCCCUUAGUCAAGAUCACUUUACACUUUGGCACAGGGAAGUGUUUCUGCUAGUGGUAAUGAUAGGGCAUGAAUUUGGUAACUUAUUUCCAUUCCUUGGAAUCAAGGCAAAAUUAACAAGAGAGUAUCCUCUUUUGCCCUCCUGCACACUCCACUACUGGCAGGUCUAUAGCUUAGUGCAUAGCUAGCUAGCUCUGUUGGUCUGCUUAAUGCCAAACAUUUAUGUUCUAAUCAAUGCAUUUUGAUCACCUUGGUACAAAAUAACACUAGUUUUGUGUAGAACGUGUAUGGCUUGGCACCUGCAUCUUUUCAUUUCUUCCAGGUGGAGAGGAGACUGUGGCGGUAAGAAGCAGCUGUGGUUUCCAUCUAACUACGUAGAAGAAAUAGCUAGUCCAACAGGCUUGGAGCCUGAGAGGGAGGUGAGCAUUCAGUUUGGAGAAAGAUGGAAAGAGAGCUGCAGAGUCUUUUCAGCUUCAGAUUCCGGGGAAAGCUCAGCUUGAGUUUUGGUCUCGAAAUAAGGCCUUCUAAAUACCCAAAGGGCCACCUUUUUCCACGUGAGCCUGCCUGCUCAGUAAGAUCUUCCAGAUGGGCUGUCCUAUGCAUCGCACAAACACCUAGUUUACAUUCAGCUGGGAUGUGGAAGAGGACCUUUGCUGUUGUUGUCUCUGGGUCUCUCUGCCCAGUGAGACUUAGAAUCACAGUGUUGGAAGGGAUCCCCAAGGUCAUCUAGUCCAAUCUCCCGCAAUGCAGGAAUCUCAGCUAAAGAUGGCCAUCCAACCUCUGCUUACAAAACUCCAUGAAGGGAGAGUCCAUUGCCGACAGCCUUCUGUUGCUGCCUGAAUACAUUUACAUUGGUAUAUUAGUUUCAAUUUGGCCUUCUGCAAUCUGGUUGUUCUUCAUGUGUUUUAGACUACAACUCCCGUAAGUCCCAGCCAGUGUGAUCAAUAGUCAGGUUAUGUUGAGAGUUGUAGUCCAAAAUUUAAUUCAUUCAUUUUAAAGUGCUUUAUUUGAGGGGUUUUUUGUCUGUUUUACAAACAAUCGGUAUAUAAAUGUUACGAAAUAAAAUAAGUGUUGUUAUCUGCCACAGUGAUGAAAACAAUAACUAAUAAUACAUGGCUGCAAGUAUCUGCAGUUCAGAGUUGUGUGUAGAUAAGAGAAAGAUUGUGUUAGUUAUCCUUCCUGGCCUGGUUCUGUUCACAGUUAACACCUCUAUGCAAGGACUGUAUGAUGAAAUCGCACAGGCAGGUAUCUCAGAAGAAAGCUCCGCUGGAAUAAAAUUCUUUCCCCUCAAAUGUGGCAAAUCUAAAUAUUAUCCAGAAUUAAUUUUACUACUCUUUAGCAUUUAUUCAGUGUCAGAUGGUCCUUUCCCAGAGGACUGAGUAGCUCUAAUUUGCUAUCCACAAAUCAUAUUGGACGGUGGAGGCUGCCAAGCAGGGAGUAGUCAGCUGGCAAUGGAGGGGGAGGCCAAGGGAAGGAUAGGCAUUUUGAAUAUUUUUAGAAUACUUUGCUAUUUUAAAACAGAAUGCAUUUAUGUGGGUGAGUGCUAUUGCCUCCCCUGAGGUUCUCACGAUAGGGUAGACUCUAAAAUGUGAAGAAAUGUAGUAAUAUGCUAUGAACUUGCUUCCAGCAACAGAUAGAUGAGAACAGUCCAUUGGGAGACCUACUUGGGGGAGUUCUGGACGUACCAGCCUGUCAGAUUGGUAAGUAGAUGCUUUAUGUGGUGGGCAGGAGAGGCAAGAAGCGAUAACCGAUGCUGAUUUUCGGCUGCAACUAUUUCCUUAGAACCCACCUUUCCUUGCUAAUCUGCAGGUUUUCUGUUCCCAAGGCUUUGCUCCAGGAUAAAGGCCUUGUGUGGCUAAGUGCUCAGCCGUGCAGGACCAGUUCUCUGGGUUGCUAUUUAGCAAGGGCUGUGAAUAUGAGAAUGUUUUGCCUCAUUUCAAGCCGCCUUCAAAUGCAUGGGUCUUGCCUGCCUGCGGGAAGAUGGUCAUGCAACAGUGGAAUUCUGGAGUUCAUGGGUCUGACUAUUGGGCAAGAUCUGUGCACCAGUGAUUUAUACAUAAGAUUCUUACAGGAAUAUAGAAGAGUGGAUAGACCGCUCAUCUACAGUGCCUGGUUCUGAAGAUCAAACCUGGAACAGGAUUGUCUGGUGCAAAGUGACACACCUCAUUGUCCAUUCUGCUGAGUUGCUCCUUUGCUGCUGAACACCAAUUCUCAAACAUACUGAUUGUUGAUUUGGUGUUUAAACCUGCAUUUUUAGCUGACUUGGGCUUGUUGGGGAAAGGCAAGAUAUAAUAAAUAAGAAUUGGGUAGUGUUUUUGCAGAAAAGCUUUGCCUGAGACUUUGGGAUGACGCUGCCUGUCAGAGUGGACAGUACUGGCUAGACCAGUAGUCUGGUCUGGUCAAAUGCUCAAAAAGAGAAGAGGAAAUAGAGAGGGGUGUGUGUGUGUGUGUGUGUGUGUGUGAGAGAGAGAGAGAGAGAGAGUUUGUGUGUGUGUGUGUGUGUGUGUGUGUGAGAGAGAGAGAGAGAGAGAGAGAGAGAGAGAGAGAGUGUGUGUGUGUGUGUGUGUGUGUGAGAGAGAGAGAGAGAGAGAGAGAGAGAGAGAGAGAGAGAGAGAGAUUUUAAACAUGGGUCUGGGGAUUAAAUGUAGGCCCUUGGUCUGGGAAGGUUGAUAUUCACUGAAGCUACCUCUUAAAAAUACCAUUGCUGCUUCCUUUCUUUCAAAGAGACUUUGUUUAUUGCAUUUAUAUACUGCCUUUCUGACAAGGCACCCAAAGUAGUUUACAGUUUUAAAAUACCAAAACAAAUGAUGAUACACCAUGUAAAAUUGACCCAGGGGAGCAGGGGACAAGCCAACUUGAGAAGGCCCUGAUGUUAGCCUGCCUUCUUCCUUCUUACAGGGCAGAUGAUGUCUAUUGGGGCAACAGUCUGUCUGCAUCCGGCCUUGUGGGGUGCAGAAACAGUCCAACUAGGAUGUUGUCUCUGCCUCCCUUCUUCAAUCUCCUCUUCUUUCUCAUUUUAUCAGUUAUCAAUACCACCUACAUACUAUGGAGAAUUUUUAACUAUAACUCUGGUAUAGAUUGUGUCUGUGAGGGUCUUGAGGCAGGCUGUGGCCUAAUCCUUGUUUUUCUGCUCCUUCCUCAUCCACAGCCAUCCGCCCAGAGGGAAAGAACAACCGCAUGUUUGUCUUCUCUAUCAGCAUGGCUUCCAUCACACGAUGGUCCCUGGAUGUAGCAGCUGACACACACGAAGACCUGUUAGACUGGGUGAAGAAGAUCCGUGAAGCCGCCCAAACUGCUGAUGCCAGGGUAAGAUACGCGGCCUCUUAAACUUUUGUAAGCCAUAGAUGCAAAAGUUAAGGAACUUGUUAUGAAGGCUUUUGUGGCCACUGCAUGAAAUGUGAAAAUAAAAUUAAAUAUCUGAGUUCCUGGGUUAUAUAGGAAUGCCCGAAGAGUAACAGACCAGAAUAGAGAUGCUCCACUCAUCAUGUUUUGUAUCUCUGCAAGAGGUUGGUUCCCUGCUGUCUCUGCCAGCUAUAUGUAUUUAAGUGAUUGAGUGCAGUGGGGAGAGGUUUGCUGACUGUCUUGAAGAUGUGCCUUUGUAGAAAAGCGCACACUUUUCACAAUAUUCCAUGCACUUUUCAAACCACAGUGAAAUCCACUUGUCCUGCUGUUGCUGUUUUCUGCUCGUUGAAUGUCGAUUCUGUUAGCGUGUACCUGAGCCAGUGCUUCCACCCAUACAAUUAAUAAACCCUGAUGUCUUUUAUUCUUUGUCAGCUUUCGGAAGGCAAGAUGAUGGAGAGGAGGAAGAAGAUAGCGCUCGAGCUUUCUGAGCUGGUCAUCUACUGUCGUCCUGUCCCCUUUGAUGAAGAAAGUAUGUGCAGAUUCCAAAUCCUGUGCAGUGACCCAUUGCGCAGCUAGAGCUGAUUACUGGCAUUAGUUCAGCCUUGUGAUGUUUUAGUUGAAGCUUCUAAAUCAUUGCCAAUCUGGCAGGGUAGAUUGGUAAAACUCUCACUUGUAGGUAUUUGAAAGGUGUUUGCCAACCAUGACAAAAACACACCGUAGUUGCAAUAUAGUAUUUCUUUUCUAUAUUGGUUCAAAACCUAAUUUGUAAUCAUUGCAAAUUCAUUAUCCUUGGAUACACCGUAUUUUUCGCUCUAUAAGACGCACUUUUCCCCUCCUAAAAAGUAAGGGGAAAUGUGUGUGCGUCUUAUGGAGCGAAUGCAGUCUGCACAGCUAUCGCUGAAGCCAGGAGAGCAAGAGGGACCGGUGUGCACCGAUUCCUCUUGCUCUCCUGGCUUUAGGGAUAGCCAUGCAAAGCCUCUUGAGCGCAGUGGGAGUGCUCCUUCCACUGCGUUCAGGAGGCUUUGCGUUGCUUUCGCUGAAGACAGGAGAACGAGAGGGAUCGGUGCGCACCAAUCCCUCUCGCUCUCCUGGCUUCAGGGAUAGCCACGCAAAGCCUCUUCAGGGCAAUAGGAGGAACGCUCCCCCUGCCCUGAAGAGGCUCGGCACGGCUAUCCCAGAAGCCAGAACAGCAAGAGGGAUCGCUGCUUUUGCUGCACAGCAAUCCCUCUUGCUGUUCUGACUUCGCUUCGCUGGAGAGGUGCUGCGCAGCUUUCCCUCUCUGCGUAGUGCCUCUUCAGUGCUGAAGAGGCGCUGUGCAGAGAGGGAAAGCUGCACAGCGCCCCUUCAGCAAAGUGGGAGGAGAAACGGAGCCCCUUCCAUUUCUCCUCCCACUUUGCUGGAGAGGCGCUGCACAGAGAGGGAGAGAAUAUAUUUUUUCUUGUUCUCCUCUAAAACUAGGUGCGUCUUAUGGUUGGGUGCGUCUUAUAGUGUGAAAAAUAUGGUACUAUUUAGUCACGACUCUGGUUUAUCCAAUUCACAACUUGAACAAUCCCACUGAAGAAAAAGUGGACAUAGAUUCUUAUGGCUUAAUUUUUUAUGGAUGUGAAAAUUGGCUCUAGAUUUCUGAAGUUGAAUGAUUUGUUUGUUUUUAGAAAUGACUAGAAAUAUGCAUAUCUAUUUGUGGAACUGAAAAGCUCUUUCUCUCCCCACUGCUCUUUCUUCUCCUGUUAAAUAUUGUGGUGGGAUCAUUCUGACCUAGGCUGCCCCAUAUCAUUGUCUGCCCUGUUUCCUGUACAGAGAUUGGCACAGACAGGGCUUGCUACAGAGACAUGUCCUCCUUCCCUGAAACCAAGGCAGAGAAGUAUGUCAACAAGAUCAAAGGCAAGAAGUUUCUGCAAUAUAACCGGCUACAGCUUUCCCGCAUCUAUCCAAAGGGACAGCGCCUUGACUCCUCCAACUAUGAUCCUCUGCCUAUGUGGAUCUGUGGCAGCCAGUUGGUGGCACUCAACUUCCAGACACCAGGUGAGAGACCCUUUGCACUGGGCUGUUGCAGUGGUAUGAUGGUUCCUCUCUGUGGUGACCGUAGCUUAGGGCAAGAUUAUACAUCAUGGUACCUGCCAUAUGUUGUUGGACUGCAAGUCCCAUCAUUGGCCAUGCUGGCUGGGAGUUAUGGUCCACAACAGCUGGACGGCACAUGGUUGUCUAGCUCAACUUAGGGCAUGUCUACUUUGCAGGAAAAAGGUAUUGCUUCUGUAUGGUCUGGUGUCCAACUGCUUGCAUUGUUAUACUAUAAUGGGCAAAAGCUUUUUGUGCUUGCUUAUGAUUGGGAGUUGGGCUAUGUUUUCUUCUUCAUUUGAAUGUUUACCUAUAAAGCCUUAAAUGGCUCAGGACCAGAAUACCUCAAGGACUGCCUCUCUCCAUAUGAACCUACCCAGACCCUGAGAUCAUCAUCUGAGGCCCUUCUUCAUGUGCCUCCCCCACAUGAGGUCCGGAGGAUGGCAACACGAGAAUGGGCCUUUUCUGCAGUGGCUCCCUGUUUCUGGAAUGCUCUCCUUAGUGAGGCUCGCCUGGUGCCUUCAUUAAGGCAGCAGUCAAAAACGUUUCAACCAAGCACUUGGCUGAUACUCUGUGGCCUUUGAAAUGUGUCUGGGAGAGGGGGGUUGUUGCUUUCCUUUGCUUCUGCUUUUGUUUUAUUAUAUAUUUUGUCUUUUCAUAUUGUAUUUUUAUGUUGUGAAUAGCCCUGUGGUCCUUGGAUGAAAGGAGGUGCACAAAUCAAAAAAAUAAAUAAUGUUAGCAGUUUUUUUAAAAAUUGGAUUGUUCUGGGUUGCUACAUAUGUCAGCGUAGCUAGGAUGCUGUCUCAGAACAAAUUUAUAUAACCUUAAAACUGGGGGUAGCCAACAUGGCAACCUCCAGAUGUUGUUGGACUACAACUCCCAUCAUGCUGACCCAGAUGGGAACUGUAGUCCAGUGAAGCCUGGAUGAAACUGUUUUGAGAGCCAGUAUGGUGAAGUGGUUAAGAGCGGCGGACUUUUAAUCUGGGGAACCGGGUUCGCUUCCCCGCUCCUCCACAUGCAGCUGCUGGGUGACCUUGGGCUAGUCACAUUUCUCUGAAGUCUCUCAGCCCCACUCACCUCACAGAGUGUUUGUUGUGGUGGAGGAAGGGAAAAGGAGAUUGUUAACCGCUUUGAGACUCCUUAGGGUAGUGAUAAAGCAGGAUAUAAAAUCCAUACUACUACUACUACUACUCUUCUUCUUCUUCUUCUCCUCCUCCUCCUCCUCCUCCUCCUCCUUUUGGCUACCCUUGCUGCAAAAUGUGGGAGUGGGCCUGCAUGUGUUGAAGUCUGAAAGUAACCACGAUAUUGCCUCAGCCUAUUCAGGUUUCAAUUGUCACGAGCCUUUCAGUGGCGGCAGAUACUUUACUGUGCCCUUCUAGCAGCAUUAUCAGUAUGGUUAAUUAUCUUUGCCUUCUAAAAGAAACUGCACCGGAGGUGUUCAGCGUUUUGUGAGCUGGCCAGUUAGCACUGACUUUCCUCAGGGGCCUCAUUCGAACACGGGUGUUAUGCCCUGAAGUGUCCUUAAUUGUACUGCAUAGUACUGGAGCUGUUCCUCAUCUAAGCCCCCUGUGCUUUUGCAGAUAAGCCAAUGCAGAUGAAUCAGGCCCUGUUUAUGUCUGGAGGCCGAUGUGGCUUCAUGCUGCAACCGGGCAACAUGCGGGAUGACAUCUUUGAUCCCUUUGACAAGAGCACUCUGCGGGGGGUGGAGCCGCUUUCCAUUUCCAUUGAGGUUUGUGUGUUAUGCUCUUCUCUGCAUGCCUGCUAUAACAAAGCCUUAUUUUGACUUUGGUUUGCGUGGACAUGUCCCUUCUCCUACAGCCCCAGGCUUCAGAAUACUGCUACAUUACAUCAUGAAGAGACAUUGUGUGCGUUUGUGUGUGUGUGUGUGUAAUACAUUUAUUUCUCCACCUACUUGAUCCUCUGGCCCUGCCCACCACCAGCAUGGAGCCCUGAGAAAGUUGCCCACAAGGGAAUGCAACUCUUGGGCUGAAAUAUUUUUCCCCCUUUUCAUUUUUCAUACAAAUACCAUGCACUGAAAUGCCUCCUCCUUGAGAGGUCCGGAGGGUGGCAACACGAGAAUGGGCCUUUUCUGCAGUGGCUCCCCACUUGCACAAUGCUCUCCCCAGGGAUGUUCAUCUGGUGCCUUCAUUAUACACCUUUAAGUGCCAUGCAGAAACGUUCCUUUUCAACCAGGCCUUUGGCUGAUUAAUAUUCUACGGCCCUUUCAAUGUGUUUGUUUUGGUGGGGGCAGGGGUAAUUGUUUUGAUUUGUUUUUGUUUUAAUUAUUUGUGAUUUUUAUCCUGUAUUUUAUCUUGCAAAGCACCCUGAGAUCAUCGGAUGAAGGGCGGUAUUAUUUAAUAAAUAAUAACAGUAAUUUUGUAAGCUAAGGCUCUUCUCUCCUAGCAAACAAAUCACCAAAUGUUGAGCCGGAGGUGCUUUUGUCUCAGCCGGAAUAACAACGGACCAUCUUACAUAAGUGUGCUGAGUAGCCCUCUAGAGAUGGAACCAAAUAGUCAAUGCCACCCAGGCAAAAAAUCAGCAGCGCAAAUUGACUUGAAAUAGAUGACAAAAGGGAGCAGAGGCGCACCAGGACUGCACGGUGUAGGGGCGGAGGGGAAUUCUAUGGGGGCAGAAAAAUGGCAUGCAACCUUUUGCCACCCAUAGGUGGCACCCUCCACUUGGAAACCUCAUGUGUUCUGUAUUUAGCUGGGGCUCAAUGUAAAAGCAUUGUUGUGACUCUGGCUUCAUGAUUUAAGUCAAGUGCAAAGCAGGGGAGCAAAGAGCAGUGUGAUUUGUUUGUUGCUCCUGUCCUGGCACACACCACCAAUUCUGUCAUUCUGUUGUCAUUCUACUUUUAUUUAGAAUGAAAAGGGCAUAUGAGAGGCAGGACAAAAGAUUUCUAAAUCCUAGCUAGGGUUGUUCAUGCUGAUUGGGAUUCAGUCAUGAUCAACUAGCCACUGAAAGCAUGGGACUAAGUUAGUUAUGACUAACUUGUUCCAGCGGCUUCAGUGAGACUCGCAGUGUAGUCCCUGUGCAUGUUUGCUUGGAAGUAAGUCCAACUGUAUCCGAUGGGGCUUCCGCCCAGACAUGUGUACAUGGGAUCAGGGCCAGCGACUUUAGGCUCUUUCAUAAGAUAUCAGAUGGGCAAAUGCCUGUAAAAGUUUCCCCUUCAUUUCUGCAUUUUUAAUGCCAUCAAGUCAGAUCCGGUGUAGACUUCAGUUCUGUACCCACCAUGUGACGAGAGUAAACCUCUUGUUUGUGCAACCUUAGCCUCCUGGGGAUGGGAUGAAACUCGUCCCCAGCUCUUCAGUUUGCCCGUGCAUCACUUUUGCACCACAUGCACCUGUCAAAUAGGUGUUGGCUCUCAACAGACGUACUAUGUCUUGUUGGAGAAAGCUGUCCAGGGGCCACAACCAAUUGUAUUUAGUUUCAAUGGUUGAAACGUUUUGUUUGUUUUGAAAAUGUUGUCUGUGCUGGAGUUACCUCAAUAGAUCGAGGAAUGGGCCUGUUGCUGCAGUGUGCAUAGCCUUUCCUCAAACCGUGCAAAGCAAUGGCCUAAUUUUGUCUUCCCUACCUGCCCUGCGUAGGUCCUCGGGGCACGACACCUUCCGAAAAAUGGAAGAGGGAUUGUUUGCCCCUUCGUAGAGGUUGAGGUGUCUGGAGCUGAUUAUGAUAACGCAAAGCAGAAGACCGAGAUGGUGGGUGAGUAUCCGAACUACCCAAAAUUCAAACGGGUUGCAAGGCAUGACAGUGUUGUUUGUAAGUCCAAGCCAGGGCCGGAUUUAGGUUUAAGGAGGCUUUAAGCUACUGAAGGUAAUGGGGCCCUUUAUAUGUCCAGCUGUCCUUUGUCAACAACAAAUUGUCACUGUUUUUUAUGAUGAAUAUAUGCUAUAUGGUAAUUUAUGGACCUAAUAGGUAUCUAAAGCCAUUUGCACAUGCAGAAUGUAGGCACCCUAUAUAUAGAAAUGAGCAAACCAGUGAUAUUUUAGGGAGCAGGCUAGCAGACGGGGCCCAUUACUUACAUCAAAGGAGCCUACACAGCACAAAACACUGUUGCUGUAUGUGGGUUAUAUUCUAUUUGUUUUUUUAUCUUCUAUUUUGGAAACAUACAUCCAGGUUUUUUUUCUAAAAAAUUUUUUUGGGGGGACCCCAAGAGAGUGGGGCCCUAAGCUAUAGCUUGUAUAACCUAUACGUAAAUCUGGCACUGGUUCAAGCUAAGAAGAGGGCCUCAAAAUAUUCCAUCGCUCCUGUCACUCCUGUAAACCGAAUUCCUUCUCAUCCCCAGACGUAUAUGUGUACUUUACAUUAGGGGUCCCCUUCCUGUUGCUAGCUUACUCUGGCCUCAUGCUUUCAGCUCAGUGUGUGAAGACAAGAUUUUCAAAGAUUUGCUGUAACACUAGCCAGUCCCAAGCGCACUGCAGCCUCUUUGAGGUGGCAAGAAGUGUUUCCUGUUCACUGAACCAGCUUCCUUCUCAUCGCCAGAAGUAUAUGUGUACUCGGUGACCUGACAUUUGGGGUUUCUUCCUGUUGCGUGUCUUACCCUGGCCCCUGGGCUGCUUUUUCUCAUGUCUCAAAAUCAUUGUGUGAAGGUGAGGUUUUCUGAGCUUCAUUCUAGCACUGGCCAGUUCCAAACAGUCUGUGAUGUGGCAAUGAGUGUUUCCUGCUCAGUUGACAUGCAAGAAAUGCUAGGCAAAAGAGGGGGUGGAAACCACUCUGGUGCCAAGAGUGGAAGCUACAGUCCGCUGCAGAAAUGAGAUCGUAUAGUAGCAGAUUGCUUGAUAUGCAUUAGAUUACUGAGAUGGCUGGAAAAGAAAUGGAGACAUGGAGUUGAUUGUACAAAUUGGCCUAGUCAUCAAUAAGGAGCCGGUUUGUGCAGCCCUGGCAAGUUCUUGGAGCAUUUUGUUCUGUGUUAAUGAAGAAACACUUAAGGCGUCUCAGAGAAUGCUGUGUCUCAGUAAGACAGGAAAGAGUCCAAGACCAUCGUCUUAGGAGGAAAGUGGGGGAAAUGGCAGGUGAACUGUGACAGUAACUACAGCAAUAAAUGUGCACACAUGCAUGUUUGUGGUAGCUUAAGUUUGAGAGCCCAUCUGAUUGCAUUGGAUUUGGAGUUGAACAGCUUGGCCUCAGGUCCCUGCUCUGCCCUGAACCCGGUUGCAUGGACUUGGGCAGGUCUCAGUUUAGCCUCAUUGUGGAAGGCAGUUAAAGUGGUGACAAAUUUUGGACAGCUCUCUGAAAAAAUUGCACCCUUUCCCACAUACCUGUCUAUGAUGUGCACCACCUGCUCUUCCUUGAUGAUGGGUAGCAACAGAUCCCAUUAAGCUGGUGCCACAAACACAUGUGAACACUCCUCUUAGAGGCAGCACCCCCAUUCCAGGCAAACAGGUUGGUGCUUGGUGCUGUGGAACAGCUGUGAGAUUCUGGAAGAUGGUUAACGAAGGAUUAGGGACGCAGGAAGGUGAGCAUUCCCAUCAGGUACUUGCAAAAGUCACAGGGCUUUCAUGGUUUCUUGAAUGAAGGCAUGCAAGAAAACAGUCACGCCACUCUCCCAAAUUGAAAGGUUGCUCUGGGAGGGGGGAGCGUUCAGGAUGAGGGUCUGCUCCAUUGAGAGGACUGUUGCCCCCACUCCCCAGCAACAACCCUUCAAGCCACACCCUAUACAAAACCAUGGUGAAUACAUCUCUGUAAUGGGUUUAGGGGUUGCUCGUGCGUAAGUUGCCGCCACUCCUGGCUAGGUUACCUGGUUAAACCCUUUCUGACUGAACAGCCUCCAGCAUCGUGACUGUCUCAGUCGCUGGCAGAAUCCGUCAGUGGGCGUUUCUUAAACUUCUUCCAGCACAAAAGUUCCUUGACGCCAAGUCUCCUCCUACUCUCCCUGCGCGGAAGUCUUCUGCGCAGGGAGGGUGUGGGCAGUGGAGUACCCGUACUCUCUCCGCUGGUCUCCGGCGAGGAGUCUUGGAGCCUCCUCUCCGAUUCCCCCAUCUGCCCCCCUUCUCUACUGGUGUUACGCUGAUUCCUUCCCCAGCAGACGGGCUCCCUCUCUCCCUACUGGGACCCUCUCCGCCAUCCCUUUGGAGCCUUCCCUCCGCUUCCAGCUCCGAUGGCAGUUCCCUGACAAUCUCCUUCCCCCAAAAAACCCUUCAUUUUAAAAUAGCCCCUUUUGUAAAGAAAUGGGCUGGUCUUCUACAUGCUGUGAAGGGUGGCAGAGUGGAGGCAGCAUCAAAGUGAGGUGGGCAUUGUUAGGGGUGGGUUGUAGCUGUUUUUAAUUCUCACCUGAUUUGUACUAAGGUUCACUAACUUUAAACUGGGAAGGUUAAUAAAUGAAUGUGAAGAACUGUGGCCCAUUUAAAACUGCUGCUGUGGAAGUUAAUUUCCAGAGAGUAGUUCUGUAAUCCGUUGUUGACAAAGGAGUUCUGCGACACUAGACUUAGCAGCUUACUGUGGAUUAAGCUAAACGACUGUUAAAAGUAUUGAACUACUUUCUUUUUAAAAUACCGGAAAUGAUAAAUGUUGUAUGUUUGUUUGUUUGUUUAUUUAAUAUAGUGGACAAUGGCCUGAAUCCUGCCUGGGCUCAUAAGUCAUUUCACUUCCAUGUCAGUAACCCAGAGUUUGCCUUCUUACGGUUUGUUGUGUAUGAAGAGGAUAUGUUCAGCGACCAGAACUUCUUAGCUCAGGCCACAUUCCUGGUUAAAGGCCUGAAGACAGGUAUGUGGUUGAAAGGUGUUUCCAAUAUCUUUGGAAGCAUAUUUCUGCUGAUAAGAUUCAUGGGAGCAUAGAUGUUGUUGUGCAAUCAGUGAAAAGUUGCUUUGUAAUAAAUUGCAAACGUCUGUUGUUAAUUGGGUGAAAAAAGCAAGGCUGCAAUCCUAACCACACUUAAUUUCGGAGCAAAUUGGGGAGUCACUCCCUGCAAAGCAUAAUCUGUAGCCAACGUGUGUUUUUGGUUUAUUGAUUGUGGUUUGACAUAAAAUAAGCCAGGGAUGGUAGUUUGCUUACUUUGCGCCUAAGGCGGUGAUGGCCAAACUUGGCCCUCCAGCUGUUUGGGGACUACAAGUCCCAUCAUCCCUGACCACUGGUCCUGUUAGCUAGGGAUGAUGGCAGUUGUAGUCCUAAAACAGCUGGAGGGCCAAGUUUGGCCAUCACUGGCCUAAGGCUUCAAAAGGCCCUUUUAGACACAAUCAUAGUAAUACAGCAAUUUGGUUUGCCAUGAUGUGUGAAUGGGGCCGGUGAAACUACUUGACUGCCGUUAGUUGGCUCCCAUUGUAGCUCCUUUUGUUGUCUUUUAGGGUACCGAGCCGUGCCUUUGAAGAACAACUACAGUGAGGAUCUGGAACUGGCUGCCUUGCUGGUGGAAAUCGAUAUCACCCCUGGCAAAGUAAGUCUUACGCUCUUUAACUAUUGAUGGAGCUGUGCAGCGUCCUGCAAAAGUCUCCCUAAGCUGAGGUUGAAAAAGUUUAAUAUGUGACAACUGUCUUGUCACGACUUAAAAAAAACUUAUUUCUCUUUUUGAUUCUGAAGCAGGAGAAUGGGGAGAUUAGCCCCUUUGGAGCUUCGGCCUUCCGAGACAGGUCAGCAGAUUCUCCAAGCCAGCAGACGGGAGGCAGAGCCAGAGAAGGCUCCUUUGAAGCCCGAUAUCAACAACCAUUUGAAGAUUUCCGGAUGUCACAGGAGCAGCUAGCAGACCACUUUGACAAUCGAGACAGAAGGUGAGCUCAGUAGGGCUGAGGCGCUCUGAAUAUUCAAGGUAGACUGAUAUUCUUAAAGUCAGGUAAUGUCUCCUAGUCAGUCAUUUGCGAAUUGACCAUUUAUGGUGGUGAGCUUCAGUCCCUUCUACAGGGCCAAGGUGUCCUUACGUAUUGCAGAGUUUGAAAUGUUGCAUAGCAUAAGGAGCCUUUGUCUUAACGUAUUAUUUCCCAUGGGAAGCUUAUUGACUUGCAACUGAGCCAUGCAUGCAGAAGGAAAAAUGUUGUGCUUUUAUAAGGCUGCCCUUGCAAAGGCCAGUAAGCAUGCACCCAGAUAGGAGAAUUAUCAUUUUUCUUUGUUUUGGGAAGAGGGCUGAUUCUGCUGGAAUGCCAGCCUUCCCUGACAGGGAAAGCAAGCCUCCUCACUGCCUGCAAUGCUGUCAGCAUCCCAAAUGAUUGUGGCAGGGGGCUGCUGAGUUCUGCAGGGAUAUGUUGGGCAAGAGGAAAUAUCGUGCUUUCGACCACCUCCCCCACAAAAGCCACGAGCUGGCUAGUCCCAUGGGAACAGGGAACAUAGAGGUCUGCUCCCAUUGCAUGCCUCUUGGGGAUGGCACUACACAUACUGAGUGGAACUGCUGAAUGGAACCCCUCUCAUUCUCUGAAUAGCCCUGAUGCACUGUUCCCAUGUGUGGCAGUGGGAGGGUGGGAACAAUGGCCUAGGGCAGCAGUUCUCAACCCGUGGGUCCCCAGAUGUUGUUGGACUACAACUCCCAUCAUCCCUAGCUAGCAAGGCCAGAGCUCAGGGAUGAUGGGAGUUGUAGUCCAACAACAUCUGCGGACCCGCAGGUUGAGAACCGCUGGCCUAGGGGGUCUCGUUCUGUAUGCAAGAGAUGUAUCAUUGAAUGGGGAAGUUUUCAGUGGUUUCCCCUCAAAAGGAAAAAAAUAAAAAUCAGAUUGCCAGGCAAAAUAUUCCCUGUGCAAAAUUGCCAUGGCAACAGCUCCUCGUGAGAAGGCAUAGCAUCAAAAAGUAAGAAUCAAGCCUCAGAGACGGCAGGUGCUAGCUGCUAACAGCCAGUUCACAUGUCGAUCAUUUCCCAGUCAUAGAAGAUGGUGUAAAUUUAUCUGAUUAUUAUAGAGUAAAUGCAUGACUAAACUUUGGUACCCACCCAGCAACGUCCCAUAAGGUUAGUAGGUGCCAGUGUGUUGUAGUGGACAAUGUGUUUGGAUGAGACCUGGGAUUAAAUCCUGGUGCACAAGAUGGCCCUGACAGGUCAGAUCCCUGCCUCUCCAGCUCACUUUCCUAACAAAUGGUUAUAAAGAUAAAAAGGAGGAAAUCUUGAAGUUUCUUGGACAGGAUGCAAAGGUGGAUAAAACAAAAAUGCCAUUACAUUUUCUCUCAAGAAAAUCAGCACAGUGUCACUAGAUAUGUGGCUCUUGAAGAAAUCCCUCAAUGCACUUCCAAAUGUAACUUGCAUUUUUAUAGUCUGCUGGAGAGCUGUAUUGUUUUUCAACCCUUUUUCCCCUUCCCUGCAGGGUCCUGCGAAAGACACGGGUGAAUGGGGACAACCGCCUCUAACCCAACCUUUGCCUGCUGUAAAGCACCCUCCAGUGCUUGUGAUUCUCACGGAUUGCUGUGAACUGGUUUCUAUGGAAACGUCACUGCUUUGGCCUACUUUCAGGCAGCUUUUCGAGUUUCUCUUCCGAAGGGUGUUCAAGUGGAGAAUUUUUUUUAAAAAAGAAUCUACGAAUCAAUGGUUUCAUUGUCUUGACCAUGACCUGUAACAAAAACUCAACAGCAGCAAAAGACCCUCUGAACCAAGCCGUAAACUUAGGUGUGCUGAACGUGUAUGUCUUUGUCAGUACCUAAGGCUGGAUGCAGUGGCCUCUCAUCGACAUCCUUCUUCCCCAAGACUGUAGUUUAUAGAGAGGAUAAUGCCCUCAGAGCUGUCCAGCAGAGCCUACAGGACCUGGAUCUAUCUAUCGUGUUAUUAUUAUAGUUAUUAAACUCCUUAAUCACAGCUUGUGCACAGAAUGUGAGGUGAUUUCCAUGGCAGAAGGAAGUAGGAGCGUUUCUCGUGGUAGUCAAGCACAAUCCUGGUAGGAACUACCAGGCCCGGCCUCUGUGGCCAUCUCAAGCUAUGCAAGGCCCUCGAGUCUGUCUUUUCCCAAACAAAAUGUUACUAAAAGUGGAUCAUGUAUUGCAUUAGCUAUGGUUUUAGGCACAAAAGUGGCCACCUAUAUAAUCUUCCUUUGGGUGACCAGUUCAUUGAAAUGUGUGAGGCAGAAUCACAUGAAGACUACAUUCUACUGUUUAAAAGUGACUGAGAUAUAAAGGGUUGAGGAGGGGAGGGGAAACCUGAGCCAAAGGCAUCUCUGCAGGAGUUAGAGCUCUUGCCACUGAAACAAACUUUUUUAAAUUUGCUUCCCAUUCUGUUGAAUUUCAGCCAUCACUAAUGGGGCAGGUAUGUGCAGCAGAAGCUAUGGGCUCUUGCGCCUGGUCUCCCUGAAGAGAGGCACUGUGGCUGAGGCCAAAGUUUCCAGGCCAGGAAAACUACAAAAGGCAAUGUUCACUUGCUCUUUGACUUCACUGUUGUACCUCCUUAUGGGGCAGGGGGAGAUUUCUGCAUAUUGUCAAACCAUCUCCCCCUUUCUGAGGCAGCCGCUACCAGUGUCCAUGGACUCAGGCCACAGGAAUUAGGCCAUCUUCUUCCUGCUGUGGUUGAGCAGGUGGGGGCAACUUUAACCAGUCAUUCCAUGUUGACGUGGCAGCAGUGAUAGUUGUGCUGCUGUGCUUUACUAGAGAAGCUAUACCACCCUUCCAACAGAACUGAGUUGUUUUUAUUUGGGCUUCCCAGACAGGAGCAGAAGGCAAACAUGCUCCAGUCUCCAAAGGCAAGUUCCAUUUUCUGUGGCAGUAUUUUACUAUAUAUUAUUUGACUCUCUUAUGAGGAGCAGAGUCCUGCCUGACUCCUCCUGUCCUAUGGAUUCUGAUCAGCUGGCUGUUGGCUGGGACGGAUCAGACUGCACAAUAAAAAAUCCUCAAGUAACUUUA